GUCGGCUCUGAGCAGACUCAGCGUUCCCAGCCUGGACGCCUCGGCUGGUGGAACUGCUGUUCGGAGGAAAAAACAAGACUACAGCGUUUACUGUAGUUUUGUUUUUUGAUUCGUUUGGGCUCCUUCCAGACUCAACUUUUCUCCUUUUGGAUUUUGUGACUAAACUUUCUGGAUAAAGAGAUUUUUUGACUUCCUGAAGAACAGCCCUCCUCAGGGCAUCCCAGGCAUCCUUGUGCAGACAAGGUGCCGACCAACAUGUCCACACAGGCGCCGACGUUCACGCAGCCGCUGCAGAGCGUCGUGGCACUAGAGGGUAGUGCCGCGACGUUCGAGGCUCAAGUUAGUGGUUCUCCACUUCCCGAGGUGAGCUGGUUCCGUGAUGGCCAGGUUCUUACUGCUGCGGCUUUGCCCGGCAUUCAGAUCUCGUUCAGCGACGGCCGUGCUGUUCUGAGGAUCCCCGCUGUGACCGCCGCACACAGUGGGAGAUUUUCAGUCAGAGCAACCAACGGCGCUGGACAAGCCACGAGCACCGCUGAACUCCUCGUUACAGCGGAGACGGCUCCUCCCAACUUCCUGCAGAGGCUGCAGAGCUCCACGGUACGGCAGGGCAGCCAGGUGAAGCUGGACGUCCGCGUCUCCGGCAUCCCGAUCCCCGUGGUGAAGUUCUACAGAGAGGGAGCCGAGAUCCAGAGCUCGGCCGACUUCAGGAUCCUCCAGGAGGGAGACCUGCACAGUCUGUUGAUCGCUGAGGCUUUCCCAGAGGAUUCUGGGACGUAUUCUGUGACCGCCACCAACAGCAGCGGACGGGCCACCUCCACAUCCGAACUGCUGGUUCAGGGUGAAGAAGCUGUAGCUACGAAGAAAGCGAAGACGAUCGUGUCGAUGUCGCAGACGGCCGCUUCCUCUCAGACCCGAGUGCAGCGGAAGGUGGAGGCGAGUUUCCAGGCCACCUCCGUGAUGGAGAUGCACGUCGAAGGAGGAAUGAUGACUCAGCAUUUGGCUCACAAAACCCCCCCGCGGGUUCCUCCGAAGCCGGCCUCCAAAUCCCCGCAGUCCUUCGUGUCCAAGGUGUCGGGAGGACGGCAGCAGUCGGCUUCACCUGUCCGUCACGUGAAGGGCCCGACGCCCGCACCUGUCAGACCCGUCUCCCCCUCCAGAAGACUCUCCGUCUCCCCCAUCAGACCCGUCAGGUCUCCCAUCAUGAGCAGGAAACAGCUGUCGGCCUCUGCGGAGGUGCUGCCGCCCUGGAAGCGAGGAGAGCUGGUGGCUGAGUCCAGCUUCACCAGCGUCAGCAGCCUGACCAGCGUCAGCAGCUCCACCCAGCUGCAGGUGGAGAAGCACUGGGAGCAGCAGGUCAGCACCACCAGAGAGGAGGCGGCUGCAGUGCCCAGAGCUCAGGAGCCCGUCGUUCCUCCCACUCUGAUUGCUGGCCUGAAGAACGUGACUGUGACGGAGGGCGAGUCCGUGACUCUGGAGUGUGAGAUCAGCGGCCAGCCGGCGCCCGUCGUCCUGUGGUUCAGAGAAGACUACAAGAUCGAGAGCUCCAUCGACUUCCAGGUCAGCUACACGAACGGCUUCGCCCGGAUGGUGAUCCGCGAAGCGUUCGCCGAAGACAGCGGGCGCUUCACCUGCACCGCCACCAGCGAGGCGGGCACCGUCAGCACCUCCUGCUACCUGCUCGUCAAAGUGUCGGAGGAGAUCGAGAGCAGAGAGGAAACGACGACUGUCACUGAAAUAGGAAUCUCUCAACAGAAGAGUGGGUCUGUGGAGACAAAGGAGCAGACGGUGGUGACGGAGGUGAGCACAGGCGAGGCCGCCGCUCCCUUCUUCAUCAGGAAGCCGAGCCUGCAGAAGCUGGUGGAGGGAGGAGCCGUCGUCUUCGACUGCCAGAUCGGAGGAAACCCCAAACCUCGCAUCAUCUGGAAGAAGAGCGGCGUGCCCCUCACCGCCGGAUACAGAUACAAAGUCGCCCACCAGAAGGAGACGGGAGAAUGUAAACUGGAGAUUUCCAUGACGUUUGCAGACGACGCUGGAGAAUACUCCAUCUACACGAAGAACCAACACGGAGAAGCCUCCGCCUCCGCCGGCCUGCUGGAGGAAGAGGAAUACGAAGCCUACAUGAAGCAACACGACGUGGCGUACAAAACUGAAGUGACGACGACGGUGGUGCAGGAGCCGUCGGUGGUCGUGAGUCAAUACGAGCUGGAGCAGAGGAGGGUCACCACCCCCAUGAGCUUCGUCUCCGAAACGGAGUUUCUGAUUUCGGCCUUUGAGGAGCGGAUCAUCCAGGAGAUCGAGCUGCGUAUCCUGAGGAUCUCGUACAGCGAGCUGGUGACGGAGGACGCAGAGAUGAUGGUGACAGUGGCAGACGAGGAGGCGGUGCAGCCGGCCUUCAACACGCCGGUGAAGAACUACAGGAUCAUCGACGGGAUGGGCGUCAUCUUCCACUGCAAGAUGAGCGGAACUCCACUGCCGAAGAUUGCUUGGUACAAAGACGGCCAGCGCCUCCGGCCUGGUGGUCGUUACCAGAUGGAGGUUCUUCAGGAUGGACGCGCCAGCCUCCGCCUGCCCGUCGUGCUGCCGGAGGAUGAGGGUGUGUACACUGCCUUCACCAGCAACAUGAAGGGAAAUGCUGUCAGCUCUGGGAAGCUCUACGUGGAGCCGUCCGGAACUGUGACCCCCCAGAGAUACACACCGCAGCCGGCCAUGCAGAGGAUCAGAUCCACGUCUCCUCGCUCUCUGAGCCGCUCUCCUGGACGUUCUUCCAGCCGCUCCCCCGGACGCUCUCCGGCCCGCCGGCUUGACGAUACAGACGAGGCUCAGCUGGAAAGACUCUACAAGCCUGUGUUUGUCCUGAAACCUUCCUCUAUAAAGUGCUCCGAGGGGCAAACUGCCAGAUUUGACUUAAAGGUUGUCGGCAGACCGAUGCCCGACACGUACUGGUUCCACAACGGACAACAAAUCAUUAAUGAUUACACCCACAAGAUAGUGAUUAAAGAGGACGGUACCCAGUCCCUGAUUAUCGUCCCCACCAUGCCACAAGACUCCGGAGAGUGGACAGUCAUCGCUCAGAACCGAGCCGGACGGACUUCUGUCUCCGUGACUCUUACUGUGGACGCUCGAGAAAGCCUGGCGCGCCCUCAGUUUGUUGAGAAGCUGAAGAACAUCACAGUGAAACAAGGCACUCUGGUGGAGCUGGCUGUCAAAGCCAUUGGAAACCCCCUGCCUGACAUCGUCUGGCUGAAAAACAGUGACAUUAUCUCCCCACAGAAGCACCCACAUAUCAAGAUCGACGGAACUAAAGGACAGGCCAAUUUCAAGAUCCCGUCUUCCUCAGGCUCAGACAGCGCCUGGUACACGGCUACAGCCAUCAACAAGGCCGGCAGAGACACCACCCGCUGCAGAAUCAAUGUGGAGGUGGACUUCGCUGCUCCUUUAGCCGAGAGGAGGCUCAUUAUUACCAAAGGCACCUACAAGGCCAAGGAGAUUGCCGCUCCUGAGUUGGAGCCGCUUCAUAUGCGAUACGGACAGGAUCAGUGGGAGGAGGGCGACCUCUACGACAAAGAGAAGCAGCAGAAGCCGCAGUUCAAGAAGAAGCUGACCUCCAUCAGGAUGAAGCGCUCGAGCACGGCUCACUUUGAGUGCAGGCUGACUCCCAUCGGUGACCCCAACAUGAUGGUGGAGUGGCUGCACGACGGCAAACCCCUGGAAGCCGCCAAUAGGCUGCGCAUGGUCAACGAGUUCGGCUACUGCAGUCUCGACUAUGAAGCUGCGUAUGCCAGAGACAGCGGCGUCGUCACCUGCAGAGCCACAAACAAGUACGGGGUCGACCAGACAUCGGCCACGCUGAUCGUCAAGGACGAGAAGGGCCUUGUUGAGGAAACGCAGCUUCCUGAAGGCAGGAAGGGCGUACACAGGAUGGACGAGAUUGAGCGCCUGGCUCACGAGGGAGGACCUACAGGCGUCACCACAGACGAUGAAUACGAAAAGAGCAAACCUGAGAUUGUGCUUCUUCCUGAACCAGCCAGGGCGUUUGAAGGCGAAAUUGCACGAUUCCGCUGCAGAGUCACCGGGUACCCAUUACCGAAAGUGAACUGGUACCUCAACGGGCAACUGAUCCGCAAAAGCAAGAGAUACAGGCUCUGUUAUGAUGGUAUUUACUACUUGGAGAUUGUCGACGUCAAGUCCUACGACUCGGGAGAGGUCCGGGUGGUCGCAGACAAUCCUCUCGGUACGACUGAGCACACGGUGAAGCUGGAGAUCCAACAGAAGGAGGACUUCAGAACCGUUCUGCGCCGUGCUCCAGAACAAAAGGCUGCAGAGGCGUCACACGACCCCGGCAGAAUCGGAUUUGACGUCAUGAAGGUGGAUCAGCCCGGCGAGACCGCGCAAGACAGGGAAGUUGUGAAGCUGCGUAAGACGCAGAGAGUCGUUCACGAGAAAACUUCGGAGGAGACUGACGAGCUGAAGAGCAAGUUCAAACGUAGGACGGAGGAAGGUUUCUACGAGUCCAUCUCCGCUGUGGAGUUAAAGUCCCGCAAGAGGGACGACUCCUACGAGGAUCUGCUGAAGAAGACGAAGGAUGAUCUGCUUCAUAGAUUGAAGGAAAAGGAAGAAGCUGAGAGAAAGAAGCUGGAGGAACAGGGACAAAUCACCAUCCCCACGUUUAAACCGGAUAGGGUCCAGCUCUCCCCGAGCAUGGAGGCACCCAGAAUCCUGGAGCGUAUCACAAGCAAGACAGCUGCUCCGAUGGACGAGGUUCAUUUCAGACUCAGAGUCGUCGGCAGACCAGAGCCCGAGUGCCAGUGGUUCAAGAACGGUAUCCUGUUGGAGAAGACUGAGCGUAUUUACUGGUACUGGCCGGAAGAUAAUGUGUGUGAACUGGUGAUCAGAGACGUCAUAGCAGAGGACUCGGCCAGCAUCAUGGUCAAAGCCUUGAACAUCGCCGGGGAGGCCUCAAGCCACGCCUUCCUGCUUGUGCAAGCCAAGGCAACAGUCAACUUUACCCAGAACCUGGAGGACACCAGUGCCAACGAGAAGGACACCAUCGUGACGUUUGAGUGUGAAACCAACGAACCUUUCAUCAAAGUCAAAUGGCUCAAAAACAACAUGGACAUCUUCUCCGGAGACAAAUACAGAAUGCACUCGGACAGAAAGGUCCACUUCCUGUCUGUGCUCGUGAUUGAAAUGAAGGACGAUGCCGAAUACUCUUGUGUGGUUAUAGAGGACGAGAACAUCAGGACGAGCGCCAGGCUCCACGUAGAAGGUGCCGCCCUUGAGCUGAUAAAACAAAUGGAGAACAUCGAGGUGCCAGAGACGUAUGCUGGAGAGUUUGAGGUCGAGCUGUCUCGUGAGGACGCUGAGGGCAGCUGGUUCUUCGGAGACAAGGAGCUCUCCCCAAGCAAUAAACAUGUCAUGUCCUCCCGCCGAGGGAGACAAACCCUGUCUGUCAAAGAUGUCAGGAAAGGAGACCAGGGGAAAUAUACCUUUGUAUGUGGAGAUCUGAGGACCAGCGCCUCACUGAAGAUGAAGCUGCGCCCGGUGACCCUCAUGCAGCCCCUGACCGACCUGACGGUGUGCGAGGGCGACAUCGCUCAGCUGGAGGUCCGGUUCUCCCAGGAGAACGUGGAGGGGACCUGGAUGAAGAACGGCCAGGCCAUCUCCGCCUCGGACCGCGUCCACAUCGUCAUCGACAAGCAGGUUCACAAGCUGCUGGUGGAGAACGUCAGCAGAGAAGACGCUGCUUCGUACUCUUUCCUGGUUCCUGCCCAGGACAUCUCCACCUCGGGAAAACUCAACGUUCAAACGAUCGACAUUGUGUUGCCCCUGAAGGACGUGUCCUCCAUCGAAGGCACCAAAGCCGUCCUGGAGGCCAAGAUCUCGGCUCAGGACGUCGGCUCCGUGAAAUGGUACCAGAACGACAAGCUGCUGGCGCCCAGCGAGCGGAUCCAGAUGGUGGCGAAGGGAGCAAAACAGCGGUUGGUUUUCAGCCGGACCUUCGCUUCCGAUGAAGGACGCUACAAACUGGUGGUCGGGAAGGUCGACACCAGCUGCAGCCUGACUGUCGAAAAGGUUCACAUUGUGAAGCACAUGGAGGACAAAGUAUGCUCAGAGUCCCAGAACGUCACCUUCAGCGUGGAGGUUUCUCACCCCGGCAUCGACCCGGUGUGGACUUUCAGGAACCAGCAGCUCAAAGCUGGACCCAAAUACAAGAUGGAGUCCAAGAGCAAGGCUCACUCUCUGACUGUCAUCGACGCCAUGAAGGACGAGGAGGGCCAGUACACGUUCCACGCUGGGGAGAAGACUUCCAGCGCCAAGCUCACCGUCUCCGGGGGAGCCAUCACGCGGCCCCUGCUGGAUGUGACGGUGGCCGAGUCUCAGAUGGCCGAGCUGGAGUGCGAAGUCGCCAACGCCAACGCCGAGGGGAAGUGGCUGAAGGAGGGUCAGCCCGUGGGCUUCAACGAGAACGUGGUGAGCGAGGUGAAGGGCGCCGUCAGACGCCUCAUCAUCGUCAUCACCCGGCCGCAGGACGUCGGAGAGUACACCUACCAGGUGGCCAACUCCAAGACCACGGCCAGCCUCCGGGUGGAGGUGGUGAAGAUCAAAAAGACUCUGAGGAACCAGACGGUGACGGAGACCCAGGAGGCCAUGUUCACGCUGGAGCUCACCCACACCGGCGUCAAAGGAUCGCAGUGGAUCAAGAACGGCGUGGAGCUGCAGAACAGCGAUAAGUACGAGAUCACCUCGGACGGCAUGGUGCACACGCUGAAGGUGAAGAACUGCAACACGCAGGACGAGUCUGUCUACUCCUUCAAGCUGGGAAAACUGUCGGCCAACGCCCGGCUCAACGUCGAGACGAUUAAAAUUGUGAAGAAGAUAAAGGACGUGACGUCGCUGUUGGACGGCACCGCCUCCUUCGAGCUGAGCCUGUCACAUGACAACAUCCCCGUCAGGUGGAUGUUUAAAGGGGCGGAGCUCAAGUCCAGCGACAAGUGUAAAAUCCUGUCGGAGCGCAAAGCUCACAAACUGAUCCUGCAGAACGUCGACAGCAGCCACGCAGGAGAGUACAGCGCCGUGGUGGGACACCUGCAGUGCAGCGCCGCGCUCACUGUGGAGGCCCUGCGCGUCACCAAACCCCUGAAGAGCGUGCAGGUCCCUGAGACGCAGGUGGCCACGUUCGAGUGUGAGGUGUCUCACUUCAACGUGCCGUCCACGUGGCUGAAGGACGGCGUGGAGAUCGAGAUGAGCGAGAAGUUCAGGAUCGUCGCAGGGAAACUGCACCAGCUGAAGAUCACGAACACCAGCAGGAACGACUCCGCAGAGUACACCUUCGUCUGCGGGAACGACCGCGUCUCCGCAACGCUCACCGUUAGCCCUGUGCUGAUCACGUCGAUGCUGAAGGACCUGAACGCUCAGGAGAGAGACACCAUCACCUUCGAGGUCACCGUCAACCACGAGGGCGUCACCUACAAGUGGCUGAAGAACGGCGUGGAGGUGAAGUCCUCCGACAGAUGUCAGGUCCGCAGCCGGCAGCUCGCGCACUCGCUCACCGUGCGAAACGUUCACUUCGGGGACGGAGGAGAGUACCAGUUCGUGGCCGGGUCCGCCGCCAGCGCCGCUAACCUGUUCGUCGAAGCUCGUGUGAUCGAGUUCACAAAGAAUAAAGACAUAAAGAUCACGGAGAAGAAGAAGGCCAUCUUUGAAUGUGAGAUCUCUGAACCGAACAUUCAGGUGGUGUGGAUGAAGAACGGUCAGGAGCUGGACACGUCCGAGGAGAGGUACGUACACCGUGACGCGGAGAAGUACGUUCACCGUCUGAUGAUCCAGACCGUCCGUAUGUCUGACGCCGGACAGUAUUCGGUGGUGGCCGGGUCAAGUGUCUCCAAGGCACAGCUGACCGUGGAGGGCCGCGACAUCCGGAUCUCCGAACCUGCCGAGCGGGAAAUCACGGUUCUGGAGAAACAUCGUGCGACCUUCGAGUUCGAGGUGAACGAGGAUGACGUGGAGGGCCGCUGGCUGAGGAACGGCGUGGAGAUCCAGUUCUCGGUGGAGGAGAGGUUCAACUACGUCUGCAUCAGGAAGCUGCACCGCCUCACCAUCUCCGAGACCUAUCGGAGUGACGCCGGAGAGUACACCUUCAUCGCCGGCAAGAACAGGAGCACCAUGAACCUCCGCGUCAACAUCCCGGAGCCUCCUCAGAUCCUGCGCCACAUGGAGCCUCAGUCGGUGGAGGCCGGUAAACCCGCCCGCUUCUCGGUGCAGGUGAGCGGCAUCCCGGCGCCGCAGGUGUCCUGGUACAAGAACUCCCAGGCGCUGUCGCCGGGCUUCAAGUGCAAGUUCCUGCACGACGGCAAUGAGCACUCGCUGCUGCUGAUCGAGGUGUUCCCCGAGGACGCCGCCGUCUACAACUGCGAGGCCAAGAACGACUACGGCACCGCCACGAGCACCGCGGCGCUCAGCGUGGAAGUGUCGGAGGUGGUAUCUCCCGACUCCGCUGCGACCGUCGCGCCUCCUGUUGUCAUGUCGCCCAUCGCCAGCACCUCCGCCCGCGAGGGAGAACCGGCUCGCUUCCAGUGUAGAGUCCGCGGAGACGACGUGAAGAUCAGCUGGUUCCACAGAGAGAAGGAGAUCAAGCAGUCGGACUUCUUCAGGAUGUCUCAGUUUGACGACAGCUGUCAGCUGGAGAUCUCCAGAGUUUACCCCGAGGACGAGGGCGAGUACACCUGCAAGGCCACAAACAACGCCGGCGCCGUGUCCUGCUCCGCCUCCCUCACACUGGACGUGACUCACGUCAGAGAGCACAUCGAAGCCAAGAUCGAGCAAGAAGUCAAAGUGCCACCUAUCUUUAGGCAGAAAAUCACCCCUCUGGACAUAAACAUCGGCGGCCACGCCAAGUUCGAAUGUGAAAUCGAGGAUGCUCCGGGUGUGACCUUCAAAUGGUACAAGUCUGGUAUUGAGAUCAAACAGAGCGACAAGUACAGGAUCCUCAGCCGCCACACGAGCUCCUCCCUGGAGCUCCUUAACCCGAUCAAAGCCGACAGCAGUGAAUACACUUGCAAGGCUUCAAACCAGCACGGCACUGACAGCUGCACCACCUCGCUCAUCGUCACCGAAAUGUACCCGCCGGUAUUUGUAUCAAAACCCGACCCAAUGACUUUAUAUGUGGGCAAACAAGCUGUGCUCCAGUGCUCACUCACUGGAUCUUCACCCAUGGAAGUUGUCUGGCACAAGGACAACAUAGCCGUCUCCUCCCAAGAGAACUAUGUCAUGAAAUUUGAAAAGAACAAGUAUUCCCUUCACAUUAAAAGUCUUGAGCUGACUGACCAGGGAGUGUACCUGUGCAAGGCCUCCAACAGUGUUGGCACUGCUACCUUUACCACAGAGCUCAAGGUUAUCAACAAGCCCAGCUUUGUUCAGACCUUUGAGCCAGUUUCAGCUGCUGUCAAUGACCCGCUGAGGCUGGAGUGCCAGGUGGACGAGGACACUGGUGUGACCGUCACCUGGACCAGGGAUGGCAAAAAAGUCCACCAGAGCAUGGAUUGUAAACUGUCCUUUGAGGACAAGGUGGCUGUUGUUGAGAUACCCAAGUCCAAACUGAAGGACUCUGGGAAAUAUGUGUGCACAGCCACGAAUGAGGCUGGCAGCUCAUCCUGUGAGGCUGUGGUAACAGUUCAAGAGCCCCCUGCCUUUGUUAGAAAAAUGGAAACUAAGAUCACAUGGAAACAAGGUAUAGCUGCACGCUUACAGUGCACCGUUAAAGGAUCGCCCGAACUUCACAUCCACUGGUUCUGGAAUGACAGAGAGCUUGGUGAUGGAGAAAAAUAUAAAAUCUCUUUCAAAAGUGGAGUUGCCUCUUUGGAGAUAAUGAACCUUGUGGUCACAGACAGUGGGAGUUACACCUGCGAGGUGUCAAAUAAUGCCGGCAGCGAGAGCUGCAACACCCUUAUAGCUGUUAAAGAGCCACCAUCCAUUAGAAAAGAGCUGCAGACAGUAGAGGCGGUGAAGGGAGCAACAACUCAGCUGGAGUGUGAGAUCACAGGAACAGCUCCUUUUGAAAUCAGCUGGUUAAAAAAUAAGAAAGCCAUCUCCACUGAUCAGAAAUAUAAUAUAAUCGCCCAAGAUUCGUUGUCAAGGCUGGAGAUCCAGACCUUUGAGAGCGCAGAUGUUGGAGAUUAUCAGUGUGUCAUAUCCAAUGAUGUGGGGAAAGUCACCACUAAGGCCCUAGCUAAACUUAAAGAACCACCAACUUUCUCAAAGAGGGUUGAGAGUGCUACAGCAGUGUUGGGAAAUACAGUAAAACUACAGGGGACCAUUAAGGGCUCGGCGCCCAUCUCUGUUAAGUGGAUGAAAGACUCUGAAAUACUGAGAGAUGACGAUUCAAACAUCAAGAUGGUGUUUGAGAAUAAUGUUGCUAGCUUGUCGAUAACAACAGUGGCCAUCAGCCACGGCGGCAAGUAUUCGUGCCAAGCUGAGAAUGAGGCUGGCCAACAAAAAUGCGAAGCUACCUUGACUGUGCAAGAACCUGCCAGAGUCGUAGAACCUGCAGAGUCCAUUAGUGUGACUGCAGGGGAUUCAGCCACUUUGGAGUGCACAAUUUCUGGAAGCCCAGACCUCAAAGUGAAGUGGUUUAAAGACGGGAAGGAGAUGAUCAGUGGCCGUAAAUAUAAGAUGACUCUUAAGGACAAUAUUGCCACCAUGAAGAUUCUUACGGCAGAAAGAGGAGACACUUCAGAGUACAAGAUGGAGGUGUCGAAUAAAGUCGGAAAAGACCAGUGCACGUGCUCAGUCACGAUCUUAGAUCGGAUUAUGCCUCCAACUUUCACCAAGUCGCUGAAAAGAGUUGAUGGUAACAUUGGUAAUGACGUCUCCAUGGACUGUAAAGUGUCUGGGUCCCAACCCAUGACCAUAGCUUGGUUCAAAGACGACCAGGAGAUCAUGUCUGGAUCCAAAUUCCAGCCUGAAUUCAAAGACAGCUCUACUACACUGAGAAUUAUACGGCUGGAGAAAGCCGACUCUGGAGUUUACAAAUGCAGAGCCACCAAUUCAGCCGGCUUUAAGGAGACCAGCGGCACGCUCUAUGUCAAAGAGCCCCCAGUGUUCACAAUGAAACCAGACAACCAGGAUGUGAAACCAGGAACUACAGUUUCCUUCAAAACAGGCUUCACUGGAACAGCUCCUUUGGCUGUAAAGUGGUUCAGAGAGGAAAAAGAGAUUAUAACUGAAGGCUCAUAUUUCAUAAAGAAAGAUGCCUCUUCAAGCUCUUUGGAGCUUAACUCUGUGAAACCCAGUGACUCUGCGAAAUACACAUGCCAAGUGUCCAAUGAUGCUGGGAAGGUGGAUUGCACCGCAGUCCUCUUUGUGAAAGAACCUCCCGUGUUUGUGAGGAAGCUUGAGGCCACCAAGCUCGUCACCAGCGGCGAGUCCACCAAGAUGGAGUGCAAAGUGACGGGCAGCCCCGUCAUCACUUUUAAAUGGUUCAAGGAUGAGAUGGAGAUCAGCUCCAGUGCUAAAUACACAAUGGCCUUGAUUGACUUAGUGGCUUCUCUGGAAAUAUUCAACAGUGCAGUCAAGGAUAGUGGAGAUUAUGUCUGUGUGGCCUCCAGCGAGGCUGGUAGUGACCGCUGCAGCAGCACAGUCACAGUCAAAGAGUCACCGUUGUUUGUGCGUAGCUUGGAGCCCAAAGAUGUUGUGAAAGGCUCCGAGUUGAUGCUGGAGGGCCAAGUCUCCGGCUCGGCCCCUUUCACUGUGUCAUUUUAUAAAAGCACAAACCUGAUUAGGAAUGACAAGAGACACAGGAUCACUGUGAAGGACGACCUGAUCGCCCUGCAGGUGCUGACAGUCGAGGCAGGAGACGUUGGUUUAUACCUGUGUACUGUUGAGAAUGAGGUGGGAAAGGCCUCCUGCGAUUGUCAAGUAACACUGAAAGAACCACCAUCUUUUGUGAGAAAGCUGGAGAACCUGAGCUCCCUUCUUGGCAGCGAGGUGUCUCUGCAGUGCUCUCUGAAGGGCUUUGAGCCCAUGACUGUGUCCUGGACGAAAGACAACCACGAGCUCAAAGAGUCUGAAAACAUCCAGAUUACAUAUGAGAACAACAUCGCUCUGCUGCACUUCAACAAUUUACAGAGCAAACAUGGCGGCAAAUACUCUUGCCAGGCGCAGAAUCAGGCCGGGAGCCAGACGUGCUCUGCUGUGGUGACAGUCAAAGAGCCAGCUAAGGUCACAGAGGAGGCCAAGUCCAUCAGUGUGACUCAGGGGGAUCCGGCCACGCUGGAGGCUAGCUUCUCUGGCACAAAGCCGCUGAAGGCCAGAUGGCUAAAGGCCGGCAAGGAGCUGACCUCAGGCCAGAGAUAUAAAGUACAGAGCACAGACACCGGCUCUGUGCUCAAGAUCAUUAAAACUGAGAAAAGUGACAGUGGUGACUACACCUUCGAGGUUUCAAACGAUGUCGGCCAAAGUUCUUGCGAGGCCACACUCACCAUUCUCGAUCAAAUAAUUCCCCCGUCUUUUACAAGAAAACUGAAGCAGACAGAAGGUAUCAAAGGCUCGUUUGCUCAUCUGGAGUGUCUCGUAUCCGGCUCGCUGCCGAUAACCAUACAAUGGUACCGAGAUGAGAAAGAGAUCCAGACUGAUGAGAAACACAAAUGCACAUUUUUUGAAAAUGUUGCUUUUCUGGAAAUCUCUAAUCUUGACAGUAAAGACGGCGGCAGCUAUACCUGCAUCGCUAAAAACAAGGCGGGAAAUGUCCAGUGCUCUGGGAUCUUGUUUGUCAAAGAACCACCAUGCAUUCUUGAAAAGCCUGAAUCCAUGAAUGUGUUGCCCGGCUCAAAGGUCCAGUUUAAUGUUCUGGUCUCUGGCACGCCGCCUCUGAUCACCAAAUGGUUUAAAAACAAGAAAGAGAUUUCAUCCAGUAUCGACUGCUCUGUGGUCAAAGACAACACCUCAAGCUCACUGGAGCUUUUCUUUGCCAAAACCUCCGAUUCUGGAGACUAUGUCUGUGAAAUCCAGAAUGAUGUUGGCUCCACUUCAUGCCAGGCAGCACUCUUUGUCAAAGAGCCCCCUAAGUUCACACGAACCCCGGCUCGUGUGUCCGUGGUCCGUCCCGGUCAGAGUAAAAUGUUUGAGUGCCAGGUGACCGGCACACCUGAGAUAGACAUCUACUGGUUCAGGGAGGGCUCUGAAAUCAGCCCCAGCAACCGCUACAAGAUGGUCUUUGUUAACUCUGUGGCCACUCUGGAAGUCUGCGGGCCUGAUACCAAAGACAGUGGGCUUUACUACUGCGAGGCUCGCAAUGAGGCCGGCAGCGAGAGCUGCAGCAUGGAGCUCAAGGUCAAAGAACCACCAUCAUUUAUUAGAGAGCUGGCUCCGGCUGAUGUUGUGAAAGGCUCCAGUGCCUGUUUUGAGUGUCAGGUAGCUGGUACUGGUCCGUUUGAGAUAACAUGGCACAAAGAUGCAAAGGAGAUCAAACCCAGUGCUAAGCACGGCUUCUCCCAGAUGAGCGACACUGUGGGUCUAGAGGUGCACAAAUGUGACGCUGUAGAUGUCGGUGAAUAUCAGUGUACUGUUACUAACGAGGUGGGAAGCUGUACUUGUAAGACUACGCUAAAACUCAAAGAACCACCAACGUUUACCAAGAGGAUUGAAAACACUGCCACUGUUCUGGGUAAAAUGGCAGAGUUUCAGUGUGUAGUGACGGGUUCGCCCACUCUUGCUGUACAAUGGCAAAAAGAUGAGAACUGGAUUUUGGAGGAUCCAAAAAUUGAGAGAACAUUUGAGAACAAUGUGGCCGCUCUCAGGAUUCCUGCGUGUGAGGCCACGCACAGCGGGAAAUACACCUGCCAGGUGGUAAACGAGGCCGGGCAGGAUAAGUGCUUUUCCACCCUGACGGUGCAAGAGCCUCCUCAGAUCACAGAGAAACCUGAAGUGUUAAGGGUUACAGUCGGAGAUCCAGUCAGUCUGGACUGUAAGGUCACAGGCUCACCUGAGCUCAAAGUGAAAUGGAUGAAAAAUGGAAAUGAGCUUCAGUCCAUCAGGCAGCACAAGCUGACCUUUGAGAACAACAUCAGCAGCCUCAAGGUUCAGUCUUCUCAGAAAGAGGACGAAGGAGAAUAUGUCUUCGAGGUGGCAAACCACAUCAGCAGCUGCACCUGCAAAGUCAAAGUGAUCGUACUAGAACAAGUAAUUGCCCCAACCUUCAUGAAACCCCUGGUAGACAUGCAAGAGAUUUUGGGCUCCUUUGUUCAGAUAUGUUGCAAAAUAUCUGGUUCCCUCCCCAUCUCUGUGGAAUGGCAGAAAAACGGGAGCAAAAUCUCGAGUGGUGUAAAACACAAACUCAUUCAGCAGGACAAUUCUGUGUCCAUCGAAAUCGAACAGCUAGAAAGAUCUGACGCAGGAUCCUACUCUUGCAAACUGACCAAUGCAGCGGGAAGUUGUGAAAGCAGUGGAUCCCUCAUGGUUAAAGAACCUCCCAGCUUUGUGACGCUGCCAGAUUCCCAGGCUGCCGUACCCAAUGGCACUGUGCGCUUCAAAUGCACAUUUAAGGGAACACCUUCCUUCAUGGUCAAAUGGUUCAAGGACGAUACAGAGCUUAUGACCGGGCCCACUUGUUUCACGGGGCUGGAGGGGCUGUCUUGCUUCUUGGAGCUCUAUUCAGUGGGUGUCACCCACAGUGGAGUUUACUCUUGCCAAGUCAGUAACGAUGCUGGCUCUGUACGCUGUAGUGCAGACUUGACAGUCAAAGAACCACCCGAGUUUGUGCUGAAACUCCCUGCCACUAAGUUUGUGAAGCAGGCGGAGUCACUCCGCCUGGAGUGCAAAGUCAGUGGCACAGUCCCUCUGAAAGUGACCUGGUACAAACAGGACACCAAGGUCACGGAUGGGGGCAACUACAGAAUAUCAUUUGUUGACUCAGUAGCAGUCCUCGAACUGCUCUCCACCAGCUUUGAUGAUGAUGGAGUUUACACCUGUGAAGCUCAGAAUGAUGCUGGCAGUGUCAGCUGCAGCACCACACUUACCGCUAAAGACGCCCCAUCUUUUGUCAAAGUACCUCAGCCCAUUGAAGGGCUGAAGGGUAAGGACGUGAGUCUGUAUUGCGAGAUGAGUGGUACAGCUCCGUUCCAGAUCACCUGGUUCAAAGACAGGAAACCUCUGAUGGAGAGCAGGAAGUAUAAGAUGGUGAGCGAGGGCAGCUCGGUUACGCUGCAUAUCAUUGGGAUAGAGCCCUCGGAUGCCGGCGAAUACGAGUGCAAAGUCACUAACAGUGUAGGAAGUGACACCUGCCAGACGUCAGUUAAACUCAGAGAGCCGCCGUCGUUUGUGAAGAAACUGUCAAACAAGACAGUGAUACUGGGAGAGGAGGUGACCCUUGUGGCCUCUGUUAAAGGCUCUGAACCCAUUACUGUGUCCUGGGUUCAAGACAAGGAUCACAUUCUCAGGGACGGUGACAACAGGAAAAUCACCUUUGAGAACAACCAUGUCGCUCUUAAAGUCUUUAAGGCUGAUGCAACCACGGCAGGCAAAUACACCUGCCAACUCAGAAACGAUGCUGGGAGUGUGGAGUGUUUCGCUAACUUGACUGUUCUAGAACCUGCUAAGAUAGUGGACAAGCCUGAUGCUCUGAGCGUGACAGCGGGCGAUGUGGCCGCUCUAGAGGUGAAAGUGUGUGGAACCCCAGAGCUCACGCCCAAGUGGUUCAAGGAUGGUGUCGAGCUGGCCUCCGGGAGGAAAUACAAAAUCUCAUUUUCUCAGAUGAUUUCCAGCCUGAACGUUCUCUCAGCUGAGAAAGUGGACUCUGGAGAAUAUACAUUUGAGGUUAUGAACGAGGUUGGGAAGGACCUGAGUAAAAUUAACCUCACAGUCUUAGAUAAGAUCAUACCUGCAACCUUCUUAAGGAAGUUGAAGGAUUGCAACACCGUCGUCGGAGCAGCCGGAGAGAUGGAGUGCAAAGUGUCGGGCUCCCCGCCUUUUACCAUCUCCUGGUACCACGAUGGGGAGGACAUACAGAGCGGACCGAAUUAUGAGAUUUUAUUCAGCAGCAACAGCUGCACACUCAAAGUGUCCACGCUGAAGCUGUCCGACUCUGGAGUGUAUAAAUGUAAAGCUGUCAACAAGGCAGGAUCCAGUGAAACCUCAGCCUCCUGGGGUGUAAAAGAACCUCCAUCGUUUGUGGUGCCCCCCCAACCGGUGGAAGCCAUGCCCGGCUCUGACGUGACUUUCUCUGCCAUGGUGAAAGGCAGCGCCCCCCUCAAGCUGAAGUGGUUCAGAGGGGCGAAGGAGAUCCUGCCUGGACACGCGUGCAAUUUCUCGCUGAAGGACAACCAAGUGAUCUUGGAGCUCUUCAAGGUGGACGCAUCUCACGCUGGAGAGUACACCUGUCAGAUCAUUAACGACGCUGGAAAGGAAAGCAGCCCGGUGAAUCUCAGCGUCAGAGAGCCGGCAGCUUUUUCUAAGAAGCUGAAGGACGUGUCGGUGGAGAAGGGAAGACCCUUAACGCUGGAGUGCACGUACACAGGAACUCCCAAAAUCACCGUGAACUGGUACAGAGACGGACAACAGAUCUUCGCCUCCUACAAAUACAACAUCACCACGACAGAGAGCUCCUGCAUCCUCGAGUGUCUGAGCACCGACGACAAGGAGGCGGCGGGGAAGUACCGCUGCGAGGUGUCCAACGACGCGGGGAAGGACACGUGUGACGCAUCCGUGUCCGUCCUCGAGCCUCCGUACUUCGUGGAGUCCCUGGAGCCCAUGGAGGUGACGUCCGGAGACGGCGUGUGUCUGAAGUGCCAGGUGGCGGGAACUCCUGAGAUCAAGGUGUCCUGGUUCAAGGCCGACGGCAAAGUGAGGUCCAGCCCCACCUGCAAGCUGGAGCACAUGAAGGGCGUCGCCUGCCUGAAGCUCAGCAAAGCCACAAAGAGCGACAUCGGAGAGUACACCUGCAAGGCCGAGAACAGCAUCGGCUCCGCCUCCUCCACCUGCAGGCUCAAUGUGCUAGAGGCCAAAACGCCUCCGUCCUUCCCGAAGAAGGUCACCAGCCUGCAGCAGACGGAGGGUCUGCCGGUGCGCUUUGAGUGUCGCGUCGCCGGCUCCUCGCCCGUCGAGGUGUCGUGGCUGAAGGACGGCGAGCCUCUGAGGCUGGGGAGCGACUUCUCCAUGCUGUACGACGACAACACGGCCGCGCUGGAGAUCGCCCGCGGGGAGAUGAAGCAUUCUGGGGAAUACACCUGCGUGGCCACCAACAGCGUAGGAUCAGCUUCCUGCAGAGCCAAACUCACACUGCAAGAACCACGAUUCCCGCCGGUCUUUGACAGGAAGUUGUCACCACAGGAGGUGACGGUGGACGACAGUAUUGAGCUGGAGUGUCACAUGACCGGCUCAGCCCCCAUUAAAGUCACAUGGUCCAAAGACCACAAAGAUAUUCGCAGCGGGGGGAACUACAAGAUGAGCUGCGUGGAGAACACCCCCCACCUCACCAUCCUGAAGACGGAUAAAGCUGACUCAGGCAGAUACUUCUGCCACGCCUUGAACGACACGGGGAAGGACUCGUGUUGCUCGGACAUCACGGUUAAAGAGCGUAAGAACCCCCCCGUGUUCACCAGAAAGCCGUCGGAGCACAUCGAGGACAUGGAGGGCAAACUGGUGAAGAUGGAGGGCCGAGUGUCGGGCUCGCAGCCCAUCACGGUCAGCUGGUUCAAAGGCAGCGCGGAGAUCUGCAGCUCGGACAAAUACGACAUCAGCUUCAAGAGUAACGUGGCCGUGCUGUGCAUCAAGAGCAGCCAGCUGAGCGACAGCGGCAGGUACAGCUGCCAGAUCUCCAACGAGGCAGGAAAAACCUCCUGCGACGUCACUGUGGGGAUCUCAGAGGCCAGGAAGCCUCCAGUGUUUGACGUCCCUCUGAAGCCGCAGACUGUGGACGAAGGCGAGAAGCUGAGCCUGCGCUGCCACGUGUGCGGCUCCGCUCCGCUGAAGAUCCAGUGGAUGAAGGACAGGAAGGAGCUGACGUCGUCCGGCAGCACAAGGAUUAGCUUCUCUGAAGGGGGGGCCAGUCUGGACAUCAGCCCGGCCUCCCGACACGACGCCGGAGAUUAUCUCUGCAAGGCCACCAACGAGGCCGGCAGCGAGUUCUGCAAGGCCAAGGUCACCGUCAAAGGGAAACCCGGAGCAGCUCCGGCUCCUGCUGACGCUCCAGCAGCCGCUCCGACCAAGAAACUGGAAAACCUGUUCUUCAUCGAGGAGCCCAAGACUACACACGUCACAGAGAAGGCCACCGCCACCUUCAUCGCCAAGGUGGGCGGCGACCCCAUCCCCAGCGUGAAGUGGAUGAAGGGGAAGUGGAGGCAGGUGACGCACGGCGGCCGCAUCUCCAUCGAGCAGAAGGGCCAGGAGUCCAAGCUGGAGAUCCGAGAGGUGACCAAGUCGGACUCGGGUCAGUACCGGUGCGUGGCCGCCAACAAGCACGGAGAGAUCGAGAGCGGCGCCGACAUGCAUGUGGACGAGAAGAAGGGAGCGGCGCAGCUCGAAGGAGACCUCCGCGCCAAACUGAAGAAGACGCCAUCGAAGCAGAAGAGUCCGCAGGAGGAGAAGGACAUCGACAUCGUCGAGCUGCUGAGGAACGUCGACCCCAAAGAGUACGAGAAGUACGCAAGAAUGUACGGCAUCACCGACUACCGCGGCCUGCUGCAGGCCAUCGAGCAGCUGAAGAAGGAGAAGGCUGAAGAAAGUGGAAGACCGGAAGUGGAACGUGGAGACAGAGAGUCGGACGAGGACAUGGCUCGACUCGUGGCCGACCUGCAGAAAAGGAUGGAGCGCACAGAGCCCGUCACCGUGCUGAAGGACAUCUCGGAUCAGGCCGUCUACGCCAACAAGGAGGCGGAGUUUGAGUGCGAGGUGAAGAUCAACUACCCAGAGAUCACCCUGUCCUGGUACAAGGGCACGCAGAAACUGGACACCAGCGACAAGUACGACAUCAGCAUCAGCGGCGACCGCCACCUGCUGAGGGUCAGGGGGAUCCAAGCGUCCGACCAGGGGAACUACCGGGUCGUGUGCGGGCCGCACAUCUCCAGCGCCAGGCUCAGCGUCAUGGAGGUGGAGGUGGAGAAGCACCUGCAGGACACUUCGGGUAAGGAAGGCCAGGCGUGCGCUCUCUCUUGUCAGUUGUCCGUCCCUAACGUAGCGGCUCAGUGGUAUAAGAACGGGAAGCAGUUAGAGAUGAAGGGCAGGUACACGUCGGAGGUGAAACACAAGGUUCAGAAGCUUCUGAUCCGAGAGCUCAAGACUGAAGACCAGGGCAGAUACACCUGCAGGUACCAGCACCUGGAGUCCUCGGCCGACCUCUGGGUGGAAGCUGAACAAAUUCAUUUCACCAAACGCAUCCACAACAUCGAAGUCAACGAGCGCCAGUCGGCCACCUUCGAGUGCGAGGUGUCCUUCGACAACGCUAUCGUUUCGUGGUACAAAGACACCUGGGAACUGAGAGAGAGCCCGAAGUACAACUUCACAAGCGAGGGCCGAAGACAUUUCAUGGUCAUCCGAAACGUGACCACCGAAGACGAAGGCGUGUACUCAGUGAUUGUGAGGUUGGAGCCCAGAGGAGAGGCUAAGAGCACAGCUGAGCUUUAUUUGUCUGGCAAAGAAAUUGAGUUGGCAAUGGUGCCCUUCGAUGUCCCAGACUCCUCAGUUCAGAGGCCUGAAGCGCCUUCAUCCGUGGCUAUUCAAGAAUCUGCUGAAUUCUAUCAUUAUGAGGAAGAGAUUGAACACAGUCGAGAAUCAGCUGAAUAUUCUUAUCACUAUGACGAGGAGGUGGAGGUGGAGCAGAGAGUGGAGUUUGAGAGCUGGACAGAGGAGACGGUAACACAGCAGGUGUCCACAGCUACAGCUGCCAGAGUUGCCGUUGAGGAGAAAGUAGAGACCAAGAAAGUUGAAAUGAGAGAGGAAGUCCCAACAAAAGCUCCCAAAGCUGAGAAAAAGCCUGAAGAGAAGCCAACCGCAGCUGUGAAGGAGCCGUCGCCACCAAAAGUACCUGAGGCCAAAAAGCCAGUGGAAGAAAAGGUUCCUGCAGUUUCAGUCGCAGAAAAGAAGAAAGUUCCUGCUCCAAAAGAAGCAGAGGAGGUUAAGAAGCCUGCUGCUGCUGCUCCCUCGCCGCCUGCCGGGAAGCCUGGAGUGCCAGAGAAAGAUAAGGCCAAGCCUCAGGUACCAGCUGAGCCCAAAAAAGUGGCGCCUGCAGCUAAGCCUGAGCCUGAACCAAAACCGAAAGCAGAACCUGAACCAAAGCCUAAGCCCGCACCGGCACCGGCACCCAAAGCAGAAUCUGAAGCCAAACCUGUGGCAAAGGUGGAGCCUGAAGCUAUGCCGGUGCCGGUAAAGAAGCCGACACCACCGUCCAAAGUCCCUGAAGAGGCUGCAAAACCAGAGCCGGCAAAGAUCAAGCCUGAACCGGCAGUAAAAAAGCCAGAACCAGAGCCAGAACCGCCCGUUCCAAAACCAGAGCCUGCUAUGGUAUCCAAACCUGAACCAGCAGUUAAAAAAGCUGAACCUGAAGUGAGAGUGCCAAAACCAGAACCUCCGAAGACCAAACCAGAACCGACGCCCGCACCUCCGAAGAAAGCUUUGAAGCCCAAACCUAAACUGGUACCUGAAGAGGUGCCUGAAAAAGUACCUCAGAAGGUGUAUGAGGAGGUAGUUGAACCUGAGAGGGUACCUGAUAAAAUACCUGAAGCAGUACCUGAGAGACGAGCUCCAGGGGAAGCCCAGGUGAAGGAAAAGACCCCUGAGAGGGUCCCGGCGAAGGUACUGGCACCUGAGAGCAAAGUGGAGGAAAUUCCAAAGAAGUUUCCAGAAAAAGCACCUGAGGAAAAGGUGGCGGAGAAGGCUCCUCCUGAGAGGAAGCCUAUAAAACUUCCUCAGAAAGUGGCUGAAGAAGAGCGGACUCCUGAGAAGAAGCCACCCCAGGAAGUAAAACCUGAAACGGUGUCUAAAAAACAAUCAGAGAGGAUCUCUGUAGAUAAAACACCUGACAAGGUGCCUGAAGUUAAAACUAAACGAGUGGUGGAAGAAAGUCUUCCUAAAGUCUUCUUCAACGCGUCUUCUUCAACGCCUCUUCUUCAACGCCUCUUAAAACUUCCAGCAACGACGAGUCUCGUCAAGAUCGAGCGCAGUAAAGGAGCUCAGAAGAUUCAGGAAGUUUAUUACGUGACGGAGAAAGUGUCGCCCACAGAGGAGGUGUGGGAACACGAAGAGAUGGUGGAGGAACACGGCGACGUGUUGUACGAGGAGGACGAAGCGGCUCGUCUGGGCGAGACAAUAGUGUCGCUGUCAGACGUCCUACGUACAACAGAAAGGUCUGAACUAAGAGGCGAGAUAUCUGUUACUGACUCUACAGAGAGGAAAGAAACCAGGUUGAUUAAACACAGAGUCCCCAAAACACAAGAAACCUUUGAAUCUGACCGAGACAGGGAGGUUAGACCCACGAGAGCAACGAUGGAAGAGAAGUUCUUUAUCCGAACGAUCGAGUCGCCGACAGACGAAAUUCCAGACGAGAGGAAAGACAGUUUUUCUAAACAGGGAACUAGUGUUACAGGCAAAAAGAGAAGGGAGGUGAGCAUCAAAACAGAAAGUAAAGAGAGACAACAGGAAGUCAGGAAAACUGAGGAAACUACCACAGUGAGAGAAAAAGAUCAAACUAAACCAGUUCUUAUAACGGGAGCAAGAAAACAGACUGAAAAGAUGGAAAUUGAGGGAAAGGCUUCGACAGAAGUCACCUAUAAGAAACCAAUCGAUCACGAGAUAAUAUCAGAUAUUCCACAAGAAUACAGAAGUGAGAAAAUGACAGAAAUUACAAUCCAGCAGAGAGAAGUCACAGUUAAAGACAAAGCAACAAAAGUUGGUUUCACUCAAGUAAAAAUGUCAGACGAGGAAUCGAGUAGAAAGGAGGAAACUAAAAUUAUAGCAGCAGUCAAAGAUGAAACUAGUUCACCAGGAAAAGUAAGGAAACAAGAGAAGCAGCUCAAAUCUGAUGAGAUUAUUGAUAAAAAGGAGAAAGUUGCUGAAAAACCAAAACCUCAAGAGGUGACGCCCAAGGUCAAACCAAAAGAGUCAGUAACAGAUAUCGAGCUUGAGAAGCUGAAAGUGACGCAUCAGGAGUUAGUCGCUGUAAGAACUGAAGCAGAAUACAAGAAAAAAGAGGAAUCCAAAGACGUCGAUUCUGAAAAGACAAAAGAAGAAAAAAGUAUUUUAGUCGAGGAUACACUUCAGACAAAACCUUCAAAACCACCAACAGCUUCGAGAGAACCAGAAGUCGAGGCCAAGACGAUUCCCACAUCCAUUCCUGCUGCUCCGUCUCCUGAAACACAAGUCGAGAUGAAAGGAAAAAGAGUUCCUGUGAAGGACAAGGAGUCUCCACCACAAGUCAAUGAAGCACUGGUAAAGCCAGCUGCUCCUCAAGAAGAGAGCAAACCGCAGGCUGCUGUAAAAGUCCAAGAAGCUGCGAAAAAGCCUGAAGUCACUGACAAAACCAAGAAGUUGGACAAGAAAGUGAUUCCACAAGAAGAAACAAAGCCAGUGACAAAGCCAAAGCCCGUCGUGAAGGCUGAAGAACCAACCAAGAAAGUUGCAGCAGAAGAAAAACUAGUGGCAGUAGAAAAGAUAGCCCCUGAAACAGAUCAAACCAAGGGACCCGUCCAAGCACCCGGAGGAGUCAAGAAAGAAAUUCUUCUGCACAAAAAAGGUAAAAUUCAGACUGAAGAGGAAGGGACGUUUGAGAUUCCCACUUUGAGGAAGACAACCAGAGUCAUAAAGGAAGUGGAAGAGGAGCAGGAGAUUAUCAAACUGAAGAAGAUUCCUUCAGUUCCACCUAAAGAGGGUGAAGAGGAGAAAAAACCUCAGAAGGUCACCAAGACCACAGUCUUUGAUUACGAGGAGUUGGUGCAUAGAGAAGAGGCUGUUGAGAUGUCCGUCGCCACCAGGAGACCUGUGGAGGAGAAGAAACCUCGAGAUAAAGCAGAAGUGGUGAAAAAGCCAGAAAUUGUAAAGCCUAAAGAAAAGGAACAGAAAGAAGCUCCUGCAGAUGCAUGGACUCGACAGAAACCCCUUCCAAAAGAUGAGAAACCAGAAGAUAAGAUAUCUCUGAAGAAAACUCCCAAGGCACCAAAGGAAGAGGAACCUGCCCCGCCUACUGCAGCCUUGAAGAAAGUGAAAGAAUUGCCUUCAGAUGAAGUGGAACCAGAAGCAGUCAAACUAAAACCAUUUGAAAAGCCUGUUAAACCAGUUGAGGAGCCGGAGAAAGACAAGAAAGAGAGGCCAGACAGGGACACUUUGCCUUUCCAGAAGCUAGAGAGGAUCCCCAGAGAGGUGGAAACCAAAGAACCUCCCAAGAAACCUGAGAAAGCUCCUCUGGAGGUCAAAGAGCCACCAACUAAGGUGCCAAAGCCAGUAGAUACAAAGAAAUCUCCAGAGAAAGAGCCUGAGGAGGUCAAAGCGCCCACCAAGGUGAAGAAAAUCCCAACACAGGAACAAGAGGUAGAAAGCAUCAAGCUGAAGCCCUUCUCCAGGCCUUCAAAAGAGGCUGCAGAGCCUGAGAAGAAACCAGCAGAGGAGAAAGAAAGGAAGCCAAUAGAUGACCUGCAGCGCCGUCGCACAAGUCCGGAUGAAAAAACAAAAGAGCGAGAGCCAGAGGCUAAACCGAAGAAACCUGAGAUCCCAGAAGCUCCAGAGAAGAAGCCAGAGAAGCCGAAGGUGGUAGAGGCAGUGCCAGCAGAGAAGACGGCGUCUCCGGUUAAGAAACCUGAAAAGGUUCCUGAGGAGCCCAAACCUCUGCAGCUGAAGAAGGGAGUCACAACCAAGGUGAAAGAGGAGAAAGAAGAAGUGGCUCUGAAGCCUUUGGAGCUGCUCAAGAAGGUUGAGCUGAAAAAGACACCAUCUCCUAAAGUUGAGAAGCUUAAAGAAGCAGAAAAAGUCCCUGUUGAGAAGAGGCCGAGCGUUGAUAAACUCAAAAAGAUUCCUAAAGUGGUUUCUCCGAAAGUCUCUGUUGAAGCUGUGACUCUCAAAAAGGUCCCAAAGAAGCCUUCACCAGAGGAGGCUGCAGAGCCAGCAAAGCCAGGCAGAGGGAAGGUUCCCCUGGUGAAGGAGGUCUCUCCUGGAGCCGUACAGAUGAAGAAGGUUGCCACGCAGCCGGAGGAGGAGGUAUUUGAAGAGGAAGCUGAGGAAGCUGUGGAGGAAGAAGAGGCCUGGGGCUGGGAGCUGGUUCCCCGGGACAGUUACGGCUCUGAAGACUGGGAAGGUGAAGAAGAGGAAGGUGCUCUGGAUGUUCCAGGGGUGACCAGGAGAGAGGGACAACCAGCAGAAGAAGCAGGAAGAGGUAGAGGUAGAGGACUGAAACCCAAGCAGACCCCGUCCCCUGGAGAAGGUAGGGGCCGCGGCCUGAAGCCCGGUGGAAAAGGCCCGUCGCCACCAGAGGAACCCUUCGCAGGAUUCAAGCUCAAAGCCGUCCCUCUGAAGUUCAUCAAGAAGCUUCAGGACAUCGUGUUGCAGGAAGCCGAGUCUAUCGGCUCUGCUGCCAUGUUUGAGUGUGAGGUCUCGCCCUCCACCGCCAUCACUACCUGGAUGAAAGAUGACAGUAACCUGCGUGAGAGCCCCAAGCACAAGUUCACCUCUGACGGCAAAGAUCGCAAGUUGAACAUCAUUGAUGUCCAGCUCUCCGACACCGGUGAAUAUACCUGUAUAGCCAAGAACGCCGGCAAGGAAAUAUCAUGCAAAGCCAAGCUCAUUGUUGAAGAGCUUCCAGUGAAAUGGAUCAAAGAGCUGGAGGAAGACACCUCAGCUCUGAAGGGUCAGCCUCUGUAUAUGACCUGUGAGUUGAACAAAGAGAGAGAUGUGAUAUGGAGGAGAAAUGGUGAGGUACUGAAGAAACAGGCCGGCAAGAUUCAGAUCAACAUCAUUGGUAUGCAGCACGCUCUGACCAUCCAGAACACCACUGAGGCGGACACCGGGGUAUACUCAUGUGAAGUGUCCGGCCAGGACGAUGUCAAGACUACAACAAAUGUCAAAAUCAUUGAAAUCAUCAAAGAUUGGAUUGUGAAACCGCUGAGAGACCAGCAUGUGAAACCGAAGGCCAACGCUACAUUUAAAUGCGAACUCUUCAAGGACACUCCCAACUGGAAGUGGCUCAAAGGAGAGAAUGAAGUCACUCCAUCUGACAAGGUGGAGUUCAAGAAGGAUGGAAAGGAACUGACGCUCACCGUCAAGAACUGUCAGCCUGAAGAUGUAGCACAGUAUGCCAUGGAGGUGGAAGGACGCAUCUACACUGCCAAUCUUACGCUUGGAGAGCGUGAGGCUGAAAUCCUGAAGCCCCUGGCCAGCGUUGAGGUGGUUGAGAAGGAAGAUGCCAUGUUUGAGACAGAGAUUUCGGAGGAUGAUGUUCCAGGAGAAUGGAAGCUGAGAGGAGAGGUUUUGACCAGAUCCCCGACGUGCGACAUCCAAAUGGAGCGUGGGGUGCGUAAACUCAUUCUGAAAAACUGCCAGAUGGAUCAGGCUGGAGAAGUGUCCUACCAGGCUCUUAACGCCAUAACCAGCGCAAUGCUCAAUGUCAAAGAAAUCGAAAUGGACUUUGUUGUCCCGCUGAAGGACAUUUCUGUGCCUGAAAAGAAACAGGCUAAGUUUGAAUGCACCAUCACGAAGGAUGUCUCUAAGGUCAUGUGGUAUAGAGGGGAUGACGUCAUCACCCCAGACCAAAAGUAUGACAUUAUCGAUGAUGGAAAGAAGCAUAUGCUGAUCAUAAACUGCUGUGAGUUUGAUGACGAGGACGAAUAUACAAUUGCUGUUUUGGGCAAAACGUCAACAGCUAGACUCACGGUGGAGGGUAUCAGGCUCAAAUUUAUCUCGCCAAUAAAGGACCAAACUGUGAAAGAAGGUACGACGGCUCGUUUCGAGCUGGAGCUCUCUCAUGAGAACAUCCCCGUCACCUGGUACAAGAACGAUGUUAAAAUACAUCCGAGCAGAACCGUGCUCACUCACGUGGAUGGAAAGAAACAUGUGCUAGAAAUAAAGGAAGUGACUCUAGAUGAUACUUGUCAAAUUAAGGCUGAAGCCAAAGGAAUUCCUUCCAUGGCCAACCUGACGGUCAUAGAGGGAGAUGCGUACUUCACAGUUAAGCUGCAGGACUACACUGCGGUGGAGAAGGACGAGGUGGCUUUAGAUUGCGAGCUCAGCAAAGACGUGGAGGUCAUGUGGUACCACAAUGAGGCCGAGAUCAAACCCUCUAAGAUGGUGGUCAUUAAGGCCGAGGGCAAACGCAGAACCCUCAUCAUCAAGAAAGUUGCCGACAAAGACAAAGGACAGUACGUAUGUGAUUGUGGAACAGACAAGACGACUGCGACGCUACACAUUGAAGCUCGCCACAUCAAGGUGCUCCGGCCGGUGUACGGCUCUGAGGUGUUUGACGGAGAGACCGCUCGAUUUGAGGUCGAGCUCAGUGAGGACGAUGUCCACGGCCAAUGGAAACUGAACGGAGAAGUCCUCAGUCCAUCCGCCGAUGUUGAGAUCGUGGAGGACGGUGCCAAACACACCUUGGUCUUGUACAACUGCAAAGUGCCUCAAACAGGCGAGCUGGUGUUUACCGCCGCCAAUGCCAAAUGUUCUGCUAACCUCAAAGUGAAGGAGCUGCCAGUCUCAUUCAUUACACCACUGGCUGACGUGCACGUGUACGAAAAGGACGAGGCAAAGUUUGAGCUGGAAAUUUCUAGAGAGCUCAAAAGCUUCCGAUGGCUGAAGGGAUCUCAGGAGUUGACAAACGAUGAUAAGUUUGAACUCUUGUUGGAGGGAAAGAGACACACUCUUAUUGUAAAAUCUGCAAGAUAUGAAGAUGAAGCUAAAUACAUGUUUGAGGCUGAAGAUAAAAGGACUUCUGGAAAGUUGAUUAUCAAAGGUAUUCGCCUUGAAUUUAUCAAGCCGAUUAAAGACGUGACUGUGAAGGAACGUGAAACUGCAGAGUUCAGCGUCGAACUUUCUAAUGAAAAGAUCCCGGUGGUUUGGUACAAAAACGACGUCCGUCUGCACCCCAGCAAGGUGGUGCACAUGUCGGAGGACGGGAAAGUCCACACGCUGGCCUUCAAGGAGGUCACCAUCGAUGACACCUCCAUGAUCAAAGUGGAGGCCAUGAGCAAGACUUCAGAGGCCAUGCUCACCGUGCUCGAGGGAGACCUUUAUUUCACAGUGAAGCUGCAGAACUACACCGCCGUCGAGAAAGACGAGGUGAUUCUGUCCUGCGAGCUGAGCAAGGCGGCCGCCGAGGUCAGGUGGUUCAAAGAUGGUAACGAAAUCUCUUCCUCCAAGAACAUUGUCUUCCAAUCCGACGGCAAGAAGCGCGUGCUGGUGAUCAAGAAGGCGGCAAAGAGCAACAUCGGAGCGUACACCUGCGAUUGUGGCACCGACAAAACCACCGCCGACCUGAACAUCGAAGAGCGCGACAUCAAGGUUGUCCGCCCGCUGUACAGCGUGGAGGUCACUGAGACCGAGACGGCCAAGUUUGAAACGGAGAUUUCAGCGGAGGACCUUCACGCCACCUGGAAACUGAAGGGAGAGAUGCUCCACCCAUCUCCUGAUGUGGAGAUCAAGGACGAGGGAGCCCGACACAUCCUGAUCAUCUUCAACUGCAAAAUGGACAUGGCCGGAAGUGUAGACUUCUCGGCAGCGAAUGCCAAAUCCUCAGCUCAGCUCAGGGUCAAAGCCCGAGUGAUCGGCCUGGCGAGGCCUUUGAAUGACGCCACGGUGACCGCCGGGGAGACCGCCACCUUCGAGUGCGAGCUGUCGUACGAAGGCAUCGCAGUCGAGUGGUUCCUGGGAGGUGCAAAGCUGGAACCAAGCGACAGAGUGGUGUUGAAGGCAGAUGCUAAAGUCCACAGCCUGACUCUGAGGGACGUCAAGCUGAAUGAAGCCGGACAAAUUAAACUCACCGCCAAAGACUUCCAGACUGAGGCCAACCUCAUCGUCAGAGAGCCGUCGGUGGAGUUCUCCAAGCCUCUGGUGGACCAGACGGUGGAGGAGGAAGCCACCGCUACACUCGAGUGUGAAGUUUCCAGAGAGAACGCAGAGGUAAGAUGGUUCAAGGACGGACAGGAGAUCAGAAAGACCAAGAAGUACGAGAUGAUCGUCGACGGCUACAAGAGAGCGCUGAUCAUCCACGACUGCACUCUGGAGGACUCGAGGACGUACGCUUGUGACGCCAGUGACUUCAAAACCUCCUGCUUCCUCAACGUUGAACCUCCACAUAUCGAGUUCUCCAAGCCACUCCACGACGUCGAGGUCAAAGAGAAGGAAUCUGCCAGGUUUGAAUGUGAAGUGUCCAGAGAGGACGUCAAAGUCCGCUGGUUUAAAGAUGGAAGUGAAAUCAGGAAGGGGAAGAAGUACGAAAUCAUUGCUCAAGGUCGCCAACACGUCCUCAUCGUCCACAAGUCUGUGUUUGACGAUGAGGCGGAAUACGAAUGUGAAGCAAAGACCUCCAAGUCCUCCGGCAUGCUCACUGUUGUAGAGGAGGAGGCGCGGUUCAGUAAAAACCUGUCCAACGUGGAGGGGACGGAGACGGACAGCGUGAAGCUCAUCUGUGAGGUCUCCAAACCUAGCGCCGACGUCACCUGGUACAAGGGAGACGAGGAGCUGCCGGAGGGCGGCCGCUACGAGCAGAUCGUGGACGGGAAGCGGAGGAUCCUCCUCAUCCAGGACCUGAAGAUGACCGACGCCGUCGAGUACCACUGCAGGCUGAGUCCCAGCAUCAAGACCUCCGGAAACCUCAAGAUUAACGAGCUGGCUGCAGAGUUCAUCUCGCGGCCUCACAGCCAGGAGGUGGUGGAGGGCGAGAAGGUGGAGUUCACCUGCUCCGUCUCCAAAGAAACCUUCGAGGUGAAGUGGCUGAAAGACGACAAGGAGCUGCAGGCGGGAGACAAAUACACGAUGCUGAGCGACGGCAAGAGACGCACGCUGGUCAUCAAAAACAGCGAGCCCAACGAGGGCGCAUACGUGGUGAUGAUCGGACCGACCAGAGCAUCGGCGUCUCUGAUGCUUCUCCGUGCAGAGAAACUGAAGAUCAUCACGCCGCUGAAGGACACGGAGGCCAAAGAAGGACAGGAAGUGGUUCUGAACUGCGAGGUGAACACAGAGGGAGCGAAGGCCAAGUGGCUGAAGAAGGAGGAGACGGUGUUCGAGAGCAGCAAGUACGUGAUGGUGCAGAGAGACAACGUGUUCUCGCUGAGGAUCAGAGACGCCACCAAGGGAGACGAGUCCAGCUACAGCAUCAACCUGACCAAUCAGAGAGGAGAGCAGGCCAAGAGCACCUGUACCCUCAGCGUCAAAGAGGAGAGUCUGAGGUUCCUGGUUCCUCUGGAGGACAUCGACACUCAGGAGAAGAACACCAUCAGCUUCUCCUGUAAGGUCAACCGGCCCAACGCCACGCUGAAGUGGAUGAAGGCCGGCCAGGAGAUCGCCUUCAACAAGCGCAUCGUCUACAGAGUGGACAAAGAAAAGCACACGCUGACCAUCAAAGACUGCACGCUGGCGGACGAGGGCGAGUACACGGCCAUGGCCGGGGAGAGCAAGUGCACGGCAGAGCUGAUCAUCAGCGAGGCGCCCACGGACUUCAGUCUGCAGCUGAAGGACCAGACCAUCACCGAGUUCGAUGACGCAGAGUUCACGUGCAAGCUGACCAAAGAGAAAGCAGAAGCCAAGUGGUACAGAAACGGACGUGAGAUCAGAGAAGGACCGAGAUAUACAUUUGAAAAAGAAGGAAAGAUGUGCACCUUGCGUAUCAAGGAGUGCAGACCUGAUGAUGAGUGUGAGUACGCCUGUGGUGUGGACGACAAGAGAUCCAGAGCCAGGCUCUUUGUUGAAGAGACCCCGGUGGAGAUCGUCAGAGCGCCACAGGACGCGUUUGAACCUCCAGGCUCGGACGUCGUGUUCGAGGUGGAGCUCAACAAGGACCGAGUGGAAGUGAAGUGGUUGAGGAACAAUAUGACAGUCGUGCAGGGAGAUAAAUACCAGAUGAUGAGCGAAGGUAAAAUCCACAGACUGCAGGUCUGUGAGAUCCGACCUCGAGAUCAGGGAGAGUACAGACUUGUCGUCAAAGACAAAGAUGCCAAGGCCAAGCUGGAGCUGGCAGCGGUGCCUCAGAUAAAGACCACGGACCAGAGCUACGUCACAGACGCCAGGAAGCCCAUCGUCAUGGCCGUCCCCUACAGCGCCUACCCGCAGGCCGAGGCCGACUGGCUGUACAACAACCUGAGUCUGCCCAAAGACAACAUCUACACAUCCGCCGACCACACAGAGUUCAGGCUGAAGGACCCCCAGAAGGCCGACCAGGGCCGCUACAAGAUCAUCAUCAAGAACAAACACGGAGAGGGAGAAGCCUUCAUCACCCUGGAGGUCAUCGACGUCCCUGGACCUGUGAAGCAUCUGCAAGUGGUCGACACCGCCGAUGGCGAGGUCAGCCUGGCGUGGGAGGAGCCCGAGAGCGACGGCGGCAGCAAGGUCAUUGCCUACGUAGUGGAGAGACGCGACGUGAAGCGUAAGACCUGGACGCUGGCCACCGAUCACGCCGAGAGUCCAGAGUACACGGUGACCGGACUCCAAAAGGACUCCAUGUACCUGUUCAGAGUCUGCGCCAGAAACCGCGUCGGCAGUGGACCUAACGUAGACACCGACAAACCCGUACAGGCCAAGAACAAGUUUGAUGUUCCUGAUGCUCCUCUGAACGUGAUCGUGGGAAACGUCUCGAAGUUCGGCUGCACCGUCUCCUGGGAGCCUCCCGAGUCUGACGGAGGCUCUGCCAUCACCUCCUACGUCAUCGAGCUGCGUGACAGGACGUCGGUGAAGUGGACGCCCGUCCAGGUGACCAAAGCCGACGAGCUCAGCGCCGUCAUCAACGACGUCAUCGAGAACAAAGAAUACAUCUUCAGAGUCAAAGCUCAGAACAAAGCCGGCGAGGGAAAGCCCAGUGCCGCUUCACGGCCCGUCAAGAUCAUGGAUCCCAUCGAGCGUCCCAGUCCGCCUCUGAACCUGGUCUGGCAGGACCAGAACAAGAGCUCGGUGCAGCUCACCUGGGAGACUCCUCUGAGGAGUGGAGGCAGCAUGAUCACCGGGUACAUCAUCGAGCGCUGCGAAGAAGGCACCGACAAGUGGCUCCGCUGCAACGCCCGCCUCUGCCCCGACCUCUUCUACAAGGUGUCUGGUCUGAAAUGUGGAAACAAGUACAACUACAGAGCUUUUGCUGAAAACGCUGCCGGAGUCUCCGACCCGUCCAACAUCAUCGGACCUCUGCUGGCCGACGACACACAUGUCGGUCCCUCCUUCGACCUGAGCGCGUUCAAAGACGGGAUGGAGGUGAUCGUCCCUCAGCCGCUCACCAUCAGAGUCCCCAUCAGCGGGUACCCGACCCCCGUCGCCAAGUGGAGCUUCGGAGAGAAGCAGCUGACCACCGACGACGAUCGCAUCACCAUGACGACCAAGUCCACGUUUGUAGAACUGAGCGUCACGCCGAGCGUGCGCCCCGACAAAGGCACCUACACGCUGCAGCUGGAGAACGACGUCACGUCCGUCUCCGGAGACAUCGAAGUCAACGUCAUCGCGGCGCCCAGCGCUCCGAAGGACUUCAAGGUCCUGGAGGUGACCCGGCAACACGUACACCUGACCUGGGAGGCCCCGGAGCACGACGGAGGAAGUCCUCUGACCGGAUACCAGGUGGAAAAACGGGACAUGUCCCGCAAGACCUGGGUCAAGGUGACCACAGGGAUCCAGGAUCAGGAGUUCACAGUGACCGACGUGGUGGAAGGGAAGGAGUAUCUGUUCAGAGUCACCGCCUGCAACAAGUGUGGCCCAGGGGAGCCGGCGUACAUCGACGAGCCCGUCAACGUGUCGUCUCCUGCCACCAUCCCCGACCCUCCGGAGAACCUGAGAUGGAGAGACAAGUCCGCCAGCGGCAUCUUCCUGACCUGGGAGCCGCCGAAGUACGACGGCGGCACCGGCAUCCGAGGCUACAACGUGGAGCGCCUUCAGAGAGGCACCGAUAAGUGGGAGCCCUGCGGAGACACGGUGCCCGAGCUGAAGUGCCAGGUGACCGGUCUGACCGAGGGCCAGUGGUACGCGUACAGGGUCCGAGCCCUGAACCGCCUCGGAGCCAGCCGGCCCUGCAAGGCCACCGACGAGAUCCAGGCCGUAGAUCCUAAAGAGGCUCCAGAGAUCCAGCUGGAUGCCAAGCUGCUGGCCGGUCUGACCGCCAAGGCGGGCAGUAAGAUCGAGCUCCCGGCUGAUGUGACGGGGAAACCGGAGCCCCGCGUCAAGUGGACCAAGGCCGACCUCGUGCUGAAAGCGGACGACAGGGUGUCCAUCGACACGAUGCCGGGACACUCCACCGUCACCAUUGCCAAGACCCAGAGAGACGACAGCUCCACCUACAUCAUCGAGGCCACCAACAGCAGCGGCCGCGCCACCGCCACCGUGGAUGUCAACAUCCUCGAUAAGCCUGGUCCUCCGGCCGCCUUCGAUAUCUCUGAGAUCACCAACGAGUCGUGCUUCCUGGCGUGGAACCCGCCGCGUGAUGACGGCGGCUCCAGAGUCACAAACUACAUCGUGGAGCGCCGCUCGGCCGACAGUGAGAUCUGGCACCGCCUGUCCUCCACCAUCAAACAGACGACCUACAAGGCCGUCGACCUCGUCAAGUUCAAGGAGUACAUCUUCAGGGUCUUCGCCGAGAACCAGUUUGGCGUCGGCCCGCCGGCCGAGCACCUGUCCAUCAUCGCCAGAUAUCCCUUCGACACUCCCGGAGCUCCGUACAAGCUGGAGGCCUCGGACAUCGCCAAGGACUCGGUGACGCUGGCCUGGUACGAGCCGGACGAGGACGGAGGCAGCCCCAUCACGGGGUACUGGGUGGAGCGCUACGAGCCGGACCACGACAAGUGGAUCCGAUGCAACAAGCUGCCCAUCAAAGACACUAACUACAGAGUCAAAGGUCUGCCCACCAGGAAGAAGUACAAGUUCAGAGUCCUGGCAGAGAAUCUGGCCGGAACUGGAAAACCCAGCAAGGAGACGGACCAGAUCCUCAUCAAAGACCCCAUCGAUCCUCCGUGGCCUCCCGGUAAGCCCACGGUAAAGGACGUUGCUAAGACUUCCUGCUUCCUCAUGUGGACCAAACCGGAGCACGACGGCGGAGCAAAGAUCGACGGCUACGUGAUAGAGAUGCUGAAGAGCGGCACCACCGACUGGAUCCGCGUGGCGGAGAACAUCAACAUCCUGGAGCACUUCCUGAAGGGCUUGAUGGAGAAGCAGGAGUACUCGUUCAGGGUGCGCGCCGUCAACGUGGCCGGAGAGAGCGAGCCCAGCGAGCCCAGCGAGCCCGUGCUCUGCAAGGAGAGACUCAACCCUCCGUCGGCUCCUCGCUGGCUUGUGGUGAUCAACAUCAGCAGGAACAGCGCUGAGCUGAAGUGGACGCUGCCCGAGCGCACCGGCGGCUCGCCCAUCACCAACUACGUGGUGGAGAAGCGCGACGCCAGGCGCAAAGGCUGGCAGGCCGUGGACACCACGGUGAAGGAGCUGAAGUACACGGUGACGCCGCUCAACGAAGGCUCGCUCUACGUGUUCCGCGGCGCAGAGAACGUCGUGGGUGUGGGAGAGUUCUGCGAGCUGACCGAAUCUGUGGUCGCCAAAGACACCUUCACUGCUCCCGGGCCGCCGUACGCCCUCGUCGUCAAUGCCGUGACCAAGAGGUACGUGGACCUGCAGUGGGAGGAACCGAAGAACGACGGAGGCAGACCCAUCCUCAAGUAUUCCCUGGAGAAGAAGGAGAAGCUGGGAACCCGCUGGGUGAAAUGUGGGAAGACUUCUGGUCCGGACUGUAAGUACCGAGUGACGGACGUCAUCGAGGGAACAGAGGUCCAGUUCCAGGUCAGCGCCGAGAACGAGGCCGGCGUCGGUCAUCCGAGCGAACCCACGGAGAUCCUCACCAUCGAGGACCCGACAGGCGUCCCGUCGCCGCCCAUCGAGCUGCACGUCACCGGAGCCGGCCGCGACUUCCUGUCCAUCGCCUGGAAGCCCCCGCAGAGGGACGGCGGCUGCGCCAUCAGAGGCUACCACGUGGAGAUGUGCGCCGCUGGCACGGAGAAGUGGAUGAGGGUCAACUCCCGGCCCGUGAAGGAGCUGAAGUUCCGCGUGGAGGAGGGCGUGGUCGCCGAGAAGGAGUACAUCCUGAGGGUGCGGGCCAUCAACGAGGUGGGGGUCAGCGAGCCCUCCGACAUCUCCGAGAACGUCUUCGCCAAAGAGUCCGACUGUAACCCCACACUGGACUUCCAGACUCUGGACCUGGUGGUGGUGGAGACGGAGAAGCUGCACAUCCCCGUCCCCUUCAGAGCCGUGCCGGCGCCGAGGAUCACCUGGCACAAGGACGGCAAAGAGCUGAAGGCGGACGAGCGGCUCGGCUUCAGGAAGGAGUAUGUCUCCUGUCACCUGGAGAUCGACAGCAGCCUUCACUCUGACGCGGGACAGUACAAAGUGACUCUGGAGAACAAACUGGGCGCCGCCAGCGCCGCUAUCAACGUCAAAGUCAUCGGGCUUCCUGGUCAGUGUAAGGAAAUCGUGGCGUCUGAGAUCACAAAGAAUUCCUGCAAAGUCUUGUGGGAUCCUCCAGACUACGACGGCGGCAGCCCGAUCGUUCACUACGUCAUGCAGCGGCGGGAGGCCGGCCGCAGGACGUACGUGAACAUGAUGUCCGGAGAGAACAAGGUGAGCUGGAACGUCAAAGACCUGAUCCCCAACGGAGAAUACUACUUCAGGGUGCAGGCCGUCAACAAAAUCGGAGGAGGAGAGUUCAUCGAGCUCCGCAACCCGGUCAUCGCCCAGGACCAGAAACACGCUCCCGACCCUCCGGUGGACGUGGAGACCCACAACCCGACCUCCAGCACCGUUACGCUGACCUGGAAGCCUCCGAUGUACGACGGUGGCUCUAAGAUCAUGGGCUACAUCCUGGAGAAGCAGCAGAAGGGCGAGGACGUGUGGGGGCGGUGCAACGACUUCCUGGUGCCCGUCGUGUCCUACACCGUCAGAGGACUGACGGAGGGCAAGAACUAUACCUUCAGAGUCCGAUCUGAGAAUGCCGCCGGGGUCAGCGAGCCGUCACGCAGCACGCCGUUCGUCAAGGCCUCGGAUGCCAUCAACGCGCCGAAGGUCUGCCUGAGCGGCAGCCUGCAGUCCGGCCUCAGUGUGAAGCGAGGCUGUGAGAUCUGUCUGGACGCCAACAUCUCUGGCUCGCCGUACCCUCAAAUCACCUGGUACUGGAACAACCAGGUGAUCCGGCCCGAGGCGCUCCGCAAGAGGGCCGAGAAACCCCUGAAGAAGAAGGUGGAGAAGAAGGAGGUGAAGAAAGAGGAGGUAGAGGCCGAGAAGAAGGAGGAGAAGAAGGAAGGAGAGGAGGUGAAGGAGGAGAAGAAGGAGGAGAAGGAGGAGGAGAAGAAGGAGGAGAAGAAGGAAGGAGAGGAGGUGAAGGAGGAGACGAAGGAGGAGGCAGCGGAGCCGGAGGUGGAGGAAACCGACUACCCGACGAUAAACGAGCGUCUGGCCAUCGACAACAAACACAGAGGCGUGUCCUCCGUCGCCAUCAAGGACUCGUUCCGCGCCGACCAUGGCGUCUACAUGGUGAAGGUGGAGAACGACCACGGCAUCGCCUCGGCAACCUGCGAGGUCAACGUGCUCGACACUCCGGGGCCUCCGGUGAACUUCCGGUUUGAGGAGGUGAGAAGAGCUCGGUGGUGUAAGUGGGAUCCUCCGCUGGACGACGGCGGCAGUGAGAUCCUCAACUACACGCUGGAGAAGAAGGACAACUCCACGGAGAUCGGCUGGAGCUGCGUCACCUCCACGCUGAGAGGCUGCCGCUACCUGGUGCCCAAACUCAUCGAGAAGAAGGAGUACAUCUUCAGGGUCGUGGCCGAGAACAAGUUCGGCGCCGGGCCGCACUGCAUGUCCAAACCGCUCAUCGCCAAGAACCCCUUCGAACCUCCCGAGGCUCCUGAGAAGCCGGAGAUCGAGGACAUCACGGCCAACAGCAUGCUGGUCACCUGGAUCGAGCCCAACGACAACGGCAGCCCCAUCCUGGGCUACUGGGUGGAGCGCCGCGAGAUCAACAGCUCGCACUGGGCGCGAGUCAACAGGAACAUAGUCGCCGACAUGGAGCUGAAUGUGGAAGGUCUCCUGGAGGGGCUGACUUACAUCUUCAGGGUGGCGGCUGAAAACCAGGCCGGCCCCGGAAAGUUCAGCCUGCCCUCCGAACCCAAGACGGCCCAGGCUCCGAUCUUACCUCCUGGACCUCCAAUUGCCCGUGUGGUGCUGACCACUGACCACUCCAUCGACGUGGAGUGGGACCCACCUAAGGACAACGGCGGAGGAGAGAUCCUGGGAUACCACGUGGAUAAGGCCAUGGUUGGUAGCAAGGACUGGUCCAGGUCUACAGAGCGUCCGUGGAAGUCCCGGGCCUUCACUGUCUUUGGAGUCCGUGAGGGAGCCAAGUACCAGGUCAGAGUCAUCGGCUGCAACGCUGCCGGAGAGGGAACACCGGGAUUCACAGAGUCCGUGUUUGUCAGGAAUCCUGCAGAGUUGCCGGUGAUUGAAAUGGAACUGUCCGUCAAGGCCGGCGUGAUCAUCAGAGCCGGAGAGACUCUCCGUGUACCUGCUACAGUCACAGGUAAACCCUACCCGUCCAUCACCUGGACCAAGGAUGACGGCCAACCUGACAAAGACCGCGUGGAGAUCCUCACUGAGGGCAACGACAGCGUCGUUUCUAUCAAGAACGUCCAGAGGAAGGACUGUGGCAAGUACCAUAUCUCCGCUUGCAACCCCAGCGGCACCAAGGCUGCUGCCACCAGAGUGGAGGUCAUGGAUGUCCCCGGACCUGUCACAGACCUGAAACCUGUUGUCGUCACCCGCAAGAUGAUCUUCCUGAACUGGGACGACCCAGAGGAUGACGGAGGCAGCGACCUGAUCGGCUUCAUCGUGGAGCGGAGAGACGCCAAGAUGCACACAUGGAGGCAGCCCGUUGAAACUGCCUCGUCCAAGUGCGAGUGCGUUGGCAUCAUGGAGGGACAGGAGUACAUGUUCCGCGUCAUCGCCAAGAACAAGUAUGGCAUGGGCCCGCCCGUAGAAUUGGGACCCAUCACGGCUAUUGAUCCACAGGGCCCACCAUCAUACCCCGAGAAGUUCCACUACACAGAGCGCACCAAGAACUCCAUCACACUGACCUGGAAGCCACCUCGUAAUGACGGCGGCAGCCCAGUCAUCGGAUACUUUGUUGAGAAGAAGAGGCAGGACCAGCAGGCCUUUGAGCUCUGCAACACAGAGAUCUGCCCCAACAUGACCAUGACUGUGGAGGGCCUGGAAGAGGACUGGAUGUAUGAGUUCAGGAUCAAGUGUGUCAACCUAAUUGGAGAGGGCGAACCAUCCAUCCCAUUGAAUGUUGUCAUCCAGGACGACGAAGUGUCUCCUGAGGUCCACAUGCUGAAGCACUUUAAGGGCGACUCCAUUACCGUUAAGAAGGGCGAGCCCAUUGAGAUCCCCGCUGAUGUCCUGGGCCUCCCCAUCCCUAAGAUCGAGUGGUCCAAGGAUGACGUGGUGAUCGAGGAGCCCACCGAGACUCUGCUGCUGGAGACAGAGGUUACCGGCAGGAUGAACGCAAAGACCAAGCUGUCCAUCCCAACAGCCAACAGGAGGGACCGCGGCAGCUACACUGUGUGUGCCUCCAACAACAUGGGCUCGGCCAAACACACCAUCUCCGUCAUGGUGCUGGACCGACCCCUUCCACCCAGGAAUAUUUCAGUGUCCAACAUCAGGGCGGAGUCUUGCCACUUACAGUGGGACGCACCACUGGAUAACGGUGGCAGCGAGCUGACCAACUACAUUGUUGAGAAGAAGGAAGUGGUGACUGAGGAACCCGAGCUGGAAGAAGGACAGGAAGCUCCUCCUGAACAACAGUGGGUGGAGGUUAACAGCAGCAUCAUCGAGAAGAAAUAUGGGGUGUGGAACCUGGAGACCAACAAGUCUUACCUGUUCCGGGUCAAAGCCGAGAAUCGUUACGGUAAAUCUGACCCCUGUGCAACGGAGCAAGUCUUGAUCACAGACCCAUUCGGCCUUCCUGGCCCUCCAGAGAAACCAACCAUUGCAGAGUACUCCAAGACCUCCAUGGCCCUAACCUGGGAGCCUCCCAGAGACAACGGCGGCUCUAUGAUUAUCGGCUACUGGUUGGAGAAGAGGGAGAAAGGCACUGCCUACUGGGCCAAAGUCAACAAGAUGCCAGUCACAAAGAGGGGCAUGAAAGGCUGGGAUUACCAGGCGACCCGUCUGGUCGAAGGAACAGAGUACGAGUUCAGAGUUGCUGCCUGCAAUUCUGCAGGAACUGGACCAUUCAGCGGACCGUCCGACUCUGCCUUUGCUGUCGAUCCACUCACUCCUCCAAGCAUGCCUGCUGCUCCUGAGGUGACUGAUAAGACAAAACACAGUGUCACGCUGGCCUGGAAGGCACCAGAGAGGGACGGAGGAAGUCCCAUCAAAGGCUACAUAGUCGAGAUCCAGGAUGAGGGCUCAUCCGGGUGGCAGAGAGUGAACGACCUCGAAUCCCUCGUCCCCACCACUGAGUUUACUAUGCCCAGCCUCCGUGAACUGAAACACUACCGCUUCAGGAUCAUCGCGGUCAACGACAUUGGCGAGUCUGACCCCAGUCCCCGCACUGGCGAGGUUCUGGUUGAGGACGUCAAGCUUGCUCCUUCCAUCUCCAUCGACAUCAUGGUCGACGACCUUCUGUGCAUCCGUGCUGGAGAUCCGUUCAGGAUCCCCGCUACCAUUAAGGGCCGCCCUGCUCCCAAGGUAACCUGGGACUUCACCGGCAAAGCCAAGUCCCACCAGAAGAACAAACUGCACACGCUGCCUGUCGACUCCGAGGUUGAGUCCACAGACACCACAUCCAUUGUGACCGUACCCGUCAGUCUGAGGAGUCACUCUGGUCGCUACACCAUCACCGCCAAGAACAAGUCUGGACAAAAACACGUCAACGUCAGAGUCAAUGUCCUCGACGUCCCUGGACCUCCAAAGGAUCUGAGGGUUACUGACAUCACCCGUGCGACCAUGAGGCUUAUCUGGAAACUCCCCGACAAUGAUGGAGGAGAGAGAAUUAAGAGCUACUUUAUCGAGAAGAAAUGUGUCACUGACAAAGCCUGGACAAAGGUGAAUGCUGCCUGUGCCAGCCAGGCCUACGUGGUGCCGGGGCUGCUGGAGGGUCAGGACUACCUGUUCAGGGUCCGAGCUGAGAACAGACUUGGCUUCGGCCCGUUCACCAUCACCGCCGACCCUGCCCGGGCCAGAGACCCCAUCUACCCCCCUGACCCCCCCACCAAGGUGAAGGUCAACCUGGUGACAAAGAGCACCGUCACUCUGAGCUGGGAGGCUCCCAAAAACAACGGCGGCUCUCCGGUGAAGCAUUACGUCAUCGAGCGUCUGAGCUGGGACACCAGCGGCAAGGAGAAGGAGACGUGGAAGCAGUGCAACAAGAGAGACGUGGAGGAGCUCAGCUUCGUGGUGGAGGACCUGAAGGAGGGAGGAGAAUACGAGUUCAGAGUAAAAGCUGUGAACGCCGCCGGACCCAGCCGACCCUCCGCCACCGCAGGACCCCUGGUCAUCAAGGAUCAGACAUGCGCUCCCACCAUCGAGCUGCGUGAGGCCAUGGAGGGCGAGGAGGACAGUGACGUCAGCCUCGUGGCGAAGGUGAGCGGCUGUCCUUUCCCGACGCUCACCUGGCACAAAGCCAGCCUGGCCAAACCCGAGGAGAAGGCCGUCGUGCAGUACGACCAGCACAUGAACAAACUGGUGACGCAGGACAAGUGCACGCUGCUCAUCCAGCAGGCCAGCCGGCAUGACAGCGCCCUCUACAGCCUAACGGCCACCAACAGCCUGGGCACCGCCACCAAGGACAUCAAGCUCGCUGUGCUGGGCCCCCCCGGCCCGCCGGUCGGCCCCCUGAAGUUCACCGAGGUGUUUGCGGAGAGGAUUGGCCUGGCCUGGAACGCUCCCAAAGACGACGGCGGAUCCAAGAUCACCAACUACGUGGUGGAGAAGCGUGAGGAGAACAGGAAGUCCUGGGUCCACAUCUCCAACGACCCCAAGGAGUGUGCCUACUUGGUGACCCGGCUGACGGAAAACCACGAGUACGAGUUCAGAGUCAUGGCCCAGAACAAGUUCGGAGUCGGGCCCCCGCUGGUCAGCGAGCCGGAGAAGGCCCGAAACCUGUUCACCGUCCCGGGUCAGUGCGAGAAGCCCACCGUGACGGACGUCUCUCUGGACUCCAUGACCGUCAACUGGGACGAGCCGAAGUACGACGGCGGCUCCUCCAUCACCGAAUACUACGUGGAGAAGAAGGAGACGACGGGGAAGCGCUGGGUCCGCACCAACCGCGAGACCAUCCGGGCGCUGCCUCUGGGCAACAACUUUGAGGUGCUGAGCGUGCAGGGAGGCUCCUUCUACCAGUUCAGGGUCAUCGCUGCCAACGCCGCCGGCUGUGGUCUGCCCAGCGUGCCCUCUGACCCCGUGCUCUGCAGAGACCCCAUCGUUCCUCCCGGGCCGCCCACCCCGAAGGUGACGGACUGGACUAAGUCGUCGGUGGAGCUGGAGUGGAUCCCCCCCGUGCUGGACGGAGGGUCAAAGGUCACGGGCUACAUCGCCGAAUUCAAGGAGGUGAACAAGGAAGAGGAGGAGAAGAAGGCACAGAGGAGGCUGCUGAUGAUCAGCAGCGAGGAGGAGAAGGAGCCCGAGGGAGACGACGGCUGGGAGAAGGCGAAGGACACGGAGAUUCGAGGCACGAAGUUUGUGGUGGCCGGGCUGAAGGAAGGCGGUCUGUACAGCUUCAGGGUCCGCGCCGUGAACGCCGCCGGCCCGGGAGAUCCGGGUCUCGUGUCCGAGCUGAUCGAGGUCAAAGACAGAACAAUUCCCCCUGAGAUGGACCUGGAUGCCUCGGUGAAGGAGAAGAUCGUGGUCCACGCCGGCGGCACCAUCCGCAUCAUCGCCUACGUGUCCGGUAAACCCACCCCGCAGAUCUCCUGGUGCCGGGACGACGCAGAGGUGCCCAAGGAGGCCGCGGUGGAGACGACGGGCAUCUCCAACUCACUGGUGAUCAAGAACUGCAGGCGGCAGCACCAGGGCAUCUACACGCUGAGCGCCAAGAACGAGGGCGGGGAGAGGAAGAAGGCCGUGAUCGUGGAGGUCCUGGAUGUCCCCGGGCCCGUCGGUCUUCCCUUCGCCGGCGAAAAUCUGACAAACGACUCGUGCAAGCUGACCUGGUACUCCCCCGAGGACGACGGCGGCUCGGCCAUCACCAACUACAUCAUUGAGAAGAGAGAGUCGGACCGCAUGGGCUGGACGUCCGUGUCCUACACGGUGACGAGGAACAACGCCGUGGUGCAGGGACUCCUCGACGGCAAGGGCUACUUCUUCAGGAUCGCAGCGGAGAACAUCAUCGGCAUGGGACCGUUCAUCGAGACCGACCAGAUGGUUCUCAUCAAGGACCCCAUCUCCGUCCCGGAGCGUCCCGAGGACCUGAUGAUCACCGCCGUCACCAAGGACUCCCUCUCCGUCGUCUGGAGAGCGCCCAAGUACGACGGCGGCGCCGAGGUGACCGAGUACGUCCUCGAGUCGCGCAUGCUCGGCCGGGACUACUUCGUACGAGUCGGCGGAGACACGAAGCUGAUGGACAGGAAGUUCCAUCUGACGGGGCUGAAGGAAGGCUCGAGCCACGAGUUCAGAGUCUCCGCCAUCAACAAGGUGGGACAAGGAAAACCGUCCUUCGCCACCAAACCCGUGCAGUGCAAAGACGAGAUCGAACCCCCCACUCUGGACCUGGACUUCAGGGACAAGAUGAUGGUGAAGGUUGGAGACACGUGCACGCUGUCAGGACGCUACAGCGGCAAACCGGCCCCGGCUAUCGCCUGGACGAAGAACGAGGAGGAGCUGAAGGCGGACGAGGAGAUCGCUCUGCACAGCACCACGCGCCACCUCAGCCUCAACAUCAGCAAGGCCAAGAGGGAGCACAGCGGCCGCUACUGCGCCAGUGUGGAGAACGCCGCCGGGACGCGCACAGGAAUCUGCAACAUCACCGUGGUCGACCGUCCUCAGCCUCCCGAGGGUCCCGUGGAGUUCAACGAGGUCUACAGGAACUACAUGGUGAUCUCCUGGAGCCCCCCUCUGGACGACGGAGGCUGCGCCAUCUCCAACUACAUCAUCGAGAAAAGAGACACCAACAGAGACCUGUGGAUGCCCGUCACCUCGUCCUGCACCAGGACGUCCUGCAAGGUGCCGAAGCUGAUCGAAGGUCGUGAGUACAUCAUCAGGAUCAUGGCGCAGAACAUCUACGGCGUCAGCGAGCCUCUGCUGUCCUCAGAGACACGAGCCAGAGACAUCUUCAACGUGCCUGACGCCCCCAAACAGCCCAUAAUAAAGGAGGUCUACCGCGACUCUGCCCUCAUCAGCUGGGAGCCCCCCGCUGAUGGAGGAAAACCGAUCUCAGGCUACAUCGUGGAGAGGAAGGAGACCAUGGCCAACAGGUGGGUUCACUGCAACACGGAGAGGAUCUUCCCGAAGGUGGAGUACUGGGUGAUGGAGCUGCUGCAGGGCUGCGAGUACGAGUUCAGAGUCAGCGCUGAGAACGUGGUGGGAGCCGGAGACCCGAGUCCUCCGUCCAAACCCGUGUUCGCCAAAGACCCCAUCGUGAAACCCAGCCCCCCGGUGAACUUCCAGGUCAUCGACUUCACCAAGGAGUCCGUGACUCUGGCCUGGAAGCCGCCGGCCGACACCGGCCGAGGAAAGAUCUUCGGAUACCUGCUGGAGUUCCAGAAAGCGGGAGAGGAGGAGUGGCUCAAGGUGAACCAGACUCCAGACUCCUGCCAGGAGACCAAGUUCAAGGUGAUCAACCUGGAGGACGACACUCUGUACCGCUUCAGAGUCCUGGCGGUCAACGCCGCCGGAGAGUCCGAGCCGGCGGACUUGCAGGAGCCAAUCAGAGUGAUGGACAGACUGGAGCCCCCAGAGCUGAUCCUGGACGCUGCGAUGACCCGGGAGGUGAAGGCCUUGGCCGGCACUCACAUCAACCUGAUGGCCACCAUCAACGGCGUCCCGUUCCCCAGCGUCACCUGGCUGAAGAACGAGGCCGAGGUGCCCACCAGAGCCGACAUCGAAACCAACCAGACCGGCACCAAGCUGGAGAUGAGGUUCUGUAACCGUGGCGACUGCGGAGACUACACCCUGACCGUGGAGAACCCGGUCGGAUCCAAGUCCGCCACCUGCACCGUGCUGGUGUUCGACAAACCCGGUCCCAUCCAGCACCUGCGGGUGUCUGACAUCCGGAGCGACUCCGCCUACCUGUCCUGGAAGGACCCGGAGGAUAACGGCGGCGUGCGCAUCACUAACUUCGUGGUGGAGAAGAAGGACGCGGCGUCCACUCAGUGGGUCCCGCUCUGCUCCACGUCCAAGAAGCGCAGCAUGAUGCUGAAGCACCUGAUGGAGGGAACGUCCUACAUGUUCCGAGUCGCAGCUGAGAACCAGUACGGCCGCAGCGAAUAUGUCGAGACGCCGAAGGCCAUCAAAGCAAUGAACCCACUCUUCCCUCCUGGUCCCCCCAAAGACCUGCACCACACAGACGUGGACAAGACUGAGGUGUGGCUGGUCUGGAACUGGCCCGACCGCAAUGGAGGAAGUGAGAUCACAGGCUUCCUGGUGGAGUAUCAGGAAGAGGGAGAGAAGGAGUGGGACGAGUGGAAGACUGUGAGCAUCCCUGAGAGUCAUGUGACCGGCCUGGAGGAAGGAAAGACCUACCGCUUCAGAGUCAGGGCUGAGAACGCCAUUGGCCUCAGCAGACCCGACACCACUGUGCCGAUCCUGUGCCAGGAAAAACUGGUGCCUCCAAUUGUCGAGGUGGACGUGAAGCUCACUGAAGGCAUCACCGUAAAGGCCGGCACCACCAUCAGGCUGCCAGCUAUCAUGAGAGGAAUGCCCAUUCCCACUGCCAAGUGGAUCAUCGAAGGAGAGGAGAUCACUACCGAGGGUAACGUCAAGAUCGACACGGAUAACUUCUCCACUGUGCUCAGCAUUAAUGAGUGCACCAGGAACCACACGGGCACAUACCUGCUCACCGUGUCCAACCCAGCUGGAACCAAGACCGUGGCCUUGAACGUCACUGUGCUGGAUGUUCCCGCUGCUCCCAUUGGACCAGCCAACAUCCUUGAGGUCACUCCAGACUCCAUGAUGAUUGAAUGGCGUCCUCCCAAAGACGACGGCGGCAGCCCCAUCACCAACUACAUCGUGGAGAAGAGAGAGUCCAACAAGGGGACAUGGGGAGGUGUUAGCUCUGGCAGCCUUUCCACCAAAGGCAACAUCAGCCGCCUCCAGAAGGGAGUGGAAUAUGUGGUUCGCAUUCGUGCUGAGAACAAGAUGGGAAUCGGCGCUCCUCUUGAGAGCAAGCCCACUGUCGCUGAGCACACCUUCCUUCCACCCAGCCAGCCUGGUAAGCCACAUCCCUCUGAUAUCUCAGACGACUCUGUCACAGUCGGCUGGACCAUGCCCCUGUCCGAUGGUGGCAGCCAGAUCUCCGGCUACAUCAUUGAGCGCAGACACAAGGGAGGAAAAUGGAUCCGUGUCAACAAGACACCCUGCAAGGACCUGAGGUACAAAGUCCUGGGUCUGUUUGAGGGCAACGAGUACGAGUUCAGAGUGUUUGCUGAGAAUAUUGCUGGCUACAGCAGCCCAUCUCCCACCUCUGACCUCUGCAAGCCCUGCAGGCCCAUCACCGUCCCCAGCCCCCCUGUCAACCCCAAAGUUAAAGAUUACAGCAAGACCACCGCUGACCUGGUGUGGACCAAACCCAACAAAGACGGAGGCAGCCCCAUCCUGGGCUACACCGUGGAAAUGAAGAAGGCCGAUACUGAAGAAUGGAAAAAAGUGAACCUGGACGACUUCAUUAAGCAGUGUGCCUACACGGUGAAGGGUCUGGAGGAGGGAGGCACUUACAGAUUCAGAGUCUAUGCCUCAAACAUGAUCGGAGAUGGAGAGCCCAGAGAAAUCCCAGAGUCAAUCACUGCUCAGGAUAUCCUGAUCCCUCCAGAGAUUGAGAUGGACCUCACCUGCCGCGAGCGCCUCACUGUGCGCGUCGGACACAACAUCAACAUCAUCGGCUACAUCAAGGCCCGUCCUGAACCAGAAGUGCUUUGGUCACAAGAGGAGACCGUUCUGGAGAACAGCAAACGUGUAACCAUUAUUCAGAACUUCCCUGUAGUCCACCUGAGGAUCAAGGAGGCCACAAGAGCGGACCAUGGCAAGUACGUCCUGAAGGCUUCUAAUGAGGGCGGCGAGGCUUCUUGCGCCAUCACAGUCAAUGUGCUAGACAGACCCAGCCACUGCCUGAACCUACACGUGACCUACGCCACUAGGGACUCAUGUAUGCUCAACUGGGAGGCCCCUAAGGACAAUGGUGGAUCUGAGAUCACCAACUACGUCGUGGAGUGCCGUGAGCCCAGCAUUAGCAUGUGGUCGAUGAUCACCUCCCACUGUACCAAUCGCAAGAUCAAGUCCAAGCUGAUGGAUGGCAAAGAGUACUUGUUCCGUGUGUGUGCUGUGAACAAGAUGGGCUUGGGUCCAACUACGGAGACCAAGACCCCUCUGCUGGCCAUCGACCCCAUUGAGAAUCCUGGUGAGCCUGAGAAGUUCAGAGCCACUGACAUCGGUAAGAACCACGUGUAUCUGAGAUGGAGGAAGCCUGACUACGAUGGCGGCAGCCCCAAUAUCUCAUACAACCUGGAAUGCCAAUCCAAAGAUGCUGAGGAGUGGCAGAAACUCAACACAGACACUCUCACUGACACCUUCUUCCUGGCUGACAAGUGCAGGGAGAACCAGACGUACACCUUUAGGGUGCAGACCGUCAAUGAAGGAGGAGAGAGUGCUUGGGUGAAACUUGCCGAUAUUUUGGUGAAGGAGGAGAUCCUGAAGCCCGUCAUUGAUCUGAAGCUGGCCGGAGUUCUGACAGUGAAGGCCGGAGAGUCGGUCAGGAUGGAGGCCAGCCUAAGAGGAAAGCCCCAGCCGGAGGUCAAAUGGACCAAAGAUAAGGCUGUCAAAGACAACCCAAGAGUCAGCUACGAGACUGGCCCCGACUACUCCAAGUUCCUUCUCACAAAGUCCAGACGCACUGACACUGGAAAGUUUAUCGUCACUGCCACCAACUCGGCCGGCACCUUCACGGCAUACGCCAACAUUAAUGUCCUGGACGUCCCCGGCCCGGUGAGGAACCUCAGGAUUACCGGCAUUGGAGCCGACAAGUGCAGAGUGGUGUGGGAUGCUCCGGAGGACGAUGGAGGCUGUGAGGUGGACAGCUACAUCCUGGAGAAAUGUGAGACCAGGAGGAUGGUCUGGUCCACGUACUCGGCCUGUGUGGUCACUCCAUACUGCAACGUCAUUCGUCUGGUGGAGAGCAACGAGUACAUCUUCAGAGUGAGGGCUGAGAACAAGAUGGGAACCGGCCCCGCCAUGGAGAGCAAGCCUGUAACCGUCAAGACUCAGUUCAACAAACCUGGACCUCCUGAAGCCCCCGACGUCACCAAGGUCAGUAAAGACGAGAUGACCGUAGUCUGGGCUCCUCCUGAGAAUGACGGAGGAAAGUCGAUCACCGGCUACAUCCUGGAGAGGAAAGAGAAGAGGGCAGUGCGCUGGGUGCCGUGCACCAAGAGCCCCAUCUCUGAGAGACGCAUGAAAGUCACCAACCUGAUUCCCAACCACGAGUACCAGUUCAGGGUGAAGGCUGAGAACGAGGUCGGCCUCGGAGAACCCAGCAAACCCUGCAGACCCGUCGCAGCUAAAGAUCCCAUCGAGCCCCCCGGCCCCCCUGCUUUCCUGAAGGUGGGUGACAGCACCAAGACCUCUAUCACGCUCACCUGGUCUAAACCCGUGUAUGACGGUGGUGCCCCCAUCAUCGGCUACAGCCUGGACUUGAGGUUGAAGAGCGACGCGGACCCUGAGAAGCCCACAGAGGUCUGGAAGAGAAUUGACACCCAUGGCCCGUUGGUGCUCACAGAGUUCACCAUCGGCCAGCUGGACGAGAAGCUGCAGUACGACUUCAAGGUGUCCGCCCAAAACCAGGUGGGCUGGGGAAGUCACGCCUACCUGAAGGAGGCCGUCUUCCCCAAGGAGAUCCUGGAGGCUCCAGAGAUCGACCUGGACGCCAGUCUGAGGAAAGGCCUGUCUGUGAGGGCCGGCUGCCCCAUCAGGCUGUUCGCUGUGAUCAGAGGACGGCCCUCCCCCAAGGUCACCUGGAAGCGCCUGGGUGUAGACAACGUGAUCCGCCGGGGUCACGUGGACCAAGUCGACUCCAUGUCCUUCCUGGUCAUCCCCGAGAGCACCAGAGAGGAUUCUGGGAGAUACUCGCUGACUCUGUCCAACUCGGCUGGAGAGAAAGCCGUGUUCGUCCGUGUCAAAGUCCUCGAUACUCCUGGCCCGGUCGGCGAGCUGGAGGCAUCAAACAUCACUAAGACGAGCGCUCAGCUGUCCUGGCUGCCGCCCGAUAACGAUGGUGGCAGCCCCAUCCUCAACUAUGUCGUGGAGAAGCGCGAGGUGGACAGGAAGACGUGGAGCAAGUGCAUUGAGGACCUGAGGAAGACGAGCUUCAAGGUGACCACCAUGUCGCCCGGCAUCGAGUACUACUUCAGAGUCACGGCCUGCAACAAGUACGGCAUCGGAGUUCCUCAGGACUCGCCCAAGUCCUACCUGGCUGUCGACCCCAUCAGUGAGCCGGACCCUCCGAAGAAGAUGGACGUGUUGGACAUCACUAAGAACAGCGCCACUCUGGGCUGGCUGAAGCCGCUCAGAGACGGAGGAGCCAAGAUCAACGGUUACGUGGUGGACUACCAGGAGGAUGGCUCCGCCGAGGACAAGUGGACGCCGUACUCCGUGGUCAAAGACCUGAGCAUCGUGGUGGUCGGUCUGAAGGAGGGGACCAAGUACAGGUUCAGGGUGGCAGCCAGGAACUCGGUGGGAGUCAGCCUGGCCCGAGAGGCCGAGGGGAUGUUCGAGGUCAAGGAGCAGCUCAUGGCUCCGAAGGUCAUCAUGCCCGACAUUGUGACGGUCAGAGCUGGAUCCAAGAUGGUGAUCGAGGCCAUCGUUGCAGGUAAACCCGCUCCCUUCUGCAAGUGGAAGCAGGGCAGCGAGGACGUGCUGACCUCCGACCGCCUGUCCGUGGUAAAAACGCUGACCACCUGCACGCUCAUCAUCAAGAACGUGAAGAGGACGGACAGCGGCUACUACAGCCUGUCGGUCGAGAACAGCACCGGCAAGAUCAACCAGAUCCUCAGAGUCACCGUCAUGGACCUCCCCGGCCCCCCCGAAGCUCCUCUGGAGAUCACCGAGGUGGACGUGGAUGGCUGCAUGUUGCUCUGGAACUCCCCGCAGGAGGACGGCGGCAGCAACAUCACCAACUACAUCGUGGAGAAGUGCGAUGUCAGCCAGGGUGACUGGGUCCCCGUGUCCACGUCCUGCACCAAGACCAGCUUCAAAGUUCCCAAACUGACGCAGGGCAAAGAGUACGGCUUCAGAGUGCGUGCGGAGAACAGGUUUGGCGUCUCGGCGCCAAUCUACUCCGAGAAGAUGAUCGCCAGACGUCCAUUUGAUCCUCCCAGCGAGCCCUUAAACCUGCAGAUCCACAGGAUCAACAAGGACUUCGUCAUCGUGUCGUGGGAGCAUCCCAGCAGCGACGGCGGCUCCCCCGUCACCGGGUACUGCAUCGAGAAGAAGGAGAGGAGCAGCAUCCUGUGGGUGAGGGCCAACGAGUCCGUGGUCAAAGCCAUGCAGUACACCUGCAGCGGCCUGACGGAGGGCGUGGAGUACACCUUCAGGGUGUCAGCGCUCAACCUGGCGGGACAGGGCAAACCCUGCAAACAGACCGACUUCAUCACCGCAAGGACGGCUGUCGACGCCCCCGGUAAGCCCGAGGCCAUGGACGUGACCAAGCACUCCGUCUCGUUGGUGUGGAGCCGUCCUAAGCACGACGGCGGCAGCAAGCUCAUCGGCUACUACAUGGAGUACACGAAGCAUCCUGAGGACAAGUGGACGCGCUGCAACGCCAACUGCAUGAACAUCCAGACAGAGAGCUAUGUGGUGAGCGGCCUAGACGAGGGCCUACAGUACCAGUUCAGAGUCAUCGCCAAGACCGCCGUCAACAUCAGCCUGCCGUCUGAGCCGUCCGACCCCAUCCCUGUCAUCGCAGAGAACGUCCCUCCCCGCGUGGAUCUCGGCCUACACAUGAAGAACCUGAUCGUGGUGAAAGCCGGAGAGAACGUCUGCAUGGACGCCGAAGUGUUUGGCAAGCCGCUGCCCAAGGUGAGCUGGAAGAGAGACGGGGCUCUGGUCCACGUCGAGGGGAUGAAGAUGACUCAGAAGAAACACGUCCACAUGCUGGAUCUGUUCUGCGUCACCAGGAAGGAGUCCGGAGACUACAGCAUCAACGCCGAGAACAUCAACGGCUCCAAGUACGCCAUCAUCAAGGUCAAGGUGCUCGACAAACCAGGCCCCCCGGCCUCAGUGAAAACAGCGAAGGUGUUUUCCGACCGCGUGAAGCUGCGGUGGGAGCCCCCACACGCAGAUGGCGGCUCUGAGAUCACCAACUACAUCAUUGAGAAGCGUGAGACCAGCAGAGCCAACUGGGCGCUGGUCAGCUCCAACAUCCACGGACACAACACCGACUGCCUUGUGGAGAAGCUCAUCGAAGGACACGAGUACGAGUUCAGAGUCAGCGCUGAGAACCAGUACGGGGUGGGAGACGCCAUCAUGACCGACCCCGUCAUGGUGAAGAACCCCUACGAUGUUCCCGGGCCCUGCGAGCCGCCCGUCAUCACCAACAUCACGAAGGACUCCAUGACGGUGAGCUGGAAGGCUCCUGCCAACGACGGCAAGGCCACCAUCCUGGGCUACAUGGUGGAGAAGCGCGAGGCCACCGAGCUGGCCUGGGCUAAGGUCAACCGCCGGCCUGUCAUCGACAGGACCAUCAAGGCAGUGCAGCUGAGCGAGGGCUCCGAGUACGAGUUCAGGGUCAUCGCCAUGAACAAGGCCGGCCAGGGCAAACCCAGCGACGCGUCCAACGGCGCUCUGGCCGUCGACCCCGUCUAUCCCCCCGGCCCCCCGGCCUUCCCCAAGGUGGUGGACUCCACCAAGAGCUCCAUCAGCCUGAGCUGGACCAAACCAGCGUACGAUGGCGGCUGCGAGAUCAUCGGCUACCUGGUGGAGUGCAAGCGAGCCGACGGCGAGCACUGGAACAAGUGCAACAUCCCCAAAAAGCUCCAGGCCACCAAAUUCCUGGUGACGGGCCUGAUGGACGACUUGGAGUACCAGUUCAGGGUCAUCGCCGUCAACAGAAUCGGCUUCAGCGAACCCAGCGAGGUCCCUGGAAACCACAUGGCCAAGGACAUCCUGAUCGCUCCUGAAGCUGAGCUGGACGCCGACCUGAGAAAGGCUCUGGUUCUUCGAGCCGGCGUCACCAUGAGGCUCUACGUCCCGCUGAAGGGACGCCCGGCGCCGAAGGUGACGUGGACGAAGGUGGACGCCAACCUGAAGGACAGGCAGGGCGUUCUGAUCAAGACGUCAGACUGGGACACCCUGCUGAUGAUCGAGGACGUUACCAGAUACGAUGCCGGCAAAUACGUCCUGUCGCUGGAGAACAGCAGUGGCUCCAAGAGCUACACCAUCAUGGUCAAAGUCCUCGAUUCUCCUGGACCGCCAAUGAACCUGAUCGUGAAGGAGACCUCCAAAACCCACGCCUCCAUCACCUGGGACGCCCCGCUGAUCGACGGGGGCAGCCCAGUCAAGAGCUACGUGGUGGAGAAACGUCUGGCGGAGAGGAAGGCCUGGACCUGCGUGGCCACAGAAUGCCACAAGAUCUCCUUCAGGAUCACCAACCUGGAGGCGGGACAAGCCUACUGCUUCAGAGUGCUGGCUGAAAACGCCUACGGCAUCGGGGAGGGCUGCGAGACCGCCGGCAGCGUCCGAGCCUCAGAGCAACCCGGCCCAGUGACGGACCUCAAAGCCACAAAGACCACCAAGGACUCGAUCGUGCUGAGCUGGAAGAAGCCCAUCAGCGACGGCGGCAGCUACGUCACGUCUUAUAUCCUGGAGCUGAGUGAAGGCGAGGAGAAGUGGAGGCAGAUCCUGAAGGGCAAGAACACCUCACACACCAUGAGCGAGCUAAGCGAGGGCACGGAGUACUUGUUCAGAGUCAAGGCGCUCAACGAGUCCGGAGAGGGACCGCCCACCGAACUCGCUGUCAUCGCUAAAGACCAGUUUGUGCUGCCUGACUGCAACCUGAGUGGUCUGCAUGACGGUUGCUGCGUGGUGAAGGAGGGCAGCACCACCCGUAUCAAUAUCCCCCUCACCGGAGUGCCACUCCCAACCGCCACCUGGAAAAGAGGUGACACGGGGAUUGGCGACACCGGCCGGAUGUGCAUUGAGGCGUCUCAUGGCGUCACAACGCUGCUGAUCAGAGACUGCCAGAGAGGAGACGCCGAGACCUACACCAUCAACGUCAGGAACAACGCCGGCUCCAAGGACAGCAAGUUCCAGGUGAGGGUAGUGGGCAAGCCCGGCAUCUGCACCGGACCCAUUACCUUUGACGAGAUUACCGCCGAUGGCAUCACCCUGGAAUGGGGGCCGCCCAAAGAAGAUGGCGGUGCGGAGGUGUCUAACUACAUUGUGGAGAAGAGGAGGACGACGGACAACAAGUGGGCCACCGUGGCAUCAGCCAUCCAGAAGACCACCAUGAGGGUGAUCCGGCUGCACGACGGAGUAGAGUACAUCUUCAGAGUGUUCGCAGAGAACAAGUACGGCGUCGGAGAGUAUCUGAGGUCCGAAACCGUCAUCGCCCAGCAUCCAUUCAAUGUGCCUGAGGCGCCCGCCCCUCCAGAAAUAGUGGCCAUCCGCCACGAGUCGGCCAUCUUGACUUGGGCUGAUCCAAAGGACACCGGAGGUUCCCCAAUAACUGGAUAUCAUGUGGAGUUUAAGGAGAGGAACAGCCUGAUGUGGAAACGGGCCACGAAGACUCCUCUGAGAUUAAAGGAGUGCAGAGUCACGGGCCUGAUCGAGGGACUGGAGUAUGAGUUCAGGGUGAUGGCCAUGAACAUGGCCGGCUUAGGAAGGCCAAGCAAGGUCACUGAGGCUGUAGUUGCCCUUGAUCCUAUUGAUCCUCCUGGCAAGCCUGAAGUGAUUAACGUCACCAGGAGCACGGUUACUCUGAUGUGGACCCCUCCCAAAUAUGACGGCGGCCACAAGUUGACUGGCUACAUGGUGGAGAAGCUGGAGACUGGUGGCAAGGCCUGGAUGAAGGCCAACCAUGUCAACAUCCAGGGCUGUGCCUUCACUGUCCCUGACCUGACGGAGGGAUCUCAGUAUCAGUUCUGGAUCAGAGCCAAGAAUGCUGCUGGAGCUAUCAGUGUUCCUUCAGAGGCGACUGAGCCUCUGACCUGCAAGGAUGAGUACGAGCCCCCGACCAUCACUAUUGACCCAGACAUGAAGGACGGUGUAUCAGUCAAGUCAGGGGACACCAUCGUGAUCACAGCCUCCAAGAUUUUGGGCAAACCUCUACCCACUGCUGUCUGGUCAAAGGGAGGCCGUGAGUUUAAGAGCUCUGACAUCAUCUCCAUUGCCACCACCCCCACCUCCUCCACUCUGGCUAUCAAGUAUGCAAGCCGGAAGAACACAGGAGAGUACACAAUCACCGCCAGCAACCCCUUUGGCAUUAAGGAAGAACGUGUAAAGGUGAAGGUCCUCGAUGUGCCUGGACCUCCAGGCCCCAUCGAAGCCAGUAACAUUUCAGCUGAGAAGUGUACUCUGACCUGGCUUCCACCAGAGGAGGACGGAGGCUUCUCUAUCAAGUCCUACAUCCUUGAGAAGAGAGAGACCAGCCGCCUACAGUGGACCAAGCUAUCUGAAAACAUCAUGGACUGCAGAUAUGUAGCUGGCAAACUGAUCAAGGGCAACGAGUACAUCUUUAGAGUGUUUGCUGUGAACCAGUAUGGCACUGGAGACUCAAGCCAGUCUGGUCCAGUAAAAAUGGUUGACAGCUACCGCCCACCAGGCCCACCCUCAAUCCCAGAGGUUGAUAAUGUCAGUAGGACUGCUGUCACCAUUUCAUGGAGGAGACCAGCACAGGACGGCGGAAGUGACAUUAGAGGAUAUAGUGUAGAGAGGAAAGAGAGGAGAGGAAUGAGAUGGGUAAGGGCCUCUAAGCGGACGGUCCCUGACCUGCGCUUUAAGGUGCAAGGCCUGACUGAGGGAGUAGAGUAUGAGUUUAGAGUAACUGCUGAGAACAAGGCUGGAUUUGGGGAGCCAAGUGAGCCAUCACCACCUGUGAUGACCAAAGACAUUGUCUAUCCACCUGGUCCUCCAUCCAAUGCCAGAAUUACAGACACUACAAAAACCACAGCUAGCUUCGCCUGGGGCCGACCACACUAUGAUGGUGGUCUUGAAGUAGAUGGAUAUAUUGUUGAGUACAAGAAGGAAGGGCAUGAUGACUGGGAGGUGGAGACACAGUAUCCAUUGAAAGUUACAGAAUACGUUAUUGGUAAACUUCAGAAAAAAGGAAAAUACCACUUCAGAGUCACCGCUGUAAACUCAGAGGGAGUUGGUGAGCCUGCGGAGGUUGAGAAAGUGACAGAACUGGUGGACCAGGAGACGAUGCCAGACUUUGAGCUGGAUGCUGAACUCAGGAGAACCCUGGUGGUCAGGUGCCGUGCUUCAAUCCGUAUGUUUGUUCCCAUCAGGGGUCGUCCCGUUCCUGAAGUAACCUGGAGCAAAGAUGAUACCAACCUGAAAGCACGUGCGCACAUUGACACCACGGAGUCCUACACUUUACUGGUUAUUCCUGACUGCACCAGAUACGAUGCUGGAAAGUACAACCUGUGCCUUGAGAACGUUGCUGGAAAGAAAACCGGCUUUGUUAAUGUGAAGGUUUUGGAUACACCAGGACCACCAGUCAACGUCAAGACUAGAGAGAUCACUAAGAACAGCAUCACCCUACAGUGGGAAAUCCCCAUAAUCGAUGGUGGUUCGAAGAUUCACAGAUAUGUUAUUGAAAAGAGAGAGGCCACCAAGAAGGCCUACACAGUGCUUAGCACUACAUGGCAGAAAUGUUCCUUCAAGUUUACAGACCUUGAGGAGGGAGCUUACUACUACUUCCGUAUCUCUGCUGAGAAUGACCUUGGCGUAGGUGAGCCCGCUGAAUCCCCUGAGCCAAUCAGGGUGUCCCAGGCCCCCUCUGCACCAGAGAACUUGUACGUCACUGAUGUUACAUCUGACAGUGCCAUCCUGGCGUGGACCAAGCCCCUGCAUGAUGGUGGCAGUUUGAUCACCGGAUACGUCAUUGAGGCCCAGAAGAAAGACACUGAGCAGUGGGUCCAUGCGGCCACCAUCAAGGCUCUUGACUACACUGUCCCAGAUCUGAUUGAGGGUGCAGAAUAUACCUUCCGCAUAAUGGCUGUCAAUGCAUCAGGCAGGAGCGACCCAUGUGAGAGCAGGCCUGCUAUUAUCAAAGAGCAGACUUCCGCUCCUUCCUUUGACCUGCGUGGAGUCUACCAGAAGACGGUCAUCGCCAAGGCAGGGGACCGCGUCAAGGUGGAGAUUCCAGUGCUCGGCAAACCAAAACCUGUGGUUUCUUGGAAGAAGGGAGGAAUAGCGCUCAAGGAGACACAAAGAAUCAACACUGAAACCACACCAACAUCAACUAUCCUCAACAUCGGUGAGAUCAAGAGAACUGAUGGAGGCCAGUAUUCCAUGACUGGAAUGAACAUGCUGGGUACAGUGACUGAGACGAUCACAGUCCUGAUCCACGACAUUCCUGGUCCUCCGACUGGUCCAAUCAAGCUGGAGGAGGUCUCAUGUGACUAUGUUCUAAUGUCCUGGGAGGCACCAGAGAAUGAUGGAGGUGUUCCCAUCAACAACUAUAUUGUUGAGAUGCGGGAAACUACCGGUACUUCCUGGAUGGAGUUAGCAGCUACAGUGAUCCGUACCACAUUCAAGGCAGCCCGACUCAACACUGGAACCACAUAUCAGUUCCGUGUCAAGGCCCAGAAUAGAUAUGGCAUUGGACCAUGCCUUGUCUCUGAACAAGUGGUGGCUGCCUAUCCAUUUGAUGUGCCAGGCCAGCCAGGCAUUCCUCUGGUCACAUCUUUCAACAAGGAUGCUAUGACUCUGAGCUGGAAUGAGCCUUCUUCUGAUGGAGGCAGUGUCAUCAUUGGCUAUCAUGUGGACAGAAAAGAGAAGAACAGUAUUAUUUGGCAGAAGAUCAGCAAAGCUCCUGUUGUUGGAAAUAUUUUCAAAUCAACAGGCCUUGUUGAUGGAAUCGCAUAUGAACACCGUGUUACUGCUGAAAACAUGGCCGGUCUCAGCAAACCAAGCAAACCCUGUGAGGCUAUGUAUGCUUUGGACCCUGUCGACCCACCAGGCAGGCCUGUGGCCCUGAAUGUCACCAGACAUGAGGUGACAGUGUCAUGGACCAAACCAGAAGGAGAUGGUGGAUUUUCCAUCACUGGAUACACAGUUGAGAGGAGAGAGAUGCCCAAUGGACGCUGGCUCAAAGCCAACUUCAACAACAUCCUAGAAACCAUCUACACUAUUAGUGGUCUUAUUGAAGAUGCAACUUAUGAAUUCCGUGUGUUUGCUAGAAACUCAGCUGGUGCUGUUAGUGCUCCAUCCCAGUCAUCAGAGGCAAUCACUUGCAGAGAUGACAUUGAAGAACCCAGGCUUGAUGUUGACUCACUGUAUAGCAGCAAUGUUGUUGUCAUGGCAGGAGAGGUGUUCAAGCUGGAGGCCAAUGUUAUUGGCAGGCCGCUCCCAUCUCUGGUAUGGACCAAGGAAGGAAAGGAGCUUGAGGAUACAGGCAAAUUGGAGAUAAAGUCAACUGACUUCCAUACAAGUCUAUUAAACAAAGAUUCUCUGAGGAAGGACGGAGGUGCUUUUACUUUGACCGCAAGCAAUCCCGGUGGCUUUGCCAAAUUCACCUUCAAUGUCAAGGUACUCGACAAACCCGGACCACCAGAUUCCCUCACUGUUACUGACGUCACUGCUGAAAAAUGUGUCCUUAACUGGCUUCAUCCAACACAUGAUGGCGGUGCCAAGAUUGAGUACUUUAUCAUACAGAGGCGAGAGACCAGUAGGUUGGCAUGGACAAAUGUGGCCACAGAGCUUCAGGCGAACAGGUUCAAAGUCACCAAACUUCUGAAGGGCAAUGAAUACAUCUUCAGAGUUAUGGCUGUUAACAAAUAUGGUGUGGGUGAGCCCCUGGAGUCUGAAGCUAUCAUCUGUACCAACCCCUAUGUCCCCAGUGACCCCCCACAGCAGCCUGAAGUCACCACCAUUACUAAGGACUCCAUGGUCGUCUGCUGGGAACGCCCUGAACACGAUGGAGGCAGCAGAUUAAACACCUACAUAAUUGAGAGAAGGGAUAAGACUGGCCUGCGCUGGGUGAAAUGUAACAAGAGGACUGUAACUGACCUGCGUUUCAAGGCCUCUGGCCUCACACCAGGACAUGAAUAUGAAUUCAGAGUUCUCGCUGAAAAUAAUGCUGGACUGAGCCAUCCUAGUCUGUCCAGUCCAUUCUACAAAGCCGUAGACACCAUCUUCCAGCCUGGACCUCCAGGGAACCCCAGAGUGCUGGACACAACCAAGUCAUCCAUCACCCUUGCCUGGAACAAGCCUGUCUACGAUGGUGGUUCUGAAAUCACUGGUUACAUUGUGGAGACCUGCCUGCCUGAGGAGGAUGAGUGGACAAUACACACUCCCAAGAAGGGAUGGACAGCCACUUCCUUCACCAUUACCAACUUGAAGGAAAACCAAGAGUAUAAAAUAAACAUCUGUGCCACUAAUUGUGAGGGAGUGGGAGAACCCGCUGCUGUUCCUGGAACCCCCAAGGCUGAAGACAGACUGCUUCCUCCAGAAAUUGAACUUGGAGCAGAGCUGCGUAAGGUGGUCGCCAUCAGAGCCUGUAGCACACUCAGACUCUUUGUUCCUAUUAAGGGCAGACCAGUGCCAGAAGUUAAAUGGUCAAGAGAGCGUGGAGAAUCCUUGGACAGAGCUAACAUUGAAAUCACCUCAUCAUUUACCACUCUUCAGGUAGAAAAUGUUGACAGGUUUGAUGCAGGUAAAUACAUGGUGACUGUAGAGAAUGCCUCAGGAAGCAAAACAGCCUAUGUUAAUGUCAGGGUGCUAGAUACUCCUGGAGCACCUCAGAAUCUGAUUGUCAAAGAGGUCACUAGAGAUUCAGUGUCCCUCGUUUGGGAUGCACCUCUUAUUGAUGGUGGCUCCAGAGUCCGCAACUACAUUGUGGAGAAGCGCGAGUCAAACAGAAAGGCCUACUCAACAGUCUGUGCUAGCUGCCAUAAGUCUAGUUGGAAAAUAGGCGAUCUUGAGGAAGGAAAGAUGUACUUCUUUAGAAUCCUGGCUGAGAACGAAUAUGGCAUUGGCCUCCCAGUAGAGACUGUUGAACCACUUAAAGUGUCAGAGAAGCCUCUACCACCAGGCAAAGUGUCCCUUCUGGAAGUUACCAGCUCCAGUGUCACACUAACUUGGGAAAAACCUGACCAUGAUGGUGGCAGUAGAAUCUCAGCCUAUAUUGUUGAGAUGCAGGGGAAAGGCAGUGAGAAGUGGAGCCAGGUCAUGGUGGUAAAAACCAAUGGGGCUGUUGUAACUGGCCUUACACAGGGAGAGGAGUAUAUGUUCCGUAUCUCAGCUAGCAAUGACAAGGGAGUUAGUGACCCACGUUCUCUUGGUAUGCCUGUGGUGGCUAAAGACCUUGUCAUCUCACCAACCUUCAAACUGAUUUUCAGUACAUUCAGUGUGCUAGCAGGAGAUGAUCUGAAGAUAGAUGUUCCAUAUGAUGCCUGUCCCAAGGCUACAGCAACUUGGCUCAGAGAUGGCAUUGUUCUCAAGGAGACAACAAGAGUUAAUGCUGAAGCCUCAGACAAGAACCUUCUCUUGGUUAUUAAGGAGGCAUGCAGAGAUGAUGUGGGCACAUACACUAUCAAACUGACGAACACAGUUGGAGAGGCAUCUACAGACAUCAGUGUUGUUGUUCUAGAUAAGCCUGGUCCUCCAACCGGCCCAAUUAAGCUGGAUGAUGUCACUGCUGACAGCGUGGUCCUGUCCUGGAAUCCACCAGAGUAUGACGGUGGUUGCGCCAUCAACAAUUACAUUGUUGAGAAGAGAGACACAUCUACUACUAACUGGCAGAUUGUGUCAGCUACUGUGGCCAGAACCACUAUCAAGGCAGCCCGUCUGAAGACAGGAAUUGAGUACCAGUUUAGGAUUGCUGCAGAGAAUAGAUAUGGCAAGUCGUCAGUCCUUCUCUCUGAGACAAUUGUUGCUCAGUAUCCAUUUCAAGUGCCCAGCUCACCACAUUCUAUUGUGGUCCAGUCAGCCACCAAGGAGAGCAUGGUGGUCGUAUGGGAGAAACCCAGCAAUGAUGGUGGAAGCAAAAUUCUGGGCUACCACUUGGAGCUCAAAGAGAGAAACAGUAUAAUGUGGGUGAAACAGAACAAACUAAUUAUCCCAGAGACCAGAUUUAAGGUUAUUGGCCUUGAUGAGGGUAUUGAAUAUGAGUUCAGAAUCUAUGCUGAGAACAUUGUUGGCCUCAGCAAAGCCAGCAAACUGAGUGAAAUGCAAGUGGCAAGAGAUCCUUGUGACAGACCAGGAAAACCAGAGGCUGUCAUUGUGACAAGAAGCCAAGUAACACUCAGAUGGACCAAACCUGAGUAUGAUGGCGGCAUCAAGAUCACAGGCUAUUUGGUUGAGAAGAAGGAGGAAGCUGGCCGUUGGAUGAAGGCCAGUUUUGCCAACGUCAUUGAGACUAUAUUUGUUGUCACAGGACUUACUGAAGAUCAGAUUUAUGAGUUCCGUGUCAUCGCCAGGAAUUCAGCAGGUGUUUUCAGCAAGCCCUCUGAUUCUACUGGAGAAAUUACUGCCAAGGAUGAGGUUGAUCCACCCAAGAUCGAUUUAGAAGCUAAGUACUCCCAGUCUGUUGUCGUAAAUGCUGGAGAGACAUUCAGGCUUGAGGCUGCUAUCUAUGGUAAGCCUGUGCCUACAGUACACUGGCUGAAGGAGGGUAAAAAGAUUCCUGAAGCAGCACGCUUAGAGUUUAAGAACACAGACUUUACAGCUUGUGUAAUUGUUAAAGAAGCUAUCCGUGUUGAUGGAGGUCAGUACACUUUGCUGGUAAAGAAUGUUGGAGGAGAGAAAUAUGUUAACAUUAAUGUCAAGGUCCUGGACAGACCAGGUCCACCCGAUGGACCUAUCUCCAUCUAUGGGGUCACCAAUGAGAAAUGUUCCAUUGCCUGGAAAUCUCCCCUGCAAGAUGGAGGAAGCGAUGUUUCCCAUUACAUUGUUGAGAGGAGGGAAACCAGCCGUCUGGUUUGGACCGUAGUUGAACAGAAAGUUCAGACACUGAACCUGAAAAUCACAAAACUACUUCCUGGUAAUGAGUACAUCUUCAGAGUGAUUCCAGUUAACAAAUAUGGGGUUGGUGAGCCUCUGGAAUCUGAGCCAAUGAUUGCCAAAAAUCCGUUUGUCACUUCCAACGCACCAACAGAGGUAGACGUCUUCACAAUCACCAAAGACUCCAUGGUGGUGACCUGGGAGAGACCCUCUAAUGAUGGCGGCAGCUCUAUCCAGGGAUACGUUGUUGAAAAACGUGACAAGGAUGGUGUGAGAUGGACCAGGUGCAACAAGCGUACAGUUAGUGAGCUGCGCUUUAGAGUGACAGGGCUCCUAGAAAAUCACAGCUAUGAAUUCAGAGUUGCUGCUGAAAAUGCGGCAGGUGUUGGCACGCCAAGUGCACCAACGGUGUAUUACAAAGCAUUGGAUCCAAUCUUCAAAGCAGGUCCACCAAACAACCCCAAGGUGGUGGACACAUCUAGGUCCACUGUUUCCCUGACAUGGGGCAAACCCAUCUAUGAUGGUGGCUGUGAGAUUCAGGCAUACAUUGUUGAGUCCUGCAAUGCAGUAACCGAUGAGUGGUGUAUGUGCACUCCUCCAACUGGAAUCACAGACACUAAGUUUACAGUGAAAAAGCUUCUGGAGAAGCACGAAUACCAAUUCAGAGUGUGUGCCAUCAACAAAGUUGGUGUUGGGGACCAUGCUGAUGUUCCAGGAAAGAUUCUUCUGCAAGAGAAACUUGAGGCUCCUGAUCUUGAUCUGGAUGCUGAUAUGAGAAAGAUGAUCAACAUUAGAUCAGCAAGCACGCUCAGGCUUUUUGUUCCUGUGAGAGGUCGUCCAGCUCCUGAGGUGAAAUGGGGCAAGGCUGAGGGCGAGAUUAAGGAGACUGCCCUGAUUGACAAUACAGGCAACUAUGCUUCACUUGUCAUUGAGAAUGUAGACAGAUUUGACACUGGCAAGUACACCCUGACUGCAGAGAAUGCCAGUGGAGUGAAGUCAGUCUUCAUCAGUGUCAGAGUCCUGGACUCACCUGGUCCACCAGCUAACUUCUUGGUCAAAGAGAUUACCAAGAAUUCUGUCACUCUCACAUGGGAGCCUCCAAUUCUGGAUGGUGGCUCAAAAAUUAAGCAUUAUAUUGUUGAGAAACGUGAGAGCACUAGGAAAGUUUAUUCUCCCAUCACAACCUGCAACAAGAUGUCAUGGAAAGUUGAGCCUCUUCCAGAGGGUGGAAUCUUCUUCUUCAGAGUCCUGGCUGAGAAUGAAUAUGGUGUUGGUCUCCCCGCUAAAACUGUAGAACCAGUUAAGAUAUCAGAGAAGCCUCAACCACCUGGUAAAGUCAGUGUUGUUGACGUCACUUCAAGCACUGUAACUCUCACCUGGGAGAAGCCUGAAUAUGAUGGCGGCAGUAGGAUCAGUUACUAUGAAGUCGAAAUGGCAGCUAAGGAUAGUGAAGUUUGGUCUUUGUGUGCUAGUGGGAAGUCACUGGAGACUGUAGUGGCAAACCUACUCAAGGGAGAGGAGUACCAGUUCAGAGUUAUUGCUGUAAAUGACAAGGGCAAAAGUGAUCCCAGACAACUCGCUCAGUCAGUUUUAGCAAAGGACCUUGUGAUUGAUCCUGCUGUUAGGCCCCAAAUGAGCACCUACAAUGUCCAGGUGGGGUAUGACCUCAAGAUAGAGGUCCCAGUUGCUGGUCAUCCAAAGCCAACCAUCACUUGGACCAAGGAUGGAGCAGUCCUUAAGCAAACCACCAGAGUCAAUGUCACUGACUCAACACGUCACACCACUCUCACCAUAAAAGAUGCAACCAGAGAUGAUGGAGGCUUGUACAGCAUCAAUGUCGCCAAUGACAUGGCUUCCAAGGAUGCCACAAUUGAGGUGAUUACCCUAGACAAACCAGGCCCAGCAACAGGCCCUGUCAAAUUGGAGGAUAUCAGUGCUGAGAGUAUGACUCUUAACUGGGAACCUCCUACGUAUACAGGUGGCUGCCCAAUCUCCAACUAUGUAGUUGAGAAGAGAGACACAACCACAACCAACUGGGUGGUUGUAUCUGCUACUUUGUCCAGAAAUACUCUAAAAGUGGGCAAUCUGAAGACAGGCACUGAAUACCAGUUCAGAAUCUAUGCUGAGAAUAAAUAUGGAAAGAGCUAUGCAAUUGAUUCAGAGCCUGUUGUGGCACAGUAUCCGUUCCAGGAGCCUGGCCCACCAGGAACACCAUUUGUGUCUUUAUACUCUAAAGACUAUAUGGUGGUUGAGUGGCACAAACCCCCAUCUGAUGGAGGAAGUGCCAUAUUGGGCUACCAUCUGGAGAGAAAGGAGAAGAACAGUAUCCUCUGGACCAAGAUCAACAAAAUGCUCAUCCAAGACUGCAGGUUCAAAUCUACACCUCUUGAGGAAGGCAUUGAGUACGAGUACAGAGUCUAUGCUGAGAAUAUUGUUGGUAUUGGAAAAUGCAGCAAAGUUUCUGAGGUAUAUGUAGCCCUUGACCCAUGUUAUCCUCCUGGCUGCCCUGUGGCUGUGAUUGUGACCAGGCACUCAGUGAAGCUGAGGUGGACCCCUCCAGAGUAUGAUGGUGGAAGCUUAAUUACUGGCUAUGUAGUGGAGAAACGUGACCUUCCCGAAGGAAAGUGGAUGAAGGCCAGCUUUGCAAACGUCAUUAUAUCCGAAUUCACAGUUACUGGCCUGACAGAAGACAGUAAAUAUGAUUUCAGAGUAAUUGCAAGAAAUGCAGCUGGUGCUGUCAGCAAGCCCUCUGAGUGCACAGGAUCCAUCACAGCCAAGGAUGAAGUUGAUCCACCUACAUGUGAGACAGAUCCUAUGUACAACCAGACCAUUGUUAUCAAUGCUGGAGAGAAUUUCAAUCUGGAGGCCAGUGUGGGAGGAAAGCCCAUCCCCACAGCUCAGUGGUUCAAGGGAAAUGUUGAAGUUGAAAACUCAGCAAGAGCUGAGAUCAAAAACACAGAUUUUAAGGCUUUGCUUGCUGUAAAGGAUGCCAUCAGAGUGGAUGGUGGACAGUACACACUGGUUCUGACUAAUGUGGCUGGAACAAAGACUGUCCCAUUCAAUGUGAAGGUCCUGGACAGACCAGGCCCCUCAGAGGGACCUCUUACUGUUAGCAAUGUCACUGAGGAGAAGUGCUCACUGUCAUGGCUGCCCCCCAGGCACGAUGGAGGAGCUAGCAUUUCUCACUACGUCAUUCAGAAGAGAGAAACCAGCCGCCUGGCAUGGACAGUUGUCUCCAGUGACUGUGGAGCUACCAUGUUCAAGGUUACCAAACUGUUGAAGGGCAAUGAGUACAUCUUCAGAGUCAUGGCUGUCAACAAAUAUGGCGUGGGGGAGCCUCUUGAAUCAGUGCCAGUUAUCAUGAGAAAUCCAUUUAUUCCCCCUGGCUCACCUCAGGAGCUUGAGAUCACUAACAUUACCAGGGACUCCAUGACUGUCUGCUGGAACCGCCCUGACGCCACUGGAGGCAGUGAGAUUGUUGGUUACAUAGUUGAGAAAAGAGACAGAGCUGGAGUGAGGUGGACCAAGUGCAACAAACGCAGAGUGACAGACUUGCGUUUUAGAGUAACAGGACUGACUGAGGACCAUGAAUAUGAAUUCAUGGUAUCUGCUGAGAAUGCAGCUGGAGUGGGUCAGCCAAGCCCACCUACAUCUUACCUCAAAGCCUGUGACCCCACCUUUGAACCAGGCUGUCCUUCCAAUGCCCAUGUGGUCAGCAUGUCUAAAGACACCAUCAGUGUGGCCUGGCACAGGCCUAUCUAUGAUGGUGGUUGUGAGAUUCAAGGAUAUGCUUUGGAAAUUACUAAGGCUGAAGAGGAGGAGUGGAGCAUAUGUACCCCACCCUCUGGAGUUAAGGCUACCAAGUUUACUAUCACCAAGUUGAUUGAGCACCAGGAAUACAAGGUGCGCAUAUGUGCCAUUAAUAAGCUAGGUGUUGGUGAGCCCACAGAGAUCGAGGGAGUCGUGAAACCUUUGGAUAAGAUUGAUCCUCCAGAGAUGAUUCUGGAUGCAGAGCUCAGGAAGGGAAUAGUUGUCCGCGCAGGAGGCUCAAUGAGAAUCUGCAUUCCAUUCAAGGGCCGUCCUACUCCUGAAAUCAGCUGGGCCAAGGAUGAUGGAGGACUGCCCAUUAAAGCUCAGAUAGACACUGGUGAUGAAUACACACAGCUCUCUAUUGACAUCUGUGACAGAUAUGAUGCUGGAAAAUACAUCCUUAACUUGGAAAAUAGCGCUGGCACCAAAUCAGCCUUUGUCACUGUUAAAGUUCUGGACACUCCAGGGGCUCCUCUGAAUCUGACAGUAAAAGACAUUAAGAGGGAAAGUGUUACGCUGACCUGGGAGCCUCCUCUUAUUGAUGGUGGUGCAAGAAUUAAGAAUUACCUUGUUGAAAAGCGUGAGUCUAACAGGAAUGUUUACUCUAACGUGGACAACAAGUGCACAAAGACAAGCUACCGUAUCACUGGCCUCACUGAGGGAACUAUCUACUAUUUCAGAGUCUUAGCAGAAAACGAGUUUGGCAUUGGACAGCCAGUUGAGACAGAACACGCAGUUAAGACCUCUGAGCCUCCUCUAUCAGUGGGCAAGGUCACUUUGACUGAAGUGACCAAAACCUCUGCCUCUUUCUCCUGGGAGAAGCCAGUCCAUGAUGGAGGCAGCAGAAUCAUGGGCUACUACAUUGAGAUGCAGCCUGUGGGUUCAGAGGAAUGGGUGGUGGCUGCCACAACCAAAACUUGUGAGGGCACUGUAACAAGCCUAAGUGCAGGCCAUGAGUACCUGUUUAGAGUGACUGCUUUCAAUGAGAAGGGCAAGAGUGACCCCAGGCCUCUGGCUGCGGCCGUUACUGCUAAAGAUGUAACUAUCCAGCCCAGAUUCAAGAUGACAGUCAACACUUACAGUUUACAGAAUGGUGAGGAUCUGAAGAUUGAGAUUCCAGUGAUUGGACGUCCUGUUCCCAAGGUUGAAUGGAAGAAGGAUGGGCAGGCUCUUAAAGAGACAACCAGACUAAAUGUAUCCAGCACACUGUCAUCUACUAAGCUGUGCAUCAAGGAGGCAAAUAAGGAAGACUCUGGUAAAUACACCAUCACAGCCACCAGCAGUGUCGGAACAACUACAGAGGAGAUUACUGUCAUUAUUCUUGAUAAGCCUGGCCCACCCACAGGACCUGUGAAGAUCGAGGAGGUGAGCUCUAAUUAUGUCUCCCUCUCCUGGGAGCCACCCGUGUAUACUGGAGGCUGUCAGAUCAACAACUACAUUGUUGAGAAGAGAGACACGACCACAACAGCAUGGCAGAUUGUGUCUGCUACUAUUGCCAGGACCACCAUCAAAGUUACCAACUUGAAGACUGGAACUGAGUAUCAAUUCAGAGUGUCUGCUGAGAACAGAUAUGGAAAGAGUUCUGCCAUUCUCUCCUCCAAUGUUAUCGCACAGUAUCCAUUCAGUGAGCCUGCUGCCCCAGGAACACCAAUUGUUUCUGCUGCAACCAAGGACAACAUGGUUGUUGAAUGGAAAGUUCCCAAUAACAAUGGAGGCAGCCCCAUUCUAGGCUAUCACCUUGAGAGAAAGGAGAAGAACAGUCUCUUGUGGACUAAACUCAACAAGCUUCUAAUACCAGACACACGUUUUAAGACUACAGAGCUGGAAGAAGGCAUUGAGUAUGAAUUCAAAGUUUAUGCCGAGAAUAUUGCUGGACUCAGCCCAGCUAGCAAGGUCUCUGAGAGCACAGUAGCCAGGGACCCCUGUGACCCACCAGGCACACCCGUGGCCAUUGAUAUCACCAGAAAUCAUGUGACGCUUCAGUGGACCAGGCCUCAGUAUAGUGGAGGCAGUGCAAUCACUGGCUAUCUGAUCGAGAGGAAGAAGCAACCCGAUACCCGCUGGAUGAAGGCCAGCUUCACCAACAUCAUUGAUACCCAGUAUACACUCACUGGCCUGACUGAGGACUGUGUUUAUGAUUUCAGAGUGAUUGCCAGGAAUGCUGCUGGCAUUUCUAGCCGUCCUUCUCAGAGCACUGGAGAAAUUACUGCCAAAGAUGAAAUUGAGGCUCCAGAGGCCACCUUGGAUUCUAAAUUCAAGGAUCUGACUGUUGUUAAUGCUGGUGAGACGUUCGUCAUUGAUGCUGACUACACUGGCAAGCCUUUGCCUAUAGUCUCUUGGUUAAAGGAAGGAAAGGAGAUUGACAAAACCACCCCAAGAAUGGAAGUCAAGACCACACUCACACAUACCAUCUUGACAGUAAAGGAUUGCAUCAGAGUGGAUGGUGGCCACUUUGUCCUCAAACUUGUCAAUGUGGGAGGAGUCAAGAUGAUUCCAGUUAAUGUUAAAGUUCUGGAUAGACCUGGUCCUCCAGAUGGUCCACUGGAAGUCAAAGGGGUCACAUCUGAGAAGUGUUAUCUGCACUGGAGCCAUCCCUCACAUGAUGGUGGAGCCAGCAUCUCUCACUACAUCAUUGAGAAGAGAGAGACCAGUCGUUUGUCAUGGACUAUGGUCGAGCCCAAGAUCCAGGCCAUCAGCUACAAAAUCACAAAACUGCUGCCUGGCAAUGAAUACAUCUUCAGAGUCACUGCUGUGAAUAAAUAUGGUGUUGGUGAUCCUUUGGAAUCUGAGCCUGUCAUUGCUCGUAACCCCUUCACCACUCCCAGUGCUCCCUCCACCCCAGAGCCCAGCGCUAUCACUAGGGACUCCAUAGUUCUUACAUGGGAGAGACCAGAGCAUAACGGAGGAGCUGAGAUUGAAGGAUAUAUCCUUGAAAAACGUGAUAAGGAUGGCAUCAGAUGGACUAAGUGCAACAAAAAGAGGCUGAGUGACCUGAGAUUCAGAUGCAGUGGCCUCACAGAUGGCCACUCUUAUGAGUUCAGGAUCUCAGCUGAAAAUGCUGCUGGUGUGGGAAAGCCUAGUGCACCAACUGAAUACAUCAAGGCCUGUGAUGCCAUUUAUCCACCAGGAUCUCCAAAUAACCCCAAAGUCACCGGCCAUUCGAGCACCACAGUAUCUCUGUCCUGGUCCAGGCCUAUCUAUGAUGGUGGAGCCCAGAUAAGCGGAUAUGUUGUUGAAAGGAAGGAGGCAGCAGAUGAUGAGUGGGUCACUUGCACACCACACAGUGGUGUUCAGGCCACUCACUACACUGUAAAGCAUCUGAAGGAAAAUGCUGAGUACAACUUCCGCAUCUGCGCUGUCAACUGUGAGGGAGUAGGAGAGCAUGUGGACCUACCUGGUUCUGUGAUCGCUGCAGAGAAGCUGGAGGCUCCUGAAAUUGAACUAGAUGCUGACCUGAGGAAGAUGGUCAAUGUUCGUGCUACCGCCACCUUGCGUCUGUUUGUGACAAUCAGAGGAAAGCCUGAGCCUGAGGUCAAAUGGUCAAAGGCUGAUGGCACUUUGAAUGAGCGUGCCCAGAUUGAAGUCACAAGCUCUUACACAAUGCUGGUGAUUGACAAUGUUGAUAGAUUCGACACUGGCAAAUAUGUACUAACUCUUGAGAACCUCAGUGGCUCUAAAUCAGCCUUCAUCAAUGUGAGAGUUCUAGACUCCCCCAGCGCUCCUACCAACCUGGGGGUUAAGGAUGUGAAGAGAAAUUCAGUCUCUAUCUCCUGGGAGCCUCCUCUAAUAGAUGGUGGGGCUAAGAUAUCACAUUAUAUUGUGGAGAAGAGAGAGCAGAAGAGAAUGGCUUUCACCAGUGUUUGCACCAACUGUGUGAGGAACUCAUACAUUGUCUCUGAACUGCAGGAGGGAGGCCGAUACUAUUUCAGAGUGUUGGCUGUGAAUGAGCUGGGAGUAGGUCUGCCUGCCUCCACAGAUCAAGUCAAGGUUGCUGAGGCUCCUUUGCCUCCUGGGAAGAUUGUCCUGGUUGACGUGACUCGUCAUACUGUCACUCUUUCUUGGGAGAAACCUGAUCACGAUGGAGGUAGCAAGAUUACAAACUUUAUUGUGGAGAUGCAGCCCAAGGGAGAUGACAAAUGGUCUGUCUGCAGUGAAGUCAAAGCACUGGAAGCUACUAUUGUUGGACUCACAACUGGAGAGGAAUACUCCUUCAGGGUUACUGCUGUGAAUGAUAAGGGCAAGAGUGAUGCCAAGCCUCUGGCUGCCCCUGUGGUACUGAAGGACAUCACGAUGGAGCCUACCAUCAACCUGUUGUACGACACAUACAGUGUAAAAUCAGGAGACGACCUGAAGAUUGAUGUUCCUUUCAAAGGCAGACCUCAGCCUGAGGUGUCGUGGAAGAAGGACGGCCAGGUGCUUAAGCAGACGACCAGGGUUAAUGUUCUUACUUCCAAGACCUCAUCCAAGAUUGUCGUCAAGGAUGCGACCAAGGAGGAUGUAGGAAAGUAUGAGAUUACGCUGACAAACUCAGUUGGCACCAAGAUUGCUGAAACCUCUGUUAUAAUCCUGGACAAACCUGGCGCACCCAGCAACAUUAAGAUGGAUGAGGUGAGCGCUGAUUUCAUCUCUCUGUCUUGGGAUCCUCCAACCUAUGACGGUGGAUGCCAAAUUAACAACUAUGUGGUGGAGAAGAAAGACACUACCACAAUCUCAUGGCAGAUUGUCUCAGCCACUGUAGCCAGAACAUCAAUCAAGGUGAUUCGUCUCACUCAGGGAACAGAGUAUCAAUUCCGUAUUGCAGCUGAGAACCGUUAUGGCAAGAGUUCUGCCAUUGACUCUACUCCUGUUAUUGCUCAGUAUCCCUUCGAGCCUCCUGGUCCUCCUACCAACGUCCAUGUUUCCCAUGCCACCAAGUAUGGCAUGCUCGUUGAAUGGAGCAGACCUGCCAGUGACGGUGGCAGCCCUGUAAUUGGUUAUCACAUAGAAUGCAAAGACCAAAGCAGCAUCCUGUGGACCAAAGUCAACAGAGGCCUGCUGGCUGAGAACCAGUUUAAGAUGACAGGCAUCGAAGAAGGCCUGUUUUAUCAGUUCAGAGUCUAUGCUGAGAAUAUUUCUGGAAUUGGUCCAUGCACUAAAGCCAGUGACCCUGUGGCAGCGAGGGAUCCAUGUGAAUCUCCACAUAACCUUAGAGUCACCAACAUUACCAGGACCUCAGUUUCCCUCUUUUGGGAAAAGCCAGAGUAUGAUGGCGGAGUGAAGAUAACUGGCUACAUUGUUGAGCGUAAAGAACUUCCCAAUGGCCGCUGGCUUAAAUGCAACUUCACCAACCUGCAAGACACCUACUUCGAUGUCACAGGCCUCACAGAAGAUGUCCAAUAUGACUUCCAUGUCAUCACUAAGAAUUCUGCAGAGCUGUUAAGUGAUCCCUCAGAGAGCACUGGUCCUGUCACAGUCAAGGAUGAUGUAGACCCUCCAACUAUCAUCCUGGAAGAUAAGCUCAGACAACUGGUUGUCAUCAAGGCUGGAGAGAUCAUUCAAAUUGAUGCUGAAAUCACAGGCCGUCCACUCCCAGUUGUCUCAUGGUCUAAGGAUGGAAAGGACGUUGAGGCCAUGGCCAGGUGUGAAGUCACUUCCACCAACUUUGCAACCACACUGAUUGUCAGAGAUGCUAUCAGGAGGGACUCCGGCCAGUAUAUCCUGACCCUGCACAAUGUGGCAGGAACCAGGUCUGUGGCUAUCAACUGUAAGGUUCUGGACAGACCUGGACCUUCCUCAGGACCAUUGGCAGUGUCUGGCUCCACAGCAGAGAAAUGCACCAUAAUGUGGGGUCCCCCUCAGGAAAAUGGUGGUGCUGAAAUCAUGCACUACAUUGUCGAGAAACGCGAGACCAGUCGCCUCGCCUGGACUCUUGUCUAUGGUGACAUGAAGGCAACCACUUGUAAAGUGACCAAGCUGCUCAAAGGAAAUGAGUACAUCUUCAGAGUUAGGGGAGUCAACAAAUAUGGGGAUGGUGAGGCCCUGGAGAGUGAGCCAACAAAGGCCAUGGAUCCAUUCACUGUGCCUGCAGCUCCCACUAAUGUUCAAGUCACCUCAAUUACUAGUGAGGCAAUGACCAUCUGUUGGGAAAGACCCAUUUCUGAUGGUGGCAACAGUAUCUCUGGCUAUGUCAUUGAAAAGCGUGAGAAGACUGGCCUUCGCUGGUGCCGUGUCAACAAGAAACCUGUUUAUGACCUCCGAGUCAAAGCCUCAAACCUUCGUGAUGGCUGUGAAUAUGAGUACAGAGUGUUUUCAGAAAACUCUGCUGGCCUCAGUGCUCCCAGCGUCGCUUGCCCACUCACCAAGGCUGAAGACCCACAGUUCCUGCCUUCACCUCCUGCUAAGCCUAAAAUCAUCGACUCUACAAAGACCACAGUAACCCUGUCAUGGCAUAAGCCACUAUUUGAUGGAGGCGCUCCUGUGACUGGUUACAAAGUCAAAUACAGGAAGACUUCAGAUGAUGAAUGGUUUGUUGGAGUCCAGAAUACCAAGAACACAGAGUUUACAGUGGUGCGAUUGACACCUGGGACUGAAUAUGUGUUUGUUGUUAAGUCCAUUAACAAGAUUGGAGCCAGUGAGCCCAGUCCUGAGUCAGACAAACAGGUCGCCAAAGAAAGAGAAGAGGAGCCAGUCUUUGACAUCAGCAAUGAGAUGAGGAAGACUCUUAUUGUGAAGGAUGGGAGCUCAUUCACCAUGAAAGUGCCAUUCAGAGGCAAACCCAUCCCCAGUGUUACAUGGACUAAGCCUGAUGUUGACCUUAGAGUUCGUGCUGUCAUUGACACCACAGACACCUUCACCUCCAUCACAUUAGAGAAAGCAACUCGCAAUGACUCUGGCAAAUACAUCAUCACCUUGUCAAGCGUAGCUGGAACCACCGCUUUGACACUCAAUGUCAGAGUCUUGGAUUCCCCCGGACCUCCUGCCCAUGUAGAGGUCAAGGAUGUGACCAGAACCUCUGCUUCUGUAACCUGGGAUACUCCUGAGAAUGAGGGAGGAGGACCAGUCAAGAACUACCUUGUUGAUAUCCGUGAGGCCAGCAAGAAAGGCUGGACCAGGUUGACUGACACAUGCAACAGAUUGACAUACAAAAUGACAGACUUGCAGGAGGGAGAAGUCUACUAUUUCAGAGUGACAGGCGAGAAUGAGUAUGGUGUUGGUGUUUCUGCUGAGACCAAGGAGGGAACCAAGAUCACAGAAAAACCAAGCCCACCACCAAAGCUGGGUGUGACUGAUGUGACCAAGGAGAGUGUGUCCCUUGUCUGGGCCAAACCAGAACAAGACGGAGGCAGCAGAAUUACUGGGUACCUAGUGGAAGCUUUGGAGAAAAGCCAGGAGAAGUGGGUUAAGUGUGGAGUGACCAAGUUCAUCCACUUCACAGUGUCUGGUCUGAGGGAGAAUGCUGAGUACUUCUUCAGAGUCAGAGCAGAGAACCACGCUGGCUUCAGUGAUAUAAAGGAAAUGCUCACCCCGGUAAUGGUCAAAGACCAGCUUGAAUCUCCUGAGAUCAACAUGAAGGACUUCCCCCACAACAUAGUGUAUGUUAGAGCCGGCUCCACCCUCAAGUGUGAGAUCCCACUGACAGGCCGGCCUUUGCCUAAAGUCUCCCUGUCCAAGGAUAACAUGAUCCUUAAGUCAACAAUGAGGUUCAACUCUGAAGUCACCCCUGACAGCAUCAAGAUCAAUUUGCGCGAGAGCAUUGCUGGAGACUCAGGACGCUAUGAUAUCACUGCCUCCAACUCCAUUGGAACAACCAAGUCCUUUGUAAAUAUUAUUGUUCUGGACCGGCCCAGUGCCCCAAUGGGCCCUAUGCAGAUGUUUGACGUCACAGAGGACAGCGUGAGCCUGGAGUGGCUUCCACCGGCAUAUGAAGGUGGCAGCCCUAUCACCAACUAUAUCAUCCAGAAAAGAGAGACAACUUCAGCCAUCUGGAUGGAUGUCUCUUCUGCUGUGGCCCGCUGCACCAUGAAGAUCAUGAAGCUGACCACUGGCCUGGAGUACCAGUUCAGAAUCAGGGCAGAGAACAAAUAUGGAAUAAGUGAGCACAUUGACUCGCAAACUGUUGCUGUCAGUCUUCCUUACACUUUACCUGAAGCUCCAUCAACCCCAGAGAUCACUGCAGUAACCAGGGAGACUGUCACUGUAGCCUGGAAGGAGCCUACGUCAGAUGGCGGCAGCCAUGUGUUUGGCUACCAUCUCCAGAUGAAAGACAGGAACAGCAUCCUUUGGCAGAGAGUGAACAAAAUGGUGAUCCGUGCUACACACUUCAAGGUUACCAACAUCAGUGCUGGACUUAUUUAUGAGUUCAAGGUAGCAGCAGAGAACGCUGCUGGAAUCAGUGCCUUCAGCAAGGUUUCUGAUGCAGUGCUGGCUAUUGAUGCCUGUGAGCCACCCAUCAACCUGCGCAUAAGUGACAUCACCAAGACCUCCAUUAGCCUGGCCUGGCAGAAGCCCAACUACGAUGGGGGAUCUUCAAUCAAUGGUUACGUCAUUGAGAAGAGAGAGGGCGUUAAUGCUAGGUGGUCCAAGACCAACCUCACCAAUGUGACAGACACUCGCUAUACUGUGACUGGCCUAACCCAGGAUGAGACAUAUGAGUUUAGAGUCAUGGCCAAGAAUGCCGUUGGCUCAGUGAGCAACCCAUCCAUGACAGCUGGACCAGCCACAUGCGUGGACACCUACGGUGCCCCAGAGAUUGAAAUACCUCAAGAGUACUUCAGUGAUGUCAAGUACAGGGCUGAAUCUAAUGUGGAGCUCAAGUUUAAUAUUACAGCCAAACCUGCUCCCACUAUCGAGUGGUUUAAGGAUGGCAGAGAGCUUGAGCCUACCAGCCAGCUCUCUUUCAAACACACAUUUGAGUCCACCAGUUUGUUCCUAAAGGAAACCACUCGUUUGAACUCUGGAACCUAUGACGUCAGGGUGAAGAACUCCCUGGGAUCUUCGUGUGCUGUUGUUAGGCUGCUCAUUCAAGACAAGCCAGGCCCCCCUGCUGACGAGAUUCAGUUUAAGAAGGUAACGGCCGACAACAUCACCAUCAUGUGGUCACCGCCGGAUGAUGAGGGCGGUGCCAUGGUAACGCAUUAUAUUGUGGAAAAGAGGGAGACCAGCAGAGUCAUGUGGUCCAUUAUCUCAGAAAAACUGGUCGACUGCAUUGUUAACGUGCCUAGACUCAUUCAAGGCAAUGAGUACAUUUUCCGAAUCCGUGGAGUCAACAAGUACGGCAUCGGGGACGCACUGGAGUCUGAACCUAUAGUUGCAAAGAACGCAUUUGUUCCUCCUAGUGAGCCCUCCAAGCCUAAAGUGACCAUGAUCACUAAGUCCACCAUGACAGUGAUCUGGGAAAGACCAGCGAUGGAUGGGGGCAGCGACAUCGACGGCUACUACCUGGAGAAGAGGGAGAAGAAGAGUCUGCAGUGGUUCAAGGUGGUGAAGGGCACCAUCAGAGACACCAGGCAGAAAGUCACCAUGCUGGUGGAGAACAACGAGUACCAGUACAGAGUUUGUGCUGUCAACAAGGCUGGAGCAGGAAACUACUCUGAGGGCUCUGACCUCUACAAGGCCUACGACCCCAUCGAUCUGCCUGGUGAGCCAUCCAAGCUGCGUGUGGUCGACUCCACAAAGACCUCCAUCACCAUCGGCUGGGAGAAGCCUGUCUAUGAUGGCGGCAGUGAAAUCACACACUACAUUUUGGAACAGUUGAAUACAGAGGAAAAAGACUGGACGACCAUCAACCCACAGGUCAAGGCCUGCGAGUAUGUGGUGUCUCAACUUAAACCUGGAACAUACUACUUCUUCAGAGUCUAUGCUGUCAACUGCAAAGGCAAAGGAGAGGACAUCAAAAUGUACCAGCCUGUGCAAGCCAAAGAUAUCUUGGAGGAGGCUGAUUUGGACUUGGACGUUCCAAUGACAACCCAGUACACAGCCAGAGCCGGCCGUGACGUGGAAGUGUUUAUCCCCCUGAAGGGACGCCCCGCCCCCAACGUCACAUGGCGACGUGGCGACCGCAAUAUUGCUGGUGACAACCGCUACACCAUCACCAGCACUGAGCGAGCCACCACCCUCCUUAUACCCAAGGUCACCCGCGAUGACCGUGGCAAGUACCUGCUGGAGAUUGAGAAUGGCGUGGGAGAACCCAAGAUAAUCAUCGUUUCCCUUAAGGUUCUGGACAGUCCAGCCACCUGCCAGAAACUCAUGAUCAAGAACGUGACAAGAGAAAAGCUGACCCUCAGCUGGGAGGCUCCUCUCAUUGAGGGCGGUUCCCCUGUCACACAUUACAUUGUUGAGAAGAAGGACUCCACUAUGAAGGCUUACCAUGUGAUCAAUGCCGAGUGUGCCAACACAACUUACAAGGUGACGGGCCUGAAGGAGGAUAUAGCUUACUUCUUCCGUGUGUCUGCUGAAAAUGAGUACGGUGUGGGCGACACAUGCGAAACCUCUGAGCCUGUAAGAGCCACAGAAACUCCUGCAGCUGUAAAACACCUGGUGAUGGCAGACUCUACAAAAACCUCUGUUACCCUGCAGUGGACUAGACCUGACCAUGAUGGUGGCAGCCACAUUAGUGAUUACAUAAUUGAGAAGAGAACCAAAGAAGAUCCUACCUGGACUUUGGGAGCGACAUGCAAGCGCUUUAGCUGCGAGGUGACAGGACUCAAGGAGAACGCUGAAAUGGACUUCAGAGUGUUCGCCAAGAAUGAGAAGGGCAACAGUGACUUCUCCCAGAUUGGUCCAAUCACAGUGAUGGACUUCAUAAUUCUCCCUGAAGCCAACCUCAUUGACUACCCCAAUGGAGAGCUUGCUGUUCGUGUUGGGCAGAACAUCCACAUCGAGUUGCCCUUCAAGGGUAAACCAAGACCUGCAAUCAGCUGGCUAAAGGAUAACUUGCCUCUGAAGGAAAAUGACAAGAUUCGCUUCAGGACUACUGACAACAAGACAGCAGUCACAGUCAGAGGAGCCAAGAAGGAAAAUGCCGGCCAGUAUACUUUGGUUCUGGACAACAGAGCCGUCAAGAACUACUUUGACAUUAAUGUGAUCACUCUGGGACCCCCCUCAGUGCCUGUUGGUCCCAUCCGCUUCGAUGAGAUUAAAGCCCAGAGUAUCAUUAUUUCCUGGGAUGAGCCAAAGGAGGACGGAGGUGGUGAGAUCACCUGCUACAGCGUGGAGAAACGUGAGACUUCCCAAGCCAACUGGAAGAUAGUCUGCUCCAGUGUUGUCAGGGCCACCUUCAAGAUUUCCAACCUGGUCAAGGAAACUCAGUACCAGUUCAGAGUCCGUGCAGAGAACAAGUAUGGAGUCAGUGAAUCACUCAUCUCCUCAGAUAUUGUUGCCCAGCACCAGUACAAACCUCCAGGGCCUCCAGGAAAGCCAGUGGCAUUCAACGUCACCAGUGAUGGUAUGAACAUCAGGUGGGAGGCCCCAGGAUUUGACGGAGGAUCCCCCAUUUUGGGCUAUCAUGUUGAAAAGAAGGACAGGAACAGCCUCUUGUGGCAGAAGGUGAACUCCACCAUCAUCGCCAACAAAGAGUACAGGAUCAUUGGUCUCAUAGAGGGUCUGGAGUACUCCUUCAGAGUCUACUCUGAGAACAACGCUGGACUCAGCACUGUUAGUGAACAGAGCAAACAUGCGCUCGCUAUCUCCCCUGUUGAUCCAACUGGCAAACCUGUCUGCAUCGAUGUAACCAGAGAAUCAGUCACCCUGAAGUGGGACAUCCCCGAGAGGGACGGCGGCAGCAAAAUUGUGGGCUACAGUGUGGAGAGGCGCCAAGGUAGAGGCAAAUGGCUGCGAUGCAACUUCACUGAUAUCUGCGAAACCCAGUUCACUGUUACUGGUCUGUCCGCUGGAGACAGAUUUGAGUUCAGAGUCAUUGCCAGGAAUGCUGUGGGCACAGUCAGUCCACCAUCUAACUCCUCUGGAUACAUCAUGACCAAGGAUGAGAGCAUUUCUCCUGACAUCGAGUGGUCUCCAGACCAGGUGCUCACCCUGAGGUCCGGUGAGAACGUUAAACUCGGCUGCACCAUCACUGGACGUCCCAUUCCCCAGGUUAUCUGGUAUAAGGAUGGCAAAGAGAUUGACAAGAGGACCAUGUAUGACAUUGAGAUUACCACCAAUAUUGGCAUCAGCAGUCUUUUUGUUCGUGAUGCUGACAGGAACCACCGUGGCAUCUACACCAUAGAGGCCAAAAACAGCUCUGGUACCAAGAAGGCUGAUGUCAACGUCAGAGUACAAGAUACCCCCGGACCUGUUGAGGGUCCUAUCCGUUUCACCGGCAUCACAGCGGAGAAGUGCACUGUGUGGUGGAACCCACCGGAAAACGAUGGCUGUGCCGCCAUUACCCAGUAUGUGGUGGAGAAGAGGGAGACAUCCAGGAUCUCCUGGGCUACUGUCACCUCCAAAUGCGAAGCCUGUUCUUACAAUGCCGCCAACCUCAUCAAGGGCAAUGAAUACCAGUUCAGAAUCUCUGCUGUCAACAAGUUUGGUGUUGGCAAACCACUGGACUCUGAUCCUUUCAUUGCACAGAUGCAAUACACUGUGCCUGAUGCUCCUGGUACCCCAGAUGCCACCCAUGUGACUGGAAACAGCAUCACCAUGUGCUGGACCAGACCAAGGUCAGAUGGAGGCAACGAGCUCAAACACUACAUCCUGGAGAGGAGAGAGAAGAAGAGCCUGCGCUGGUUGAAGGUUUCCUCCAAGAGGCCCAUCACAGAACUAAGACACCGUGUCACCAACCUCACUGAGGGCAACGAAUACGAAUUCCGCGUCAUGGCUGAAAAUGGAGCUGGCAUCGGACCGGCCAGCAGUACUUCCAGGCUCUUCAAAUGCAGAGAACCAACAAGUGCUCCCAGUACCCCCACAUUAAUCAAGGUCUCUGAUUCCACCAAGCACUCUGUCAGCCUGGAAUGGACCAAGCCAAUCUUCGAUGGCGGCUUGGAAAUCAUUGGCUACAAUAUUGACAUGUGCAAGGCCAGUCUGGAAGAGUGGCACAGAGUCAACAACCAGAUUUGCAUCCACACCAGUUACACUGCCAAGGGCUUGGUGCCUGGAGAGCUCUACAAGUUCAGGGUCAGUGCUGUGAACGGAUCCGGAGAGGGUGAAUCCUCAGUGUUGACAAGCCCUGUUCAGGCUCUGGAUAGACUUACAUCUCCUGAGAUCGAAAUUGAUGCAAACUUCAAGCAGACUCACAUCGUAAAGAAUGGCGGCACUGUCUCCCUCCAAGUUGCCUUCCGUGGCAAACCAGCUCCUCUUGUCACCUGGUCUAAGGUAGAUGGUGAGCUUCCUGUCAUGGCCGAUGUUAACACAACAGAUACCUCCGCUGCUCUUACGAUCGAGGGUUGCACUAGGUAUGAAGCCGGAAAAUACACCAUACACCUGGAGAACAACAGCGGGCGCAAGUCCCUCACAUUCACUGUCAAAGUGCAGGACACGCCCGGACCUCCGGGAGCUAUCGACUUCAAAGAUGUUACUCGCGGAGCCUUAACAAUUAUGUGGGACGCCCCCUCCAAUGACGGCGGAGCCCGAAUCCACCACUACAUCGUGGACAAGCGCGAGGCCAGCCGCCUGGCCUGGCAGGAGGUCAGCACCAAGUGUUCUCGCCAGAUGAUCAAGGUAACUGGUCUGGAAGUUGGUGUACCAUAUGUGUUUAGGGUGAUUGCCGUAAACCAGUAUGGCCAGGGAGAACCCCACGAGAUGACAGAGCCCAUCAUUGCCACAGAAGAACCCGCACCACCCAGGAGACUAGAUGUUGUCGACACCACCAACUCCACAGCCUCCCUGGUGUGGCUGAAGCCCGAGCAUGAUGGAGGCAGCCGCAUCAGAGGCUACAUCGUUGAAUUCAAAGCUAAAGACACUGACCGCUGGGUUGUUAGUGGAGAGACCAGAUCCCAGAAGAUGCUAUUGGAGGGUCUGAUUGAGAACACAGAGUACGACUUCAGAGUCAAGGCCAAGAACGAUGCUGGAAUCAGCGAGCCGCAGGGCACCUUCAGCUCUGUGGUCAUUAAGGAGCCUCGCAUCGAACCAACUGCUGACCUCAGCAGCAUCACCAACCAGCUCAUCACCUGCAAGACCUCCAACACCUUCACAAUCAGCAUCCCCAUCAGCGGCAGGCCUGCACCCAAGGUCACCUGGAAGUUGGAGGAGAUGAAGCUGAAGGAGACUGACAGAGUUUGCAUCACCACCACAAAGGAGAUCACCACUUUGGUGGUGAGAGACAGCAAGAGAAGCGACAACGGAAAGUACUACCUGACCCUGGAGAAUACUGCUGGUGUGAAGACGUUCACAGUGACCGUGGUUGUCGUGGGCAGACCAUGUCCACCCACAGGCCCUGUCAAGAUUUCUGAAGUCUCCUCAGAGUCCUGCAGCCUGUCAUGGUCCGAGCCAGCUGAUGAUGGUGGCACCGACAUCAGCAACUACAUUGUGGAAAAACGAGAGUCGGGCUCUGCCUCCUGGCAAGUAGUUAACUCCAGUGUGAAGAGAACCCACAUCAAAGUGACUCACCUCACCAAGUAUAUGGAGUACACCUUCAGGGUGUGCGCUGAAAACAAGUUUGGAGUCAGCAAGUCCACGGAAUCUGCUUCUGUUGUCAUUGAGCAUCCAUUUGUUCCUCCAAGUCCUCCAACUCGCCCAGAUGUGGUAUCUGUGUCCGCUAACGCCAUCAGCAUCAAAUGGGACUUGCCAUAUGACGAUGGUGGCAGCAAGGUGACAGGCUACUGGAUCGAGAAGAAGGAGAGAAACACGAUUCUGUGGGUGAGGGAUAACAAGCUGCCCUGCCUGGAGUGCCAUUACAAGGUGUCCAACCUGAUCGAGGGCCUGGAGUACCAGUUCAGGGCGUACGCCAUGAACAUAGCCGGAUUCAGCAAGGCCAGCGAGGCUUCCCGACCUGUGGUGGCGCUCAAUCCUGUUGAUCCCCCUGGUAAGCCCGAGGUGACGGACAUCACCCGCUCCUCCGUUUCGUUAUGCUGGACCGUGCCGCUCAAUGACGGCGGUAGCAAAAUCGUCGGUUACGUGGUAGAGAGGAAAGUCCACAGCACGGAUGAGUGGGACGACAACCGCUGGCUCAAGUGCAACUACACCACCAUCAGCGAGAACUACUUCACCGUUACCAACCUGGGAGAGGGAGAGACCUUCGAGUACCGCGUCAUUGCCAAGAACGCCGCCGGCGUCCACAGCGCAGCCUCAGAGAUCACCGGACCAGUCACAUGCAAGGAUGAGUACUCACCUCCAAAAGCUGAGCUGGAUAGCAAGCUGGUUGGUGAGACCGUCAUCAUCGCCGCCGGCUCCGACCUCGUCCUGGAUGGCGCCGUUGGGGGUAAACCAGAGCCGACAGUUUACUGGUCGAAGGGCGACAAGAUGUUGGAGCUCGGAGAGAAAUACUCACUGACCUACACCGCUACCAGAGCCAUGGCCGUCAUCAAGAACUGCGACAGAUACGACACGGGCAGAUACAUCCUGACCGUCAAGAACGCCAACGGGGUCAAGACCGCUGCCGUCAGCGUUAAAGUUCUGGACACUCCUGGAGCUCCGGCUGACAAGAUCAUGAUCAGCAGAGUGACGGAGGAGAAGUGUACGGUGUCCUGGAAGAUUCCUCUGGAGGACGGCGGAGACAUCGUCACGCAUUACAUCGUGGAGCGCCGCGAGACCAGCCGCCUCAACUGGGUCAUCAUGGAGACCGAGUGCAAGACGCUGUCCUGCAUCAGCAGCAGGCUGAUCAAGAGCAACGAGUACGUCUUCAGAGUCCGAGGAAUCAACAAGUUCGGGGUUGGAGUUCCUCUGGAGUCCGAUCCCAUCAUCGCCAGAAACGCCUACACCAUCACGUCCCAGCCGGGCACACCGGAGACCACUGCGGUGGGUAAGGAGCACGUCGUCAUCGAUUGGCUGAAGCCCGAGACCGACGGAGGCAGCGAGAUCAAAACAUACAUAGUAGAUAAACGAGAGAAGAGCAGCACCAGGUGGACUCGGGUGAAUAAGAAUUACACCAUCUACGACACCCGUCUGAAGAUCACGGGCCUGCUGGAGGGGAACGAGUACCAGUUCAGAGUGACGGCCGUCAACGCUGCCGGAGACAGCCAGCCGAGCGACGCCUCGCCAUACAUCCUCUGCAAAGAUCCCACAUAUACCCCAGCUCCUCCGUCAACGCCUCGCAUUUCCGACACGACCAAGCACAGCAUCAGCAUGACCUGGACCCGGCCCAUGUACGAUGGCGGCUGCGACGUCAGCGGCUACGUGGUGGAGAUCCUGGAGGAGGGCACGGAGCAGUGGUACCGCGCCACCGCCAAGGCCCUGAAGAGCAAUGAGUAUGUGGCCGCCGGCCUGGCAGCCAAUAAGAAGUACCGAUUCAGAGUCGCUGCCAUCAACAGCAAAGGCACCGGGGAGUUCAGUGAACCCAGCGUUGAGGUGGAGCCGCUGGAGAGAAUCGAAAUGCCCGAACUGGAGCCGGCCGACGACCUGAAGAAGACGGUGUGUCUGCGCGCGGGAGGAACUCUGCGUCUGGUCGUGUUUGUCAGCGGUCGGCCGACGCCCGUCGUGACCUGGAGGAAGACGGGGGUGGAGCUGCAGAGCCGCGGCUACAUCGAGAACAGCGACAGCUACACCUCCCUGAUGGUGGAGAAGGUCAACCGCUACGACUCCGGAAAAUAUGUUGUGGAGGCGGAGAACCCGUCUGGCAAGAAGACCGCCACCAUCCUGGUCAAAGUCUACGACACGCCCGGUCCUCCAGGUUCUGUGAACGUGAAGGACUACACCAAGGAGUCCGUCGUGAUCACCUGGGACGUCCCGAGCAUCGACGGCGGCGCUCACGUCAGCAACUACAUCGUAGAGAAGCGCGACGCCAACAUGAAGUCGUUCAAGACGGUAACCACUGAGUGCAGGAAGACCCUGUUGAGGAUCACCGGCCUGGAGGAGGGAAUGCAAUACUUCUUCAGAGUCCUGCCGGAGAACAUCUACGGCGUGGGCGAGCCCUGCGAGACCUCCGAGGCGGUGCUGGUGUGCGAGGUGCCGUCGGUGCCUCUGGACCUCCAGAUGGUUGAAGUCACCAAGUCGUCCGUGGCGCUGCGAUGGGAGCGGCCGCAUCACGACGGGGGCAGCAGGCUGACUGGAUACUCCAUUGAGGCCUGCAAGGUGGGUUCGGACAGGUGGUCAUCCGUGGCGUCCGUCAAGUCCUCCGUGUCCCAGCACACCAUCACGUCUCUGACGGAGAACGACCAGUACCUGUUCAGGGUGCGAGCCACCAACAGCAGGGGAGCCAGCGAGCCCAUGGACACCGUCACACCGGUCACCAUCCAGGACAUCAAGGUGAUGCCUAAGAUCGACAUGACCAGCAUCCCUCAGAAGAUCGUUUACGUGCACCGCGGCAAACCCAUCGACCUCAACAUCCCCAUCAGGGCGAAGCCGCAGCCCGUCUGCUCCUGGUCCUUCGGGGGCGUCAAGCUGAAGGACAGCCUUGACCGCAUCAAGAUCGACAGCAACGGGAAGUUCAGCCACCUCGUCGUCCGGGAGACCACCAUCGAGGACACGGGACGCUACUCGCUGGAGGUGAAGAACGCCAUCGGCAUGGCAACCGAGGUCAUCAAGGUCAUCAUCCUCGACAAACCCGGCAUCCCGGUCGGCCCCGUGAAGAUCGAGGAGGUCGACGGCGUGUCGGUGACGGCCAGCUGGGAGCCUCCAGAGAAGGACGGCGGCGCCAACGUCACCGGCUAUGUGGUCGAGCAGCGCGACGCCCACCGACCCGGCUGGAUCACCGUCUCGGAGUCGGUGACUCGACCCUGCUUCAAGUUCACCAGACUCUCCGAGGGGACCGAGUACGUGUUCCGCGUCGCCGCCAUGAACCGCUUCGGCGUCGGCGGAUUCCUGCAGUCCGAGGUGGUGGAGUCCAAGAGUCCAAAGACGAUCCCCGGACCUCCCAGCCGGCCCGAGGUGCUGGAUGUCACCCACGAGGGCAUGACACUGACCUGGCAGCCCCCCGAGGACAACGGAGGCUCCACCAUCGCCGGCUACAUCAUCGAGCGCAAGGAAUCACAUUCUGACCGGUGGAUGAAGAUCAGCAAGAACCCCGUCACCAUGACCCGGUACCGCUCCUCCGGCCUGAUGGAGGGCCUGGAGUACGAGCACCGCGUCACCGCCAUCAACUCCAGAGGAGCCGGGAAGCCCAGCGAGAGCUCCGCCAUCACCAUCGCCAUGGACCCCAUCGAGCCUCCUGGCACUCCGCUGGAGCCCACAGUCACCGACACCACCCGCACCUCCGUGUCUCUGGCCUGGCUGCCUCCUGAAGAGGAGGGCGGUACCGUGGUCAGCGGUUACUUCAUCGAGAUGCAGAAGGUGGACCAGGUGGAAUGGACGCUGUGCAACACCACGGCUACCAAGAUGUGCGAGUACACCCUCACCCACAUGCCGCAGGGCGCCGAGUACAAGUUCAGGGUCACCGCCUGCAACGCUGGAGGCGCCGGAGAGCCCGCGGAGAUUCCUGGAGUGGUUAAAGUCCAGGAGAUGCUCGGUUAUCCAGACUACGAGCUGGAUCAGAAAUACGAGGAGGGCUACGUGGUGCGACAGGGCGGAGUCAUCCGUCUGUCCGUGCCUAUCAAGGGUAAACCCAUCCCUACGUGCAAGUGGACGAAGGACGGUCGGGACAUCUCCCAUCGCGCCAUGAUCGCCAGCCAUGAUGACAUUACAGAGCUGGUCAUCAAAGAGGCUCACAAAGACGACACAGGCUCCUACGACCUGGUGCUGGAGAACAAGUGCGGCAGGAAGGCCGUGUACAUCAAGGUGAAGGUGAUCGGUCGCCCUGACGUCCCAGAAGGUCCUUUGGAGUUUGACGACAUUCAGUCCAGAUCAGUCCGGGUCAGCUGGAGGCCGCCGUCAGACGAUGGCGGUUCCGACAUCCUGGGGUACAUUGUGGAAAGGCGGGAGGUACCCAAGGCCGCCUGGUGUACGGUGGACUCCCGGGUGACCGAGACGUCUCUGGUGGUGAAGGGCCUGAAGGAGAAUGUGCAGUACCACUUCAGGAUUUCUGCAGAGAACCAGUUCGGCAUCAGCAGAUGUCUCAAAUCUGAAGAGGCUGUCACGCCGAAAACGCCGCUAUGCCCACCAGAACCUCCCAGCAACCCACCAGAGAUCAUGGACGUCACCAAGACCAUGGUGUCUCUGUCCUGGGCGCGGCCCCGGGACGACGGCGGCUCCCGCGUCACAGGAUACUACGUGGAAAGGAGAGAGGUGUCCACAGAGAAGUGGGUCCGCCACAACAAGACGCACAUCACCACUACCAUGUACAAUGUCACCGGCCUCAUCCCUGAUGCAGAGUACAUGUUCAGAGUCGUGGCUCAGAACGACGUCGGGAAGAGCGAGGCCGGCCCGGCUUCAGAGGCCGUGGUCUGCAAAGAUCCAUUCGACAAACCCAGCCAACCCGGAGAGAUCGAUAUCAUCUCCAUCACCAAAGACUGCAUCACCAUCCACUGGCUCAGGCCAGAGCAUGACGGCGGCAAGGAGAUUCUGGGCUACUGGAUUGAGUUCAGGCAGGCUGGAGAAAGUGCCUGGAAGAAAUGUAACAAGGAGCGCUCCAAGGAUCGCCAGUUUACCAUGGGCGGCUUGAUGGAGGCCACCGAGUACGAGUUCAGGAUCCUCGCUGAGAACGAGACUGGACCCAGCCGACCUCGCCGCACGCCCAUGGGCAUCAAGACCAAACUGAGCGUUGGUGAGGCUCCAGCUUUGAAGGAAGAGAUCCAAGAUGUAACCACCAAGCUUGGCGAGUCCGGCACUCUGACCUGCGGCAUCAUUGGCAGACCCCUGCCUGAGAUCAAGUGGUACCGCUACGGCAAGGAACUGAUCCAGAGCCGUAAGUACAAAAUGAGCUCAGAUGGCCGCAACCACUCGCUCAGCAUCCUGACGGACGAGCAGGAAGACGAGGGCCUGUACACCUGCAGGGCUAUCAAUGAAGCCGGAGAGGUCGAGACCAGCGGCAAACUGCGCCUGCAGGCCCCGCCGCAGUUCCACCCCGGCUUCCCUAUGAAGGAGAAGUACUACGCCGGGGCCGGCACCAGCCUCCGCCUCCAUGUUGUCUACAUCGGACGUCCCAUCCCUCAGAUCAUGUGGUUCUAUGACAAGAAGCCUCUGAACGCGUCGGAGAAUGUUAUUAUUGAAAACACUGAGAGCUACACCCACCUGGUGGUGAGGAACGUCCAGAGGAAGACCAAUGCUGGCCGCUUUAAAGUGCAGCUCAGCAACGUGUACGGAACCGUCGACAUGUCACUCCGUGUUGAAAUCCAAGAUAAACCAUGCAUCCCCGAGGGCCCUCUUGUUGUUGAAGCCCUGCUGAAGAGCUCAAUGGUCAUCAGCUGGAAGGCUCCCAAGGAUGACGGAGGCGCUAUGAUCACCAACUACAUUGUGGAGAAACGUGAGGCCAAAGAAGGCGAGCAGUGGAACCUGGUGUUCUCCUCCAUUUCUGGCACCACCUGCCGUGUCCCCAACCUAAUAGAAAACGCCGGCUACUACUUUAGAGUCUCUGCCCAGAACCAAUACGGAGUCAGUGAGUCUCUGGAGAUCCCAUCGGUGGUCAUCGUUAAGAGUCCAUUUGAAAAACCUGGCAUCCCACAACAGCCCUUCAUCAUGAGCUCUGGCAAUGACUCCUGCGUCGUCUGCUGGAAGCCUCCAAGCAGCGAUGGUGGAGCUAAAAUCUCCUGCUACUACCUGGAGAAACGUGAGAAGAAGCAGAACAAGUGGAUGUCAGUAACCAGCAAGAAGAUAGUGGAGACCAGCUACGAGGUCAAAGCCUUGAUCGAGGGCUUCGAGUACGAGUUCCGUGUCAAGUGUCAGAACGUGGGCGGCGAGAGCGACUGGAGUGAGAUCUCAGCGCCGAUCAUCCCCAAGUCCGAUCAGUCUCCUCGUGCUCCAGCGUUCAGGGAGGAGAUCAGGGACAUGACCGUCAAGUACCACUCCAAUGCCACCUUUGUCACCAAGGUGGUGGGAUAUCCCAAACCUUUGCUGAAGUGGUACCGCAGUGGAAAGGAGAUCGAGGCAGAUGGAACCAAAAUCAAAGCCCAGGAGUUCAAGGGAGGCUACUACCAGCUAGUGAUUGCUGCUGCUAAUGAGACCGAUGCCACAGUUUACCAAGUCAGAGCAACCAACUCCUCGGGAUCCAUCUCUACAACAGCCAACCUGGAGGUUGAAGUUCCUGCUAAGAUCCACCUUCCCAAGGAACUCCAGGGAAUGGGAGCAGUCAAUGCUGCCUGUGGCGAUCACAUCACCGUCAAGAUCCCCAUCUCUGGCAAACCUGAGCCAGCAAUCACUUGGCAGAAGGGUCAGGAGAUCCUGUCCAACUCUCCGUAUCACCAAGUCAUCACCACCAGGUCUUUCACCUCCCUGGUGUUCCAGAAAGGAAUGGAGAGGAAGGAUACUGGAUAUUAUGUUAUUACCGCAAAGAACAGGUUCGGAACAGACAAACAAACCAUUGAGGUGAAUGUUGCUGACAUACCUGAACCACCAAAGGGACUGGUUGUCAGCGAAAUUUCUCGGGACUCCAUCACCUUGACCUGGGAGCCACCUGCAAAUGAUGGUGGAAGCGACAUCAUUGGCUACAUUGUGGAGAAGUGUCCCACCACUAAUGACAGGUGGAUCCGUGCUGGACAGACCGCGGACUGCAGCAUCAACAUAAUCAACAUAUUUGGAAAGACCAAGUACCAGUUCAGAGUCAUCGCCGAAAACCAGUUUGGCCUGAGCUCUCCUUGUCAGCCAACGGAGCCCAUCACCACAAAGGAAGACAAGUCUGUGAUUAGGAACUACGAUGAGGAAGUGGAUGAAGCCAGAGAGAUCACCAAGGAGGAGGCUCUGUUCUACAAGGUGAAGGAGCUGUCCUCCAAGUACGUCAUCUCUGAGGAACUUGCUCGCUGCCAAUUUGGAGUGGUCCACCGCUGCACAGAGAUUGCCACAAAGAAGACCUUCAUGGCCAAGUUUAUCAAGGUCAAAGGAACUGACCGUGAGUUGGUUCUCAGAGAAAUUGAAGCCCUCAACGUAGCAAGGCACAAGAAUGUCAUCUACCUACAUGAAUACUUUGAAAGCAUGGAGGAGAUCAUCCUCAUCUUUGAAUUCAUUUCUGGAGUUGACAUCUUUGAGCGCCUUGGCACCAGCAACUUUGAGCUGACAGAGCAGGAGAUUGUCCGCUACCUGAGACAAGUCUGCUCUACCCUCAAGUUCUUGCAUAGCAACAACUUUGGCCACUUUGAUAUACGCCCAGACAACAUUGUCUAUGCCACAAGGAGAAGCACCACCAUAAAGAUUAUUGAGAUGGGCCAGGCAAGGCUGCUGGUGCCAGGAGAAAAUAUCAGGAUGCUGUUCACAGCUCCAGAGUAUUGUGCCCCUGAGAUCCACCGUCACGACCUGGUCACAACAGCCACUGAUAUGUGGUCUGUUGGUGUAUUGGCCUAUGUUUUGCUUAGUGGCCUUAAUCCAUUUGGGGCCGAGUCAACUACAAAGAUGAUUGAGAACAUCUCAAACUGUGAGUACAUCUUUGACAGUGAAUCAUUCAAGGACAUCAGCAUGGAGGCUAUGGACUUUGUGGACAGACUUCUAGUCAAAGACAGGAAGCUCCGUAUGACAGCCCACGAGGCUGUGGAGCACCCUUGGCUCAAGAUGAAGAUUGAGAAUGUCAGCAACAAGAUCAUUAGGACAUUGAAACACAGAAGGUACUACCAGUCCCUGGUAAAGAGGACAGAUACCAUUGUAUCAGCAGCUCGUGUGGCCUAUGGUGGUGCCUUCAAGAACCAGAGAGGAUGGGCUGUGGGUAAAGUGAAGAUUGGAACCGAGUACCAUGGCCUCCGCACUGGACCAGUCAUGCAUGGCUCAGCUGAGGAAGGUGGCCAUGUCAGAUUUACUUGUAGCAUCGUCAACUAUGACAAGAGUACUCAGGUGUCUUGGUACUUUGGUAACCGUCAGCUACAUGCAAGCAACAAGUAUGAAAUUACUUACAGUAAUGGUUUCGCCAGCAUCUAUGUCAAGGACAUCGAAGAGUGUGAUGAUGGUGUGUACAGAUGCAAGGUGGUGAGCGAUGAAGGAGAGGACAGUGCUUAUGGAGAGCUCUUUGUGGAGACAGUGAGGAGCAUCAGAGAGCACUACAUCAGCCGCUCUAUCAAGAAACUGAGGAGGAGAGUUGACAAGACUAAACUCCUGCAGAGACCACCAGAGUUCACUUUGCCUCUCUACAAUCGCUCUGCCUACAUUGGCGAAGAUGUGCGCUUCGGUGUCACUAUCACCGUGCACCCGGAGCCUCAUGUAGCAUGGCUUAAGAAUGGAGAGAGAAUCCAGCCAGGUGAAGAUGACAGAAAGUACACGUUCACCAGUGAUAAGGGUCUGUACCAGCUGAGGAUCCACAAUCUGGAUAUAAGCGAUGAUGCAGAAUACACCGUCAUGGCCCACAACAAGUUUGGAGAAGACAGCUGCAAGGCCCGUCUCACUGUUACACCUCAUCCUGUAACGGAGGAAACUAUGAGGCCUAUGUUCAAACGUCUGCUGGCUAAUGUUGAUUGUGUGGAGGGACAUAGUGUCCGCUUCGAGCUCAGAGUCUCAGGAAUCCCAACUCCUACUCUGAAAUGGCAGAAGGACGGUCAUUCACUACAGUUUGGUCACAAGGUUGUUGUCAUAGAGGAGGACGUUGACUACCAUGUCUUGCAUGUCAGAGAUACUCUGCUCGAGGACUCCGGUGUGUACAAGGUUACUGCAACCAACUGUGCUGGCUCUGCAAGCUGCCAGGCCACCCUGAAGGUGGACCGCCUUACCUACACCAGGAGAGAGUACAAGAGUGAGGAAGAGAAAUACAGACACGUACAGAAACAAAUUGAAAAAACUAACAAGAUGGCUCUGAAAAUUGUUGCCACUGAGGAGCUUGUAGCUCUCAACCCCACAGCCCAGGACGCACUCAAAUUUGCUGCAGAGAUGUACAAGCCUGCAGUGAGCACCAAGAACGUUGAGGGCGAAUUCGACAUCACAGUGGAGAAGUCCCAGACUAAAAAGCUGGAGGAGGAGAGGACGAUCUUCAUGCCUUAUGAGAUUCCUGAGCCUGUGGUUCAUCAUCCCAGAGAUCUGGAUGAGGACAAAGCCAUAAAGCAGUUUGUGCCUCUUUCUGACAUGAAAUGGUACAGAAAGCUGAGAGACCAGUAUGUGGUUCCAGCGAGGAUGGAGAGGAUUGUGCAGAAGAGGCAGAGGCGUAUUCGCCUGUCCAGGUGGGAGCAGUUCUAUGUCAUGCCUCUCCCUAGAAUUACCGACCAGUACAGGCCAAGAUGGCGUAUACCAAAACUCAGUCUGGAUGACUUGGAGACUGUAAGGCCCGGCCGCCGUUCACCUUCUCCUGAAUCCGAGGUCUCCUUCAGAUCCAGAAGGAGAUCUCUGGGAGACCUUAGUGAUGAGGAACUGCUGAUGCCUGUGGAUGACUACCUUUCCAUGAGGAGAACAGAGGAGGAGAAAACGAUGCUGGAGGAUGAACUCGAGCUCGGCUUUUCUGCCUCUCCUUCCGGCAGCCCUGUCCGCAUUGAGCGGCGUGCAAUAGAACUUGAAGAGAGGAGGCAUGCGGUCAGACAUGAGGCUGUUGAGGUUACUGAGACAAAGAAGAAGCGCACUGUUUCUCAGUUUAUGAGGAGGAGACGAUCGCUGUCUCCCACGUACAUUGAGCUCAUGCGCCCAGUCUCAGAGCUGAUCAGACCAUCGCGUGUCAAGCCUCCUGUGGAAGUAGAGGGUGAGAUUGUGAUGAGGAGGUCCCCCACCCCUGAGAGGACCCGUCCCCGCUCUCCCAGCCCCAUCAGGUCCGUUGAGAGGUCAUCCCGCUCCUCCUCCAGGUUUGAGAGGUCCGCCCGCUUUGACAUCAUGUCUCGCUACGAGGCCAGAAAGGCUGCUCUGAAGUCCGAGAGGAAAUAUCAGGUGGUCAGCCAGACACCUUUCAGUCUGGACCAUGCUCCCCGCGUGACUGUUAGGAUGCGUUCUCAUCGCAUACCAAUUGGCAACGACACCAAGUUCACCCUGAACAUCCAAACCAAGCCAGAGGCCGACGUCAAGUGGUUACACAAUGGAAAUGCAAUCUCUGAAAGCAGUGAGAAAUACAUCUUCACCAACAUGAGUGGUGUAUUGUCCAUCACUAUUCUGGACUGCCAGGAAGAGGACAGUGGCACAUACCGCUGUGAAUGCUCCAACUCCAAGGGAGAAGCUUCCGACUAUGCCACCCUUGAUGUGUCAGGUGGCGGCUACACCACCUUCGCCUCUCGCCGCAGGGAUGAGGAUGUUCCCAAAGGAUAUGUCCCUGAAGUCACUAAAAUUGACCACUAUCACACCACCCACUUCAAAGCUGGCUAUGCUUCCGAAAGCCACUUUGCGUCAGAAGAGAGCAAAUCUAAGCUAACGGAGACACAUGAUGUUGUCACACGUGAAAGAUAUGCUGCAUCCUCUGAGAGGUACUCCUCUGCUGAGAGGUACUCCUCUGCUGAGAGGUACUCCUCUGCUGAGAGGUAUGAUUCAUCUAUCAAGUUUGCUGCUGCUGAAUACCUGUCAUCUGAUUCCUCCUACUCGUCUGAAAAGUUUUCUCUGACUGGAAAGCGCACCACGUCUGAAGCUAAGGCGAAGUCAUCUUCUGCUGGGGAAGUUGCUGUCCACAAGGUGGCGCCUUCUCUUCCCGCCAGUAUCCUCACCAAGCCCCAGUCUGUGACCGUUGCAGAGGGAGAGUCAGCCAGAUUCACCUGUGAUAUCGAUGGGGAGCCUGCACCAACUGUAACGUGGAUGCACGAGAGCAGAACCAUCGUCUCAUCUCACCACAUCCUGGUCACUACCACUCAGUACAAGUCCAGCUUCGAGAUCUCCUCUGUGACAACCUCCGAUGAGGGAAGUUACACAGUGGUGGUCGAGAACUCAGCCGGCAGGCAGGAGGCUCACUUCACCUUGACCAUCCGCAGACCAGCUCCCAAAGAGGAGGUCAAGUCUGUCAAAUCCCCUGAGCCAUCUGUAAAGUCGCCCACUCCCAGUGUAAAGUCACCAGAGCCUUCAGUCACAUCUCCUGCUCCCUCUAUAACUUCCCCCGUCCCCAGCAUCAAGUCCCCUGAGCCUUCAAUUAAAUCUCCUGCUCCGAGCGUGAAGUCACCAACGCCGAGUGUGAAGUCUCCCGAACCAAGUGUAACGUCUCCUGCUCCGAGCGUGAAGUCACCAACACCGAGUGUGAAGUCUCCCGAACCAAGUGUAACGUCUCCUGCUCCGAGCGUGAAGUCACCAAUGCCGAGUGUGAAGUCUCCCGAACCAAGUGUAACGUCUCCUGCUCCGAGCGUGAAGUCACCAACACCGAGUGUGAAGUCUCCUGAACCAAGCGUGACGUCUCCCUCUCCAAGGGUGAAGUCACCCACACCAAGUGUGAAGUCUCCUGAACCAAGUGUAACGUCUCCCUCUCCAAGGCUGAAGUCACCCACACGAAGUGUCAAAUCUCCCGAACCUGAGGGAGUUAAGUCACCACGAGGUAUAAAAUCUCCUGAACCCAGACUCAAGUCACCAACAUUAAUCAAGACUCCAGAGAGAGUGAAGUCACCUGAACCCGAAGUAAAAUCACCUCUAGGUGUCAAAUCUCCAGAACCUGCAGGAAUCAAAUCACCAAGGGCCUUGAAGUCCCCUGAGCCCGAGGGAAUCAAAUCACCAAGAGGUAUCAAAUCUCCUGAACCCGCAGGAAUCAAAACACCAAAAGGCAUCAAGUCCCCAGAACCUGCAGGAAUCAAAUCACCAAGGGCCUUGAAGUCCCCUGAGCCCGAGGGAAUCAAAUCACCUCCUCGGAUGAAGUCUCCUCCUCCCAUCAUGUCCCCCAAGAGGGUUGUGUCUCCACCCACCGUCAAAUCCCCAAUCCUGAAGCCUCCCAAGGUCUUGAGUCAGCUAACAGCUGAGGCCAGCGAGGGCUCAGUGAGGAUGUCCUGUGUCUGCGAGAGCAGUGUCAAGGAGGUGGUGUGGUAUGUCAGCGGGAGGAGGCUUUCACAGAGCAGCCACUUUGAGAUGCAUUUCUCCGAGGGCUCCUGCAGCCUUCUUAUCCAUGAUUUGGCCGACAGUGAUCAGGGAGAGUACACCUGUGAGAUGAUAUCAGAGGGAGGAGUAUCCAAAUCAUCCUUCUCCUUCACCGGACAGGUGUUCCAGUCCAUACGCAUGAAGAUCUCAGCCUACCACGAGCAGCACCUGGCACUUAAAGGAUCAGGAUCAAUGGCGAUGAGUCACAAAGAGUCGUCGUCAUCCAUGAGCUCAUCCAUGAUGAUGAAGAAAGAAAUGCACGCGAUGCAGGAGUCGUCCUCGUCCUCUUUCUCUUCCUCCGCCCAGCAGGCCAUGAUGUCGUCCAUGAUGGAGUCCAGCUCCAUGAGCAGCAUGGCGGCUGAGAUGAAGUUUGAGACCAUGUCCAUGUCCAGCAUGUCCUCCUUGACAUCUGAGACGUACGCCAUGAGCUCCAGCAGCAGUCUCUUGGAGGGAUCCACAUUCAGAGCAAUCGGUUCUGCUCCCAGGAUCGAGGCUCUGCCGGAGGACAUCAGCAUCGAGCCGGGAAAAGUCCUGACCGUCACCUGCGCCUUUUCUGGCGAAGCCAAACUCAUCCAGUGGUCCCGCAGUGGCAGAACCAUCGAGGUGACCGCCGGCGGACGCUUCCACAUCGACACGACGGAGGACCUGACCACGCUCAUCAUCACCGGGGUGAAAGAGGAGGACGCAGGGACCUACACCCUGAAACUGUCCAACGAGCUGGGGUCCGACACAGCAACUGUUCACAUUAGCAUUCGAUCAGUGUAAAAAGAAAAAAACUAAUAUCCAAUCUUCCCCUCUUCCCUACUUCCAUGCCUUUUUAUUUAUUAAUUGAGCGAAAUAAUCUACUUGAUAAAGAUCUGGAUUUCUGUUCUUGUAAAUAUGAACUAUUUUUGUACCAAUCUUGACAUUAAUUUAUGCCAAACUAGACUCAAGUCUAACGUUGUUAUAAAAUGUGCCAUAUUGGAUAACUAUGACUUAGGAUUUUUAAUCCAUUCUUCUGUGACAUGUACAUAAUGUAUAUAGCCGAAUUGAACGGUUAUGGGAAAUGUAUGCAUUGUUAUUUAUGACAAUAAUAGUAACUGAAACAAAAUGAAACUAAAUGUGGUUUAACUGGAGAAAGUUUCACUAGGAACGAAUACCCUGUUAAACUGAGAAACUAAACUUUGCGCCUCAACGAUAAGUUGAAGUCUUAAGAUUGCCUCAACAGGUAGAGAGGCUCCCUGUUGACGUUACCUCAAUCAGAGACAACUAUGACUGCGCUGCUGUUGCAUCGUAACAAGAGGGCGAGAUCCUGAGUGCUGUUUGCAUAAACCCUCAUGUAAGCAGGACGACUGGACCUCGCGCUCUGUCGGAUUAUGUCAUACCGCCAUUUCGGUGACAUGCUCACAGUGCGAGCGGCCUGCACUCCCUGAGCUCAAGUGUUUCUUUUUGUUUUGUGCUCCGCUUCUGGCAACCGACCGCUCGCUCGGGCUCCUCAGUCUACCAUCAUCUGGCCAUCACGGGCAACAAGAGUCCACGCUGCGCUCGUUUGCAGAGGCGGAGCUGUCUCUCGGAGGUCUGCAGCGUGUUUGUGUGUUAGUUUUUAGGAGUUCACCUGUCAGUCAAGCCGGGUGGUGCCGAGCAGACGGAGCGCAGCCGGAAAACAACCGGCGCUGCGCUCGACGAGGACGGAGAGAGUCUCGUGUGUCGCCCCGCACUUUGGUUUGAUUAAAGUGAGAGUUGUAGCGUUGACUAUUUUCGCAGCCUCCUUGAGUUUUUCUCCAAUUAUUGAUUUAAUAAAGCAUGAUUAUCAGCACUA